CUCACCUUGGCUGGAGGGACUGCGAGGAGGGAAGACAGAACUACACUGGGUGUAGUUUUGUUUGUUUGGGGGGCCUUCCUUGGGGGUCUUUGUGGACAAACUUAGAGGAUAAGGAAGUGCCUUUGCUUCAUCGGGGGCUCCGUCCCAACGCCGCCAGGCAGCCUCUCACGCUGCCAAGUAACAUGUCGACACAGGCGCCAACAUUCACGCAGCCGCUGCAGAGCGUCGUGGCACUGGAGGGUAGUGCCGCCACGUUCCAGGCUCAAGUUAAUGGUUGCCCAGUUCCUGAGGUGAGCUGGUUCCGUGAUGGCCAGGUUCUUUCCGCUGCUGCUUUGCCCGGCGUUCAGAUCUCGUUCAGCGACGGCCACGCUGUUCUGAAGAUCCCUGCCGUGACCGCCGCACACAGUGGAAGAUUUUCUGUCCGAGCCACCAAUGGAGCCGGACAAGCCACCAGCACCGCCGAACUUCUCGUGACAGCGGAGACAGCGCCUCCUAGUUUCCUUCAGAGACUUCAGAGCUCCACAGUGAGACAAGGGAGUCAGGUGAGACUUAAUGUCCGAGUCACUGGCAUCCCGGCACCGACGGUCAAGUUCUAUCGGGAAGGAGCUGAGAUCCAGAGCUCGGUCGACUUCAAGAUCCUUCAGGAAGGAGACCAGUACAGUCUGUUGAUUGCUGAGGUUUUUCCAGAGGACUCCGGGACCUAUUCUGUGACCGCUAGCAACAGCAGUGGUCGAGCCACUUCCACUGCUGAGCUGCUGGUUCAGGAUUUAGGUGAGGAGGCUGUGCCAGCCAAGAAGACCAAGACGGUGGUUUCCAGCUCACAGACUCAUCAGACCCGAGUGGAAAAGAGGAUGGAGGCCAGUUUUCAGACCACCGCCAUGAUGGAGAUGCAGGUGGAAGGCGCCGAGCUGACAGACUUGCUGGUCCACAAAACCCCACCCAGAGUCGCUCCCAAACCUGCAUCCUUGUCGCCAACACAGCUGUCAUUGGUCACCAAGGUGACUGGAGGACGGCAGCAAUCGCCAUCUCCUGUGAGACACGUGAAGGCGCCGACAUCCACGCCUGUCAGGCCCGUCAUUUCCCCAAUCAGCACACACAAGCAGGUCGGCUCUGGUUCUGAUGUCCUGCCCCCCUGGAAGCAAACAGGCUACAUGACCGAGACCGGCUACAGCAGCAGCGUUACGCAGCUGGACGAGGAGCGGCAGGUCACCUGCAUCACACAGGCUGGGGGAGGGAAAAGGUCUGGGGCGGUGGCCACGGUGGUGGCUGCUGUAGAUCUGGCACGUGUCUGUCAGCCUGUGCAUGAUGAGGGCGGUCCAGGGCAGGGCAACAGUUGGGCUUUCGAGGCAAAGUUGAGGUCACAGGUCGAGGCUGGCUGGACAACUUCUCAGGAGGUUCUGCCUGACUCCACAACGUCUCAGGUGGUGGAGGAAGCUGCUGCAACUCCUGCCGGUGACAGCGUAGUCCCGCCCACUUUGCUUUCUGAUUUGAAGAACACAAAUGUGACUGAAGGCGAAUCAGUGACCCUGCAGUGCCAGAUCAGUGGUCAGCCCGUCCCUGUCAUCUUGUGGUUCAGAGAGGACUACAAGAUCGAGAGCUCCAUUGAUUUCCAAAUUACCUAUGAUGAUGGAUUUGCCCGCUUGAUGAUCCGUGAGGCCUUUGCUGAGGACAGUGGACGCUUCACUUGCACCGCCACUAAUGAGGCUGGAAUUAUCAGCACUUCCUGCUACCUUCUCGUCCAGGUGUCUGAGGACAUCGAGAGCCGAGAGGAGGUCGCUGAGGAACUUGAAGAGAAUCUAGUAACUGAAGAAGAAACCAUGUCCCAAGUGAGCGCAGUUGAGUCAAAGUCGUCCACUAUCACCGCCCCUUUCUUUGUCAGUACUCCCAGCUCACAGAAGCUGGUGGAAGGAGGAAGUGUUAUCUUUGAAUGCCAAGUCGGAGGAAGCCCCAAACCACACAUUAUAUGGAAGAAGAACGGCAUCCCGCUCACGACUGGUUACAGAUACAAAGUUGCUUACAAUAAGGAGACCGGAGAAUGCCGACUGGAGAUCUCCAUGACUUUUGCUGAUGAUGCUGGAGAAUAUUCCAUAUUUGCCAGGAACCAGCUAGGAGAGGUGUCUGCCGCCACCAGCCUGCUGGAGGAAGAUGAAUACGAAGCCUACUUGAAGAAACAGGAGGUGACGUUGAAGACAGAAGUAGAAGCCGUAGUGCAGGAGCCCAAGGUUGGAGACAUUCCUCCUACCAUGAUGAUAUCAGACAAGAUGACCACCACUAUUAUCUCUGGACAGGACUUUCACCUCUCAGUCAUGGAGCAACGAAUCAUCCAGGAAAUUGAACUUCCCAUCAUGCGGAUUAGCUACAGAGAACUGGUGACAGAAGAUAGGGAACUGAUGGUGACCGCCACUGACGACGAAGCGAUGCAGCCAACCUUUGACACGCCGGUUAAAAACUACCGGAUCAUGGAGGGAAUGAGUGUCACUUUCCACUGCAGGAUGGCUGGAAUGCCACUGCCAAAGAUUGCUUGGUACAAAGAUGGUCAACGUAUCCAGCCUGGUGGACGAUACCAGGUGGAGGUUCUUCAGGACGGACGUUCCAGCCUGCGUCUGCCAGUGGUUCUCCCAGAGGACGAGGGUGUGUACACAGCCUUGGGUGCCAAUAUGAAGGGGAAUGCUGUCAGCUCUGGGAAGCUCUACGUUGAGCCCUCUGGAGCAGUGUCGCCUCAGAGAUACACGCCACAGCCAGCCAUGCAGAGGAUCCGGUCCACGUCUCCACGCUCUCUGAGCCGCUCACCAGGCCGUUCUCCCAGUCGUUCUCCUGCUCGACGGCUUGACGAUACAGAUGAGGCUCAACUGGAGAGACUCUACAAGCCCGUCUUCGUUGUGAAGCCAAGCUCAUGUAAAUGCUCCGAGGGGCAAACUGCCAGAUUUGACCUGAAGGUUGUAGGCAGACCCAUGCCUGACACAUACUGGUUCCACAAUGGACAACAAGUGGUCAGUGACUACACUCACAAGAUUGUCAUUAAGGAGGAUGGUACUCAGUCUUUGAUCAUCGUCCCAGCCAUGCCACAUGACUCUGGCGAGUGGACGGUCGUGGCUCAGAACAGAGCUGGACGCUCAUCAAUCUCUGUCACUCUCACUGUUGAUGCCAAAGAAACCUUGGUGCGUCCGCAGUUCACGGAUAAGCUGAGGAACAUCAGUGUAAAGCAGGGGACGCUGGUUGAACUGGCAGUCAAAGCCAUUGGGAACCCGUUGCCUGACAUCGUCUGGCUUAAAAACAGUGACAUCAUCACCCCUCACAAGCACCCACAUAUCAAGAUUGAAGGAACCAGAGGAGAAGCAACAUUCCAGAUCCCGUCUGCGUCAGGUUCAGACAGCGCUUGGUACACAGCUACAGCCAUCAACAAGGCUGGCAGAGACACCACCCGCUGCCGAGUCAACGUGGAGGUGGACUAUGCUGAACCAGAACCAGAGAGGAAGCUCAUUAUUCCCAAAGGAACCUACAAGGCCAAAGAGAUUGCUGCUCCUGAGCUGGAGCCUCUUCAUCUCCGCUAUGGCCAAGAGCAGUGGGAGGAAGGAGACCUUUAUGAUAAAGAGAUGCAACAGAAACCACAAUUUAAGAAGAAACUGACCUCCAUUCGAAUGAAGAAGUUUGGCCCUGCCCAUUUUGAGUGCAGAUUAACGCCUAUUGGUGACCCCACUAUGGUGGUGGAGUGGCUUCAUGACGGCAAACCCCUGGCAGCUGCUAACAGACUACGCAUGGUAAAUGAAUUUGGCUACUGCAGUCUUGACUAUGACGUAGCUUACGCCAGAGACAGCGGCGUCAUCACGUGUAGAGCCACUAACAAGUUUGGAGUGGACCAGACCUCAGCCACCCUGAUUGUCAAGGAUGAAAAAGGACUUGUCGAGGAAAGCCAGCUUCCUGAAGGAAGGAAGGGAGCUCACAGAAUCGAUGAGAUGGAGCGUAUGGCUCACGAGGGAGGACCUGCUGGAGUCACUGCAGACGACGAGACUGACAAAAUGAAACCUGAGAUUGUCCUUUUGCCCGAACCUGUCAGGGUUUUGGAGGGUGACACAGCCAGAUUUCGCUGCAGAGUGACUGGCUACCCUUCUCCCAAAGUUAACUGGUACCUCAAUGGACAACUUAUCCGCAAGAGCAAGCGAUACAGACUUCGUUAUGAUGGUAUUUACUACUUGGAAAUUGUUGAUAUCAAGUCUUACGAUUCAGGGGAGGUCAGGGUCGUUGCGGACAACAACCUGGGCUCUGCUGAGCACACUGUUAAGCUGGAGAUUCAGCAGAAGGAGGACUUCAGGAUGCAUCUUCGAAGGGUUCCUGAGGCCAAAGCAGCUGAGACUGCACCUGAACCUGGAAGAACUCCCUUUGAGGUGGUGAAGGUGGAGAAACCCUCAGAAGACAGUCAGCUGAAGGAGGUGAUCAAGCUCAAGAAAGCUCAGAGGAUAGUUCAUGAAAAAUCCACUGAGGAAUCGGAGGAGUUGAGGAGCAAAUUCAAGCGCAGAACAGAGGAGGGCUAUUAUGAGUCUAUUACUGCUGUGGAACUCAAGUCUCGGAAGAGGGAUGAGUCUUAUGAGGAUCUGCUGAGAAAGACAAAGGAAGAGCUCCUUCAUCGUGCCAAGGAGAAGGAGGAGGCGGAGAGGAAAAAAGAGGAAGAGCGACGAGCAACUGCCAAAACACUCAAACCAGAGAGGGUGAAGCUAUCAGCUAGCAUGGAAGCUCCUAAAAUCCUGGAUCGUAUCUCAAGUCAGACGGUGGCACAAGGGGAUGAAGUAAAGUUCAGAGUUCAAGUUGUUGGCAGACCAGAACCCGAGUGCCAGUGGUUCAAGAAUGGUGUUCAAAUGGAAAAGACUGAGCGGGUUUACUGGUUCUGGCCAGAGGACCAUGUUUGUGAGUUGGUUAUCAGAGAGGUCAGAGCUGAGGAUUCCGCUAGCAUCAUGGUCAAAGCCGUCAACUCUGCCGGAGAGACCUCAAGUCACGCUUUCCUUCUGGUGCAAGCAAAGCAAGUCAUCACCUUCACACAGACGCUGGAAGACAUUAGCGCUAAGGAGAAGGACACCAUGGCCACCUUUGAGUGUGAAACCAACGAACCCUUUGUCAAGGUCAAAUGGUUGAAGAACAACAUGGACAUCUUCUCUGGUGACAAGUUCAGGAUGCACUCGGACAGGAAAGUUCACUUCCUGUCUGUACUGAUGCUUGAAAUGAGGGAUGAUGCUGAAUAUUCCUGCGUGGUCGUAGAGGACGACCGCAUCAGGACGAGCGCCAAGCUGAACGUUGAAGGAGCACCACUGGAGAUCCUGACACCUCUGGAGAGCACUGAGGUGCCAGAGACCUACUCUGGAGAGUUUGAGGUUGAGUUGUCUCGUGAAGAUGCUGAGGGCGUGUGGUUCUUUGGAGACAAGCAGCUGUCCCCCAGUAGCAAGCAUGUCAUCUCUUCACGGCGUGGACGCCAUAGCCUGUCCAUCAAGGACGUCAAGAAGGAAGACCAGGGCCAGUACUCCUUCACAGUGGGCGAAAUGAAGACAAGUGCUUCCCUCAAGAUGAAAUUCCGCCCAGUGACGCUGAUGCAGCCUUUAGCUGACCUCACCCUCUGUGAGGGUGACAUUGCUCAGAUGGAGGUCAAGUUCUCUCAGGAGAACAUUGAAGGAACCUGGAUGAAAAAUGGACAAGGGGUAACGUCCUCGGACCGGGUGCACAUUGUAAUCGACAAACAGAUCCACAAACUUCUAAUUGAGGACACCAGAAAGGAUGACGUUGGCGUUUAUUCAUUUGUGGUUCCUGAUCAAGAGAUCUCCACUGCUGCAAAGCUGAAUAUUCGAACUAUCGGCAUCGUGAGCCCAUUGAAGGACACAAGCACGAUUGAAGGCACCAAGACUGUUCUGGAGGCUAAGAUUUCUGCUCAAGACAUCAGUUCAGUCAAGUGGUACCACAAUGACAAACUAAUGACCCCCAGUGACAGGGUCCAAAUGGUGGCAAAGGGAGCCAAGCAGCGCCUCGUCUUCAGCAGGACCUUCGCCUCAGAUGAAGGACGCUACAAACUGGUGGUUGGACGAGCCGACACAGGGUGCACGUUGUCUGUGCAGACCAUCCAAAUCAUGGUUCCAAUGAUGGACAAAGAGUGUGCUGAGUCAGAGAACGUCAUUUUUGAAGUGGAAGUUUCUCACCCAGGCAUUGAUGCCUUUUGGACUUUUAAGAGGCAGUCACUCAAAGCCGGAAGCAAAUACAAGAUGGAAUCCAAAAACAAGAGGCACAGUCUGACGAUUUUCAACGCCAUGAAGGACGAAGAGGGCGAAUACAUGUUUGCUGCUGGCGAAAAGACAUCCAGCGCUUCGCUCACCGUCUCAGGCGGCGCUAUCAAGAAGCCGCUUCAGGACUUGGUGGUGGCGGACUCGCAGACCGCCGAGCUGGUGUGUGAGGUUGCCAACCCAUCCGUGGAAGGAAAGUGGCUGAAAGACGGCGAGCCCGUGGACUUCAAUGACAACGUGCUGAGCGAGGUGAAUGGCGCCAUCAGGCGCCUCGUUAUUCUCAUCACUAAAGCCGCUGACAUUGGAGAGUACACCUAUCAGAUUGCCAGCUCCAAGACUACGGCCAGUCUAAAAGUCGAAGCCGUGAAGGUGAGGAAGACAAUGAAGAAUGCCAACGUGGUCCAGACACAAGACGCUGUGUUCAGUCUGGAGCUGACUCACGAGAAUGUGAGGGGCGCACAGUGGAUCAAGAAUGGGAUCGAGAUCAAGCAAAGUGACAAAUACGAAGUCACUGUCAGCGGCACUGUGCAUACCUUGAAGAUCAGGAACUGUAGCACACAAGACGAAUCGGUCUAUUCUUUCAAGCUGGGGAAACUGUCGGCCAACGCCCGCUUGAACGUUGAAACCAUCAAGAUCCUGAAGAAACCCAAGGAUGUAACCUCACUGCUGGGAGCGACUGCCGCGUUCGAGUUGGGCAUCUCGGAGGACAACAUACCCGUAAAGUGGCUGUUCAAUAACACGGAGCUGAAGGCCAGCGAGCACUACAGGAUGACCUCAGAGAAGAAGAUGCACAAACUGGUAGUGCAGGAUGUGAACGCCAGCAAAGAGGGGGAGUACACGGCCGUAGUGGGUCAUCUACGCUGCAGCGCUCGUCUUACUGUCGAGUCUCUUCGUGUGACCAGACCCUUGAAGAGUGUGGAGGUGGCUGAGACACAGGUGGCCACCUUCGAGUGUGAAGUGUCGCACUUCAGUGUCCCCUGCUCCUGGUUGAAGGAUGGCGUGGAGAUCGAGAUGAGCGAGAAGUUUAGGAUGGUGGUCCAGGGAAAAGUCCACCAACUGAAGAUCAUAAACACCAGUAGGGAGGACUCUGCCGAGUACACCUUUGUGUGCGGGAAUGACCGAGUGUCUGCCACACUCACCGUCAACCCCGUCCUCAUCACGGCCAUCCUGCAAGACAUAAACGCUCAGGAGAAGGACACGGUCACAUUGGAGGUCAACGUAAACUACGAAGGAAUCUGCUACAAAUGGUUGAAGAAUGGCGUCGUGAUCCGCUCGACAGACAGAUGCCAAGCGCGCUGCAAACAGCUGACUCACACGCUGAGCAUCAGGAAUGUUCAUUUUGGAGACAGCGCCGAAUACGCCUUCACAGCUGGGUCUUCUGUAACCAGCGCCAAGCUUUACGUGGAGGCUCGUGUUGUUGAAUUCACCAAACAUUUGAAGGACUUAAAGAUCACAGAAAAGAAGAGAGCAACUUUUGAGUGUGAAGUUUCAGAACCAAACAUCCAGGUGAUGUGGAUGAAGGACGGUCAGGAGCUGGAGACGUCUGACAGAUACAAGAUGACCGCAGAGAAGUUUGUGCACCGCCUAAUUUUGCCCUCUGUCCGACUCUCGGACGUUGGAGAAUACACCGCUGUGGCCGGGUCCAGCAUGUCCAAGGGCAACCUUGCAGUGGAGGGACGGGACAUCAAGAUCUCAGAGCCCACCGACAGGAACAUUGCUGUUGUUGAGAGACAAAGAGCGACUUUUGAAUUUGAAGUGAGUGAGGACGAUGUGGAAGGCCGGUGGAUGAGGAACGACGUGGAGAUCCAAUUCUCUGUAGAGGAGCGUUUCAGCUACAUCACCAUCAGGAAACUCCACCGUCUUACCAUCGCUGAGACCUACAGAAGCGACGCCGGAGAGUACACGUUUGUUGCCGGAAAGAACAAAAACUCCAUGAACCUUCAUGUGAGACUCCCCGAACCUCCCCAGGUGGUCCGCCCCAUGCAGCCCCAGACCGUGAUGUCAGGCAAAUCGGUUCGCUUCUCAGUGCAAGUGAGCGGCCUCCCGCAGCCUCAAGUGACCUGGUUCAGAGACUCGCAGGCUCUAUGCACCAGCUACAUGUGCAAGUUCCUUCACGACGAUGACGAGCACACGUUGCUGCUGCUGGAAGUCUUUCCCGAGGAUGCCGCUGUCUAUAGCUGUGAGGUCAAGAAUGACUAUGGAGAGGCAACAAGCUCCGCCCCUCUCACUGUGGAAGUUGCUGAAGAAGUUACGGCCCAAGUCUCUGCUCCAGUCCUCGUUUCUCCCAUGAGAGACAUCCUGGUGACAUCAGGCCAUUCCGCCCAGUUAGAGUGCACUGUUUCUGGGGAAGAUCUGCAGAUAUGCUGGUUCUGGAACGACAGAGAGAUCAGGCAGUCGGACAUCUUUAAGAUGUCUCGUAUUGGCAACAUCUGCCGGUUGAACAUUUCCAGAGUGAUCUUUGACCAUGAAGGAGAAUACUCAUGUGUUGCCAGGAACGCGGCAGGAAUGGUCACAUGUGCCGCCAGUCUGAAUAUUGAUGAUGAUAAAACCUUAGCUAGCAUGGCAAGCACUGGGGCUGAGGCUAAGCUAAGUCAGACACUCGAGGCUCAGGCACUUACUGAGUUUACCGAGUGCUUCUCUGAGAGCUCCUCCACGUCUUGGCGGACAGUAGACGUUGAAAUGGAGAGCGCAGAAAACAACAUUCAAAUAGAAUUGUACCCAAGGCCCAAACUGCUGAUGGAACUGCGGGAUGUCCGGGUCAAAAGCGGUGAAAUGGCUGAGUUCAGCUGCUCCUUUGACGGGCAGCCAUUCAUCGGGGUGGUAUGGGAUCAUGAUGGCCAGAAACUGGUCACGGAGCGGGUGAGGAGCUCUCAGAGUGGCGGACUCUUAUCCCUGGUCAUCCAGGGUGUUGGUCUGGCCGACCAGGGCAUGUACCGCUGUACCGCCACCAACCAACACGGCCAGAACAGCUCCUCUGCUCGGCUCACUGUGGAAGCUAAAGAGGCAAAUGUCAAAUCCGAGUGCGCCAUCGCGACUGAUUCAGUGCAUGCGGCAUCACAGGCGGACAUGGAGAACACACAAGAUUCUCCUGAGAUUCCAGACCAGGAAAAGAUGGGGGAGAAGCCGGGAUCGGUGCCUCCCUGCUCCCAGAGACCUUAUGGCCUUGUCAGCCAACUUUAUUUCCUGGACACGUUUCCCAAUGCUGAUCUCUGCGCCCGCCCCGACUUCCUGAUCCAGCUCCCCCGAGAGCUGUUGGUCCAGAACUGCAGCCCCGGGCUGUGUUGUGUUAUGAAGGGACUUCCCACUCUGUCUGCCAUUUGGCUUUAUGGCUGCUUGAAUGUUGUGGACUCUGUAUCAUACUCUCUCAAACGUGAUGGCCCCCUGUGCUGUAUGGGUGUUAAGAAAGGGGGACCUGGACAAGGGGGCGCUUUCUCUUGCAAAACCUCAGCCGAGGAUGCUGAGUGCAGCUUGGUGACCAAAGUCACUGGAGACCAGAGGACACCUGGGUUCCACGUCCAGGAGGAAGUGUCAGCUUUCUCUAGCUCGACCAUCACAGUGGAAGAGGAAACCCAGCAAUCCUACUACUCUGAUGUUAAAUUACCACACCAAACACAAACAUCUGAACUCCAGCCAGAGUCCAGAUUGUACUCCAGCACUUUGGAGAAGACAAAACAAAAGCCAGUUUUCCUCAACAAACUUUCUCCAUCAGUUGUCACUGUGGGAGAAAAUGCUUUUCUUACCGUCACAGUAUCUGGUUUUCCUGAACCCGCUGUUCAGUGGGCCCACAAUGGGCAGACCAUAAGCACGUCGUCAAUCUACACCUUUGUUCGUAAGCAAAACGAGUACAGCCUGAUCAUUAACAGAGUUGCAGCGGAAUUAGAAGGAGAGUACUCUUGCACUGUCAGCAAUCGAUUUGGAGAGGAAACGUGCACUUCUUAUCUGCACAUUCAGGUAAAGGAACCACAGAAGGCAGAGAGCCUUGAGAGGAUUUUUGUGCCAAUGGGCAACCCUCCAGUAUUUUCUAAAACUAUCGAGUCUGUUCAGCUGCGUGAGGGAGGUCAUGCGUACUUCCAGUACAUUGUGAUUGGGGAUCCGAGGCCCGAGGUGCAGUGGCUAAAAGGCAGCCUUCAGAUUCAGCCUAGCAGCUUAUGCAUCAUUGUGAACAGCCCAGAUGGCUCAGGCUUCCUCACACUUAAGAGCGUCAAACAGGAGGACGUAGCCGUCUACACCUGUAAGGCUUCCAACCAGUUUGGAGAAGCCACUUGCACCGCUGAGCUGUUGGUGUUUACUGAGAAUGUUGAAGAGGAAUUGCUUAGGAAAACAAAUGCUUUGACCCUGUCCAUAACGGAAGAAAGUACAGAAUCCAGUUUCAACCAGAAAAGUAGUCGGUCUGAUCAGAUGAUUUACACCAUUAGUACUGAAAACCGGAAGGUUAUUCCGAGCGAGGAAGUGGGAACCCUUGGAGAACCAGACAUCUCUGUGGCCACCCGCCAUUGUGAGCAGGUCACCCACAAGGCAGCAGUACUACAGUCUCACGAGAUUCAAGAGAGCCUUUGUAUGGUCCCCAGACAGCCACCUCAUGCUUCAACUGUUCCUGUGAAAACACUCCACACGGCAGCAUUCUUAUCGUCAGUUCAGGAGAGACAAAAGAUCACCGAGCAGCAUUCUGAACGCAUUCUCAGCCCUCAGAUGGUUGAACUUGACUUUGCCAGAGAGCACAGCUUGAAUCUCCAGUCAGCCACAACUGAUGAACCCCUCUCACUUAGCACAGUGAGAGCCCAGACUAUGGCAGACCACAUAAAAGAGCAUGUUGAGACUCUGGCUGAGCCCAGGCAGCUUGUUAGCAGCCAUACAGUCGAGCCUUCUCUAUUGGCCAUUGAUGGAACAUUAUCUGUGACUCACAGACCAGAGGAAGAGAAAGGUUUUAAUGUCACCGAGGGGCUUAAAAUUGUAUACAGUGCUCAGUCAACAAAGCAGCUGCCAGUAACUGAAAGACAUUGUUUGCCUCUGCCAGUUGUAGACGCAGAGACCAAACCAUUGAUAGAGAAAGAGCCACAUAAGGCAUUGGUUGCACCAAUGAAUGAGUCAAUGCUGUCUUUGAGCAAAGAACAUUCAUUUAAAAAUAAUGUACCAGCACAGGAGACAGUCAGUCCAAGCAAUGGCCGGGUCUACAGGUCAGCUGUUACCACUGAAGAUAAAUAUUUACUCCAUAGUGAUCAGUUAGGACAUAUAUCAGGAAUAGUGUCUUCUCAGAGUCUGCAGCCUCUGCAACAGGGAGAAGUACUCUUGAACCUUCAGCUUAUCAACAAUCAGGACAUUUUGCAGUCAGAAAGUAGAUUCAGCAGUGGAAAGCCUUCAACAGAGCAGGCAUGUGUGAGGAUGAGUCCCAUUUUGCUCCACACUGUAACUCAGGAAGAGCAGAGGCCUGUUGUGUGUGACCUCAUUUCAGAGGUCUCAACCAAGGUUGACGCUGAGUCUCUGAAGCCCAAUAUAGAGCUUCCACCAACACAGUACCUACAAUCAAUCGAUUCUUUGUCAAUUCUACCUAAAGAAGGUACACUUACCAUUAGCAAACCGACCCAGCAGAUGGCGUCACAAAAACGGGAAAAGGCUCGAAGGUAUGCGGCACUCUCGCAGGAAAGUCAGGAGCUUACAGCUGACUUCCACAAAGAUUUGGAGGUGUCUUUUUCAGGGAUUGAGUCCCAAUCUGGUACUGAGUCAAGGAUUUCAAGCAUCCUGGCAGUCACAUCCCAGUCUGUACAGCUGCCAAAAGAGAUGCCUUUCCCAGCAGAUUUGAAGCAGAAAAGAGCAUUGGUCCAAAAAGAGGGUUGCUGGAAUAUUGUACAUUCUGUAAAUGUUACAGACAUUCACGCUCUGGAGGAGGGUCAUAUCACUUACUUUAAAAUUGAAAAAAAAAUCCACAAUAAGAUAAAAUCGGAGCCCAAGAUUCCUAGAAAAUCGGUUUGCAUAGAAGAGAAGGCAGCUGCAACUGAAAGCUGUGCUGUCUUAAAAUGUGCUGACCAGGAGUUUGCAGUCCCAAUCCAGGAAGGCCAAUCGGUGCGACACUCAUUGUUGCUCCAGGAAAAACAGAUUCUUACUAGAGAGGAGUCAAGUGAGAUUCAAACAUGUAAGGGCUUAACCGCAAGCCUCUCAACCCAACCUAAAAAAGUUCUGUUUGUCUCUGACAGUCAAGAAUCCCAAACUCUACCUAAAGAACUUAACUUUAUUAUUCAGAUGCCCAAAGAGUCGCAUUUGACUAUUCAGCAUCAGCUCAGAGAUGCGCUUCAGUCUGCUGUAUCCAGUCAGCAUCCAGUGUUGCUUGCUGAUGUUGUUAGCCACUUUAAGUCACUAGACAUUCAAGAGAUAAAAGUGAAAAAGGAGCCCAAAGGCAUAGUGCAUACAUACAUGAUUACACCCCCUGGUACUCUCAUUGAGCUCACACUGCUUUUUGAGGGUGAAUACCCCCACAGAGCUGACCUGAGGUCAGAACUCGAGCUCGCUCUUCAUGCGCUGGUUUUGCAGGAGCAGCAAAGUCUGGUGUCGGAGCAACCGGGUUUCAUGCAGAUCAACAAGCCUCAGAAGGCGCUGAUCUGCUCCCAACUUUCCAAAGAGCAUUUCUCAUCAGUGGUUGACACAGUAGUGGUGGCAGAGAGUGCUAGUGGGGUUCCUCCAGUUGUUCCUCAAUCUGCUGCCCUAAACACAGAAACACUAUUUCAGAAGGCAACAGUUAAGAGUCUGAGGGAAGCCCACAAAUCAAACCAGGAGACUGAUUGUGUCUCUGUCCAUCGGACUACCGACAUUCCAGUCAGUCAGACUUCUCAUUCACAGAAUGUAGACUUGUUUGUCAACCGAGAGGCCGAGGAAGAAUUUAUUUCAGAGGCCAUCAUCAGAGCACAGUCCUCAGAUAGCUUGACUGGUUUUCCACUUGUCAUUGCGUCUUUGGACGAAGUUUGUGCUGAGGAAAACAACAAGGUUGUCAUUGCUUCCACCAUCAAGUAUGCCACGAUUAUUAAUUGGUUUGUCAAUGGACACUUGGUCAAAUCUGGCAAAGAGUUCGAAUGUUCUAGAGAUCAGGACACAUACACACUGACCAUCAACAGAGUUGGGAAGGAGAAACAUGAAGGUGAAUAUGCCUGUGUAGCGGAGAAUCAAGCUGGGAAGACCACAACACGGACAAGACUCAAAGUUGUCUCACGAGUGAAGCCUGUGUUUAAGCACACAAUAGUCCCUCUGGAGAUCAACGCUGGCAACACAGCCAGGUUUGAGUGCGAAACUGAGGAUGCUCCUGAGGUCAACUUCAAGUGGUUCAAAGAUGGACAGCGCAUCAAAGAAGGUGAUAGGUUCAGGAUUAUCAGCCGUGUUACCACUUCCUUUCUGGAGCUCCUGAGUGCCACCAGGGAUGAUGCCGGUGAAUACAACUGCAAGGCGUCCAACAAGCACGGCAGUGACGAAUGCUCCGCCACACUCAGCGUGACAGACAAACAAUUCCCUCCCACCUUUAUAACUACACCCAGCUCUUGCACUGUUUAUGUUGGGAAGAGCAUAAUGACUGAGUGUUUAAUAUCAGGAUCAGCUCCUCUGAAUGUCAUGUGGUUUAAGGACCAGCAGGCCAUACUCCACAUGCCCAGACACUACAGAACCUUCAGUGACAAGAAUAAGAUUGGGCUUGAGAUCCCCACAAUUCAGCCAGGUGACCAGGGCCUUUACCUGUGCCAGGUGUCUAAUAAUGUUGGCACGACUGAGUGCAGCUUUAAGCUGCAGGUUGUUGAUAAGCCCAGCUUUGUGAAGCUCCUGAGCCAAGUGGCUGCUGUGGUUGGCACUCCUCUGCACCUGGAGUGCCAGGUGGAUGAAGAUACAGGCGUAAGUGUGAACUGGACCAGAGAUGGUAGAAAGGUCCACCAGUCCCCUGACUGCAAACUGUCAUUUGAGGACAAAAUACUUGCUCUUGACAUCCCAAAGACCAUGCUGAAAGAUUGUGGCUCUUAUGUGUGCACGGUGACAAAUGAAGCUGGGAGUGCAACUUGCACCACCUUAGUGAAGGUUCAAGAGCCGCCAGCCUUUGAAAAGAGACUGGAAAUAGCCGCACUUUGGAGGAAAGGUGUCACUGCCCGCCUGCAGUGCACCAUCAAAGGAUCUUCUGAACUUCACACCACAUGGUUUUUUAAUAACAGCGAGCUGCUUCCUAGCAGCAGGUACGACAUCAGUUUGAAGGACAACGUGGCCUCUCUUGAGAUUCAGGACGUCACGUUGAAUGACAGUGGCAGCUACACCUGUGAAGUUCUCAAUGAGUGUGGCUGCGAAAGCUGCAGCACAAAAGUAAAAGUUAAAGAGCCACCAUCUUUCAGAAGGGCACUACCAUCUGUAGAGGUGGUAAGAGGUGCAGUUGCCGUACUGGACUGUGACAUUGAGGGAUCGGCACCGUUUGAGGUGUCCUGGAAAAAGAAUAAGAAACAUGUGAGCACAGAUAAGAAGUACAGAAUUAUGUCACAGGGUUCCUUGACCUGUCUGGAGAUUCUCUCUUUUGAGAGUGCCGACGCCGGAGAAUAUGAAUGUGUUGUAUCCAAUGAAGUUGGCUCUGUUACUUCAAAGUCUGUGGCUAAAUUAAAAGAGUCUCCGAUGUUCACAAAGAGGAUUGAGAGUGCUGCAGCAGUCCUGGGCAGCAGCGUUAAAAUGCAGGGAAUGAUAAAAGGCUCAUCUCCCAUCACUGUCAAAUGGAUGAAAGACUCUGAGUUGCUCAGAGAUGAAGAUCCAAAUGUGAAUUUUUUGUUUGAGAACAACAUUGCCAGUAUUUCAUUCUCUUCCGUUCAAAUAAAGCAUGGUGGCAAGUAUACUUGCCUGGUGGAGAACGAGGCAGGCCUGCAAAAAUGUGAAGCCAACCUAACUGUUCAAGAACCUGCGAGGAUCUUAGAGAAAACCGAGUCCAUCAGUGUGACUGCAGGGGAUACAGCCACACUGGAGAAUACCAUCUCUGGAAGCCCAGAACUGAAAGUCAAGUGGUUUCGGGAUGGCAAGGAGAUGAUCAGUGGACGUAAAUAUCGGAUGAGUGUGAAGGAAAACACUGCCGUCCUAAAGAUUCUGACAGCAGAAAAGGGCGACACCUCAGAGUACAAGAUGGAGGUGUCCAAUAAAGUUGGAAAUGACCAAUGCACGUGCUCAGUGACCGUUAUCGACCGGACAGUUCCCCCCUCCUUCACCAAACCUCUAAAGAAAGUGAAUGCAAACACAGGCAGUACCGUUACCCUAGAGUGCAGACUUGCUGGUUCACAGCCAAUGGGGGUUUCUUGGUACAAAGACAAUAGAGAACUCCACAAUGAUGAUAAUUAUAAGAUUGAUUGGAGUGACAACAAAGCCUCUGUGAUGAUCAGCAAUGUUCGGCUAACACAUUCUGGGGUUUAUACUUGCCGGGCCUCAAAUGAUGCUGGUGAGCGAGAGACCAGUGGUACUUUGUCCAUCAAAGAACCUCCAGCAUUCACAGAGGAACCGGAGGCUCAAGACUCCUUACCAGGAUCCAACAUUGUCUUCAAAGCAGCCUUCACGGGAUCAACACCUCUGGUUGUUAAAUGGUUCAGAGAGGAGAAAGAAAUGUUCACCGGGGGGAGAUGUUUCAUUAAGAGAGGAAAUUCUUCAAGCUCCUUGGAGCUUCACUCAGUCAAUCCCAGUGAUUCCGCUCACUACACGUGCCAAGUAUGCAACAAUGCCGGGAAAGUGGAUUGCACUGCAGUCCUCUUUGUUAAAGAACCUCCAACAUUUGCAAUUAAGCUUGAGCCUUCACGGCUGCUGAAAACUAUGCAGCCUCUCAAGUUAUCCUGCAAAGUGCAUGGCACGCCUGUUAUCACAGUCACAUGGCUUAAGGAUGGCAAGGACAUAUGUUGUGACGACAGAUGCAAAGCAUCCUUCGAUGGCUCCAUAGCAGACUUGCAGGUGGACAGGUGCUCUGUAGAUGAUAGCGGUGAAUAUGUCUGUGUAGCAUCCAGUGAGGCUGGCAAAGACGAGUGCAGCAGCUCAGUUAAAGUCAAAGACCUCCCCUCGUUUGUGAGACCUUUUGAAUCGGUCGAGCUUGUAAAAGGAUCUGACAUAGUCAUGGAAGGAACCAUUUCAGGCUCUCCUCCAUUUGAAAUGUCUUUCUUCCACAAUGAUAAGUUGAUUAGGAACACUAAAAGACAUAAGAUCAGAAUUGAGAAUGAGACUGUCUCACUUCAAAUCUCAAACUGUGAGGACGGAGAGUCUGGCACGUACCAGUGCACUGUGGCUAACGAUGUUGGAGAGACGUCCUGCUCCUUCAACAUUUCCCUGACAGAACCGCCAUCAUUUGUUCAGAAACUCAAAGACAUUUUGUGCGUGGUACACUCAGACGUGUCUAUGAGAUGCACCGUCUCUGGAUCGUUUCCCAUGGCACUGUCCUGGUUCAAGGAUGAUCAGGAGCUCACAGAAAACGAGCAUGUCAGGAUGUUUUUUGAAGCCAAAUGUGCAGUGCUGACUCUGGAAAACACACAAGUAUUUCAUGGUGGGAAGUACACGUGUCAGGCUCAGAAUGCAGCCGGUCAUAAAAGAUGCACCGCCAUCCUCACAGUGUCAGAGCCGCCAAGUAUUCUAGAACAUUCAAAGUCCAUCAGUGUGACACAGGGUGAUCCGGCUACGCUUGAAUGCCGAUUCUCAGGCACAAAGCCACUCAAGUCAAGAUGGAUGAAGGCCGGGAAAGAACUGAAGUCCAGUCUGAGAUACAAAGUGCUCAGUGCAGACUUGGCAUCUGUGCUCACAAUCUUAAAAACAGAGCAAAGCGAUGGCGGCGACUACACAUGCCAAGUUGAAAACAAUGCUGGCACAACUUUUUGUGAGGCUGCGGUCACAGUUUUAGAUGAGAUUAUUAAACCAACUUUUACAAGGAAACUGAAGGAGACAGAGGCCAUCAAAGGAUCACCUGCUCAUCUGGAAGCUCUUGUAUCAGGUUCACUGCCGAUGACCAUCCAGUGGUUGAAAGACAACAACAACAUCCAGACGGAUGAGAAAUACAAGUGCUCCUUCUCUGAAAAUGUUGCAUUGCUGGAAGUCAGUCUUCUCGAUACUCAAGACAGUGGCUGCUACACCUGCGUGGCCCAAAACAAAGCAGGAUCGUCUAAAUGUUCGGCCGUCUUGCAUGUCCAAGAACCGCCGACUAUUACUGAAAGGCCCGAAUCAAUGAAUGUUUUACCAGGGUCAAAAGUGAAGUUUUUUGUUAACGUGUCUGGCACACUGCCGCUGACCAUGAGAUGGUAUAAAAACAUGACAGAGAUCCACUCAAGUGCCGACUGUUCUGUAAUCACACACAACGGCUCAAGUUCUCUGCAGUUCUUUUCUGUGACAACUUCUGAUUCUGGAAUUUACAUCUGCAAAAUACAUAACAACAUUGGCGCCACCUUCUGCAAAGCCACACUCUUUGUUCAAGAACCCCCUGUUUUUGUGGAGAAACCAGACAGCUUUUCGGUGGUAAAAGCAGGGGCUAAACUUGUCUUGGAGUGCAAGGUUUCUGGAACUCCAGAGAUCUCUGUGCGAUGGUUCAGAGGCGGAGUGCCCAUUGAACCAAGUACAAAACACAAGAUGUCCUUCCUCAACUCUGUGGCAACGUUAGAGAUUCAGCAGGCCGCUGAAAGUGACAUUGGGAAAUACAUCUGUGAAGCGCACAAUGAUGCAGGCACAGAGAGUUGCAGUGUCCAAGUGGAAGUGAAAGAACCCCCUGCAUUUGUUGAUAAGCUGCCAUCUCUUGAAGUCAUUAAAGGUUGCACUGCAAUGUUUGCCUGCAAAGUGACAGGAAGUGCUCCCUUUAGACUCACAUGGCUCAAAGAUAAAAAGCCGAUCGAAUCCAGCCACAAGUAUUUAAUUGUUGACGAUGAGAACAUGGCCUUGAAAGUCUUUGACUGUCAAGUACGAGAUGUUGGUUCUUAUGAGUGUGUGGUUGCUAAUGAGGUGGGAAGCUGUUCUUGCAUCGCAUCUCUUUCCAUGAAAGUUCCACCAAGAUUUGUUGAAAGGAUUCAAAAUAUCUCAACAAUUUUGGGAGAUGCUGCCAUCUUUUGUUGCACCGUUGAAGGUUCUCCACCUCUUUGCAUAAAUUGGCAAAAAGACGACAAAUGGAUCCCAGAAGAUCCCAAAGUCAAGAGAACAUUUGAAAACUUGGUUGCCACUCUCCAGAUUCCUUUUUGUGAGACAAGUCACGGUGGGAAAUACACCUGCCAAGUUGUAAACGAGGCUGGACAGGAAACCUGCUUUGCAGCCCUCAUUGUGGAAGAGCCUCCUUCCAUCCAAGACAAGCCAGGAACAGUCAAAGUCACUUGUGGAGAUCCAGUUAAACUUGAGUGCAGAGUAGUUGGAAGUCCAGAAAUCAUUGUAAGUUGGAGCAAAGAUGGCAAAGAACUCCACUCCAGUAGGAAAUAUCAUUUGUUCCACGAAAAGGACCUCAGCAGUUUAAAUAUUCAGUCUUGCGAGCUGCAAGAUGGUGGAGAUUAUCUUGUGGAGGCCACAAAUUCUGUCGGAAAGUGUCGCUGUAAAGUCACACUGCUCGUUUUAGAGGAAGAAAUCACACCCGCUUUCACAAAGAAGUUAACAAACAUUCAAGCAGUUCUGGGUUCAGUGGUCACGAUGGAGUGCAAAGUGGUCGGUUCUCUUCCAAUAUCUGUUGGCUGGAGCAAAGGGAAAGAACACAUCAGUGAGGUCUCCAAGUAUAAAAUGUGGCAGGAUGACAACACAGUCAGGCUGCAGUUUAGGCUCAGUGACAGCUUGGACACAGGAGAGUACUCAUGUCACGUUAGCAACAAGGCGGGCCACUGCACGUGCAGCGCUGUUGUCACUGCUAAAGUGCCACCGCGGUUCACAGUGGAACUUGAGUCCCAGGCUGUUGUUCCAAAGACCACAGUGGUUUUCCGAAGCGUCUUUGAAGGAACGCCACCUUUCACAGUGAAAUGGGUCAAAGACGAUGUGGAACUGGUGGCUGGUCCAUCAUGUCGGAUCAGACAGGAUGAAUACUCUUCUUCCCUGCAACUGGACUCCGUUGGGAACCUACAGAGUGGAAAUUAUUCUUGCCAAGUUAGCAAUGAAGCGGGUGCAAUAAGAAGUGCAGUUCCAUUGUUGGUGAAAGAACCACCACAGUUUGCCCAGAAACUUCUUCCCAAAACCUUUGUGAAGCUGUGUGACGCACUCCAUUUGGAAUGUAAACUGUCCACUGCACAGCCAGUCAAUGUGUGCUGGUUCAAAAACGACGAACAGAUCACAGACGGAGACAACUUUAAAACCACGUUUGUGGACUCGACAGCGCGUCUCCAGCUAUGCUCUGCGAGGCUAGAUGACAACGGUGUAUACACAUGUGAGGCUCAAAAUGAUGCUGGCAGUGUGAGCUGCAGCACCGUGCUCACUGUACAAGAGGCACCCUCCUUUACCAAAGUUCCUUCCCCAGUGGAGGCCAUUAAAGGGAAAGACGCAAGUCUGCACUGUGAGAUGUACGGCACGCCACAUUUGCAGGUCUGCUGGUACAAAGACAAAAGGCCGCUGAAAGAGAGCAGGAAGUACAAGAUGAUCAGUGAGGGCAGCUCUGCCACACUUCACAUCAUGAGACUGGAGCAAGCUGACAUUGGUCUCUAUGAGUGCAGGGUUUCAAACAGUGUGGGAAGUGAAUCCUGCCGUACUACCAUUAGCUUAAAAGAACCCCCAGCAUUCACCAACAAGCUGGUCAACCAGUCUGUGAAAACAGGCGAGCAGCUGACUCUGACGGCGGCAGUCAAAGGCUCAGAGCCCAUGACUGUGUCUUGGAUUCAGGACGAAGAUCACAUUCUGAGAGAUGGCGACAACAGGAAGAUUACCUUUGAGCACAGUGUGGUCACACUUGUGGUUCCCAAAGUAGAUUCCACCACAGCGGGCAAGUACACCUGCCAGCUAAGGAAUGACUCUGGAGUUGUGGAGUGCAUUUCCCAUGUGACAGUUUUAGAACCAGCUGCCAUUGUGGAAAGCCCAGAGUCUUUGAACAUGCAGGCAGGAGAAAAUGCAGCUCUUGAGAUCACUGUGUCAGGGUCACCUGAGUUGAAAAUCAAGUGGUUUAAGGACAACAAAGAACUUUUUUCUGGUGCCAAAUACCAGAUGUCCUUCUCAAAGAAGGUUGCACACCUGAAAUUCCGGUCUGCUGAUAAAGCUGAUGCUGGAGAGUACAAGCUUGAGGUUGCAAACCACGUUGGUUCAGCCUCAUGCAAAAUUAAACUCUCUGUCUCAGAAAAGAUGAUUCCUCCUAGCUUCAUUAGAAAGCUGAGAGAUACCCACCUUGUUGUGGGAAAACCCGGUGAGAUGGAGUGUAAAGUCACUGGUUCAGCUCCUUUAACAACGUCCUGGUUCCACAAUGGCCAGGAAAUCACAAGUGGGUUCGACUACGAUAUUAGCAGCUCUAAUAACAACUGUAAACUGAGAGUUCCAACGAUCAAGGUGUCGGAUUCCGGAAAAUAUACUUGCAAAGCUGUGAAUGCUGUGGGAACCAGUGAGACCAGUGCUUCCAUGCACGUGACAGAACCCCCAUCUUUUGUGGAAAUGCCUGAAACUCAAGAGACACUGCUUGGAAAGAGUGUCUCUUUCUCUGCUAAGGUGAAAGGCAGCUCCCCGCUCAAAGUCAAAUGGUUCCGGGGCACAAAGGAAAUGCAGCACGGGAGAGGGUGUGAGAUCUUCCUCAAGGAAGAUAUUGCUAGAUUGAUUCUUCACAGAGUGGAACUGUCCCAUGCGGGAGAGUACACCUGUCAGGUCAUUAACGAUGCAGGGAAGGAAAGUUGCACAGUUUACCUCUGUGUGAAAGAGCCAGUUCACUUUGUGAAAAAGCUGAAGGAUGUUUUAACAGAGAAGGGUAAGCCUCUGAGGCUUGAGGUCACAUUUGCUGGAACCCCCAGAGUGAAUGUGACAUGGAAGAAGGAUGGCAUCUUCAUCUGGGCCUCAUAUCAGUACAACGUCAUCACUACGUCCACCUCUUGCAUUCUUGAGGUUCUUAACUCUGACAAGGUGGAAGCAGCAGGACGAUACUCUUGCGAAAUCGACAACGGAGUCGGAAGUGACAGAUGCGAUGCACAAGUGUCCAUUCUAGAGCAACCAUAUUUUAUUGAAAAGAUGGAACCGGUUGAGGUUGCUCUGGGUGAUCCUGUCACCCUGCGGUGCCAGAUUGCCGGAACUCCUGAUAUCUCUGUAGCUUGGUUCAAAGCGGACGGGAAGCUGCGCCGGUCCGACAAGUGUUUGAUGGACUUCGCCAAUGGUUUUGCCACUUUGAAACUGCUUGAAACCACCAAGUUUGAUCACAGCGAGUUCAUCUGCAAGGCUGAGAACCGGGUGGGCUCAGCCUCCACCAGCUGUAAUGUGAGAGUGAAAGAACCUGUGCGCUUCAUCAGAAAGUUGGAAGACACAACAUUUACAGUUGGUCAACCACUCAAGCUAGCCUGCAAGUACGUUGGAAGCCAGAGGGUCUUUGUCACGUGGAAAAAGGAUAGCAAACUCAUUUGGGCAUCCUAUCAGUACAACGUAAAAACUACUGACUCAACCUGCAUCCUGGAGGUCCUCAACAGCGACAGGCCAGAAGCAGCUGGACUGUACUCUUGCGAAAUUUCUAAUGGAGCUGGAAGUGAUGUCUGCCAAGCUUGUGUCAGUUUAGAGCGUACACUUCCGCCAAGCUUCAGCAAGCGCCUGCCAGAGUCCAUGAUGGAUUCAGUGGGUAAGACGGUCACCAUGGAGACUCGGCUUUCUGGCUCCCAACCGCUGCACGUCACCUGGCACAAGGACAACACAACACUCAGUGCGUCAGACAAAUAUGAUGUCACCUUUAAGAACAACAUGGCCGUGUUGUGUGUGCGAGACUCCAACACCUCUGACUGCGGAACCUAUACCUGUGAAGCCUCCAAUGAGGCCGGUAAAGCUUCCUGUCAGGUUUCUCUCACCAUCUCAGAAAGCAGCAAGCCUCCUAAUUUUGAUGUUCCUCUGCAACCGGUGACACUGCGCGAAGGUGAAAAUCUCAGCCUGAAAUGUCAUGUUGCCGGCUCUUCUCCACUCACCAUCCACUGGAUGAAGGACAGGAGGGAGAUCAAGUCUAGUUCAAGCACAGAGAUCACAUUUGUGAGUGGUACAGCUUGUUUGGAAAUCAGCCAGGUGACUAAACCCGCCGCAGGCGAUUAUCUGUGUAAGGCCAGCAAUGCUGCAGGGACCGACUUCUGCAAGGCCAGAGUUACCAUCAAAGAAAAAGAAGCCAAGUCGGCUACCACCACCACGGCUCCUGUCCCCGCUGUCACUGCUCCUGCCCCCGUGAAAGUCCUUGACAACCUUUUCUUCAUUGAGGAACCAAAGAAUGUUUCUGUCACAGAGAAGGGCACGGCCACCUUCAUUGCUAAGAUUGGAGGUGAGCCCAUCCCCAGCGUGAAGUGGAUGAAGGGCAAGUGGAGGCAGAUCACACCUGGUGGUCGCAUCUCGAUGGAGCACAAAGGCCAGGAUGCCAAACUGGAGAUCCGAGACGUGACCAAGUCAGAUUCAGGUCAUUACAGAUGCGUGGCCACCAACAAACAUGGCGAGAUUGAGUGCAGUGCUGAGAUGGCGGUCACCAAAAAAGAGGAAGCAGCAGGACUUGAGGACAUAAGGAUUAGGCUGAAGAAGACCCCCUCGAAGCAGAAGAGUCCCAAAAAAGAAGAAGAGACCAACAUAGUAGAGUUGCUCCGAGGUCAAGAGCCAAAAGACUACGAGAGGGUUCUGAGGGAGCACCAGAUCCAUGACUACCGUGCCAUCCUCCAGGCAGUGGAACUCCUGAAGAGAGAAAAAGAGAUGGAGGCUGUAACAGCGGAGGCGCAGCAUGGCGGUCGGGUUGAUGAAGAAGACAUGGCCCGACUCAUCCAGCAGCUCGAGGGACGAGUGGACACAGAGCCUGUCACUGUCAUGGAGGACAUCAGUGAUCAGGCAGUGUCUGAAAACAAGAGCGCCACCUUUCAGUGCCAAAUCAGGAUCAACUACCCAGAGAUCACACUGACCUGGUACAAAGGAACCCAGAGACUGGAGAACGGGGACAAAUAUGCAAUCAGCAGUGAUGGUGAACGCCACUGCUUGAACAUCCACAACUGCCAGUCCAAAGACCAGGGAAACUACCGGGUGGUCUGCGGUCCUCACAUCUCCAAUGCCAAGCUGACUGUCUCAGUUCCUGAGGUUUACAGGACAUCAGAGGAGAAACCCUCUGCACCUGAAGCUCCGUCCCCUGCUUCACCUACAGAAGCUGACACCAAGAAGCCGGAGAUGAUGGUUGCUGUGCUGCCUGGACAAGAGGAACAGGUGCUCCCUGAAGCAUUGAAAACAUACACCAGAGCAGAACCAAGACCUGAACCAGAACCAGAACCAGAACCUGAACCUGAACCAGAACUACAACCAGAAGCUGAACCAGAACCACAACCACAACCAGAAGCUGAACCAGAACUACAACCAGAAGAUGAACCAGAAGGUGAACCAGAACCAAAACCGGAAGCUGAACCAGAAGUAGAACCAGAAGCCAAACCAGAACUAGAACCAGGAGCUGAACCAGAACAACAAGCUAAAGUUGAACUAGAACCAGAAGCUGAACCAGAACUAAAACCAGAAGCUGACCCAGAACCAGUAGCUGAACCUCAACCAGAACCAGAAUCCGAAAGUGAACUUGAAGAGGUAGUGACCACAAAUGCCAUUCAACAGCCUCAAGCGGCUCCAGUAAAGAUGGCGGAGUCCAAGGUAGCUCCAGUGUUAAAGAAGGUGGAAACAGAAGCAAACAAGCUUGAGGCUUCCAAAAAACAAAAAGACUCUUCCAAAGUGCGAGUGGAAGAAACCCCUCCACCAGAAGAACCAUGUCUCUUAAAGGUUAAAACCCCUCCAGCUGAAGCUGCUCCUGCACAAGCGUCUCCUUCAGAGGAGCAAACAUCUAUGGCAGCAUCUUCACCUCCCGUAGAAAAAGUCACUCCACCUUCAGUGUCUCCUUCAGAGAAGAAAACAAGGAAAGCCUCGGCUCCCUUCACGCUAGACCACAAAGUACCUCUUCCUACAGUGUCUCCUCCAGAGGAAAAGAAAAUAUCUCCACCCACACCAAAGCCUCCAGCUAAAGUCAUUCCUUCUCCAGGUAAGGAAAAACCUUCUGAGCCAUCUUCUGUCAUGGAGGACAUCUCUCCACCUGGAGACAAGGAACCAGUUACAGCUCCUGGACCAACUAAAGCAUCAGCUGUAUGGAAAGUUAAGAUUCCGCUGCAAGAGACAACAACAACAUCAACACAGAAGAUGAAGCGCGCAGCUACCCCAAAAACCAAGGAAAAGGACGUAGAAGUGGAGGUCGUCAGGUUGAAAAAAGUUCCAGAAAAACCUGCAGCAGCUGAGAAACAAGUAGAAAGUCAUCAGGCAGAAGUGACCAAGCAUCUUGACCAAGAACUCAGCGUUCAUGCUUUCCACUACAGAGAAGAUCGUGAGGUAAUAACACUCAGAAGAUCUGAACGACUCUUCACUGCAGAAGAGCAAACAAGUCGACUUGAACAUUGUGAAGAACAUCAAGAACAUGACGAGGUUGUUCAGAAAACGGAGGAAGAAAAACAGAAACAAAUUGCAGGAAAAAAAGAGGCAAAAGUGCCUAGCACUGAUCAAAAAUACACUCAAGUGCGAAAUGCAGAUGAGCACAAUGAAUCAGUUCAAUCAAAAUUAUUUGAAAAAAUCCAAAAGGGAGAUGGAGAAACACGUAUCAAACAGAAAGGAGGUGAAGAGACACGUCUCAAACCAAAAGGAGGUGAAGAAACACGUAUCAAACCAAAAGGAGGUGAAGAGACACGUCUCAAAUCAAAAGGAGGUGAAGAAACACGUAUCAAACAGAAAGGAGGUGAAGAGACACAUCUCAAACAAAAAGGAGGUGAAGAAACACGUAUCAAACAGAAAGGAGGUGAAGAGACACAUCUCAAACCAAAAGGAGGUGAAGAAACACGUAUCAAACAGAAAGGAGGUGAAGAGACACAUCUCAAACCAAAAGGAGGUGAAGAAACACGUAUCAAACAGAAAGGAGGUGAAGAGACACAUCUCAAACCAAAAGGAGGUGAAGAAACACGUAUCAAACAAAAAGGAGGUGAAGAGACACAUCUCAAACCAAAAGGAGGUGAGGAAACACGUAUCAAACAGAAAGGAGGUGAAGAAACACGUAUCAAACCAAAAGGAGGUGAAGAAACACAUCUCAAAACAAAAGGAGGUGAAGAAACACGUAUCAAACCAAAAGGAGGUGAAGAAACACAUCUCAAAACAAAAGGAGGUGAAGAAACACGUAUCAAACCAAAAGGAGGUGAAGAAACACAUCCCAAAACAAAAGGAGGUGAAGAAACACGUAUCAAACCAAAAGGAGGUGAAGAAACACAUCUCAAACAAAAAGGAGGUGAAAAGAUACAUGUUAUACAAAAAGGAGGUGAAGAAAUACGUAUCAAGCAAAAAGGAGGUCCCACCUAUCCACAAGAUCAACAGACACAAAAAGAGGAAGAUAAGAGUGAAAUGACAGUCGGACUUCCUGAUGGUGAGCACAGUGAUGAACAAAUCUUCAUGUCGAAUAAGGAGGCGCCUGAGCCAAAUGCGUCUAAAAAGACAAAAGAGGCAGAUGACCAUGAAAAAGUACGAGUUAAAGAUUCUGAAAAGGAAGCGGAACCUGAAAGUGGACACAGUCCAGACAAGAGAGAUCAACUCACCGUGGACACGAAAGCCACAAAGCCCAAACACGCUACUUCCAUGCGUCCAGAUUCAUCUCCUGGUGUUUAUAAAAAGUUGACAAAGAAGGCUCAACGUGAGCUUCACGAGGAGGAACAUGUAAAAACCCAACUAAUGACUCCAUCAGAUGAAGACAAGGUGCAAGUGAAACUGAAGUCUGAAGUUGAAAUGGAAGCAAACGUGUCAGGGCAAGAGAACAAGCUUGUGGAUGCAAAGGCACUCAGUCACACAAGAGAUGAAAGAUCUAAAGAGCUGAAGCAAGACCAGCAAAGACAAGACCAGUAUCAGGAUCCAGCUAUUGUGCCCAAGAAAGCCAAUGUGAAAAUAACGGCAGGUGUUAUUCCACAAACAGAAGAUGAACGCACUGAAAUAGAUACCUUCAAGAAGCUCAAGAGGACCUAUUCACCUGGAGCAGGUAUAAAAGAUGCUGAAUGCGAGCAGGCCUUCAAGGCCAUGGAAAAAUAUGAAAGAAGAAGGGAGAAGGUUCAACUCAAAAACACUUUGUCACCAACGGUUUAUGAGCCAAAACCGAGGGAACAAGUCCUCAUUGAAAAAACUGAUGCUGAGAAAGUAAAAAGGUUUUCAAAAAACACUUCACCAAACAUUGCAGAAGUUUUGGAGAAACCUUCCCUGGAGGAGGCAUCUCACUCAGAAAAAUCUGAUAACAUGAGGCAUCCCCUCGUGAAGAUGGUCUCCCCAAGAGCUGUGCAGGUGAAGAAAGUUCCCACCCAGCCAGAGGAGGAGGUAUUCAGAGAUGAACCAGAAGAAGGCGAGGACCUGGCGGAUGAGGAAGCCUGGGGCUGGGAGCUGGUCCCCCCUGAGAGCUGGCAAGGUGAAGGGAUGGAUGGGUCGCUGGAGACUCCAGGCAUGCCUGACAGCAAACGAGAUGGCAAACCAGCAGAGGAACCUCCCAAAGGACGAGGACGAGGAUUUGGGGCGAGACAAACGCCGUCUCCUGGUGAUGGUGGCCGGGGGCGGGGCCUGAGGCCAGGUGGGAAAGGCCCAUCGCCUCCGGAGGAACCUUUUGGAGGAUUCAAGCUCAAAGCUGUCCCACUGAAGUUCAUCAAGAAACUUGAGGACAUCGUGCUGCUGGAAGCGGAGUCUAUCGGCUCGUCAGCUGUGUUCGAGUGCGUGGUGUCGCCGUCCACCGCUGUCACGUCGUGGAUGAAAGAUGGCAGCAACCUGCGUGAGGGCCCCAAGUACAAGUUUACAUCUGAUGGCAAAGAUCGCAAGUUGAACAUCAAAGAUGUCCAGCUGUCAGACACUGGCGAAUACACCUGUGUUGCCAAGAACGCUGGCAAGGAAGUCUCCUGCACAGCUAAGCUGAUUGUUGAAGAGCUGCCGGUGAGGUGGAUCAAAGAGUUGGACGCAGAGACGUCAUGUACAAAGGGUCAACCCAUGUACCUCACCUGUGAGCUCAACAAGGAGAGAGACACCAUCUGGAAGCGUGACGGAGUUGUACUGAAGACAAAGGCAGGAAAGUUGGCCAUCAAUGUGAUUGGCAUGCAGCACGCUGUGACCAUUCAGAAUGCCACGGAGGAAGACGGCGGCCUCUACUCAUGUGAGGUGGCUGCACAGGAGAGUAUCAAGACAAGCACCAACGUCAAAGUGACUGAGGUCAUCAAAGACUGGUUGGUGAAGCCUCUGAGGGACCAGCACGUGAAACCCAAGGCCAAGGCUACCUUCAAAUGUCAACUCUUCAAGGACACGCCCAACUGGAAGUGGCUCAAAGGUGACAGUGCGCUGGAACCUUCUGACAAGGUGGAGAUCAACAAAGAUGGAGUCAACAUGACGCUCAGCAUCAAUAACUGCCAGCCUGACGAUGUGGCAGAAUAUACCUUUGAGGUGGAGGACCGUAAAUACAUGGCCAAGCUGACUCUUGGAGAGCGUGAGGCAGAGAUCCUGAAGCCGCUCACCAGCUUGGAAGUGGUUGAAAAGGAAGAAGCCAACUUUAACACAGAAAUUUCAGAGGAGGAUGUUGUCGGGGAAUGGAAACUUCAGGGACAAGUGCUGACAAGGUCUCCGACUUGUGACAUUAAAGUCGACGGGACAAAACGUUUCCUGGCCAUAAAGAACGUCCAGCUGGACCAGGCGGGCGAAGUGUCUUAUCAGGCUUUAAAUGCCAUCACCAGCGCCAUGCUGACCGUUAAAGAGAUCGAAAUGGGCUUUGUCGAGCCUUUGAAGGACAUUUCUGUGCCUGAAAAGAAACAAGCUAAGUUUGAAUGCACCAUCACCAAGGAAGUGUCAAAAGUCAUGUGGUUCAGGGGGUCAGACAUUGUCGCCUCGAGCCCCAAAUAUGAAAUUAUUGAUGAUGGAAAGAAACACAUGCUGAUCAUUAACAGCUGUGAGUUUGACGAUGAGUCUGAAUACACGAUAGAAGUGUUGGAUCACAAGUCAACUGCUCGGCUGUCUGUGGAAGGCAUGAGGCUUAAAGUCGUGAGGCCGCUUGAGGACCAGACAGUCAAAGAAGGUAAAACGGCUCACUUUGAGCUGGAGGUGACUCACGACAAUGUACCAGUGGUUUGGUAUCGCAAUGAAGUCAAACUACAUGUGAGUCGAACGGUGCUCACACAUGUGGAAGGAAAGAAACAUGUUCUAGAAAUGAAGAUGUUGACGCUCGAUGAUACCUGCCAGAUUAAGGCAGAGGCUAAAGGAAUAUGCUCAAUGGCAAAGCUGACGGUCAUAGAGGGUGAUGCCGUGUUUGUGGUGAAACUCCAAGACUACACGGCCACUGAAAAAGACCAGGUCUCUCUGGACUGUGAGCUCAGCAAAGACGUGCCAGUUGUUUGGUAUCAUGAAGAGAAGGAGAUGAUUGCCUCCAAGAUGGUGGUCAUGAGGUCAGAGGGCACUCGAAGGUCUUUGGUCUUGAAGAAAGUGGAGCAAAGCAGUAAAGGAAAGUACACCUGCGACUGCGGAACCGACAAGACGGUGGCUAACAUCAUCAUUGAAGCUCGCGAUAUCAAGUUGGUUCGACCAAUUUAUGGCGUGGAGCUUUUUGAUGGAGAAACGGCCCGUUUCGAGGUGGAGAUCUCCGAAGAUGAUGUGCACGGCCAGUGGAAACUGAACGGAGAAGUUCUGAGUCCUUCCUCUGAUGUGGACAUCAUCGAAGAGGGAGGCAAACACACGCUGAUCCUGUACAACUGUAAAGUGCCCAUGACAGGGGAGUUGGUCUACACGGCUGCCAAUGCCAAGUGUGCUGCCAACCUAAAGGUCAAAGAACUUCCUCUCAACUUCCUGUCGCCACUGAGUGACGUGCAGGUGUACGAGAAGGAUGUCGCAAGGUUUGAGGUGGAAGUGUCGAGAGCCCCAAAGAGUUUCCGUUGGCUGAAGGGUUCGGAGGAGCUGCAGAGUGACGGCAAGUACGAGAUGAUCCAGGACGGGAACACGUACGUGCUGCUGAUCCAAUCGGCUGCCUACGAAGAUGAGGCCAAGUACAUGUUUGAGGCUGAAGACAAGAGGACGACCGGCAAGCUGGUCAUCCAAGGGAUCCGCCUGGAGUUUGUCAAACCCAUCAAGGACGUGACGGUGAAGGAACGUGAAACGGCCGAGUUCAGCGUGGAACUCUCUCAUGAAAAUAUCCCGGUGGUUUGGUACAAGAACGAUGUGCGCCUUCACCCCAGCAAGGUGGUGCACAUGUUGGAUCAAGGAACAGUCCACACACUGGCCUUUAAGGAGGUCGCUAUUGAUGACACGUCCAUGAUCAAGGUGGAGGCCAUGGACAAGACUGUCAGCGCCAUGCUCACUGUCAUCGAGGGCGACUUAUACUUCACCACCAAACUGCAAAACUACACGGCUGUGGAGAAGGACGAGGUGAAGCUGGUGUGCGAACUGAGCAAAGCCGUGGCAGACGUCAAGUGGUUCAAGGAUGGGAAGGAGCUCACGCCCUCCAAGAACAUUGCCAUCAGCACAGACGGCAAGAAACGUAUCCUGACGGUCCGCAAGGCUGAGAAGAGCAACAUUGGCGAGUACACCUGUGACUGCAGCUCCGACAAAACCACCGCCAAUCUCAACAUUGAAGAGCGUGAUAUCAAGGUGGUGCGUCCGCUGUACAGCGUCGAGGUCACCGAGACGGAGACAGCCAAAUUUGAGACUGAGAUUUCUGAGGAGGAUGUCCAUGGAAACUGGAAGCUAAAAGGAGAAGCUUUACAUCCGUCAACUGACGUGGAGAUAAAGGAGGAGGGAAGCAGACAUCUUCUGAUCCUCUACAACGUGCGCAUGGACAUGGCGGGAGGCGUUGACUUCUCCGCGGCAAACGCCAAGUCAAACGCUCAUUUACGAGUGAAAGCGCGAGCCAUCAGUCUCCUGCAGCCCCUGAAGGACGUGACGGUGACGGCCGGAGAGACCGCCACGUUUGAGUGCGAGCUGUCGUACGAAGACAUCGCUGUCCACUGGUUCCUGGCAGGACAAAAGAUGGAGGCCAGCGAGCGCGUGAAGACUCGAGUGGCUGGCCGAACGCACAGUCUGAUGGUGCGAGAUGUGCAACUGUCCGAAGUGGGACAGGUCAGAUUGAGUGCCAAGGACUUCCAGACUCAGGCUCAGCUCAUUGUCAGAGAACCGCCAGUGGAGUUCACCAAGCCUCUGGAGGACCAGACGGUGGAGGAGGAAGCCACUGCCACGCUGGAGUGCGAGCUCUCCAGAGAAAAUGCAGAUGUGCGAUGGUUCAAGGAAGGGCAAGAGAUCCGCAAGACCAAGAAAUACGACAUGUUUGUCGAUGGCGUAAAGAGGGUGCUGGUCAUUCACGACUGCAACCCCGAUGACAUUAAGACAUACACGUGUGAUGCCAAGGACUUCAAGACUUCCUGCUUCCUUGAUGUCAUUCCGCCUCACGUGGAGUUUGUGAAGCCUCUGCAGGACGUUGAGGUCAGAGAGAAAGAAUCUGCCAAAUUUGAAUGUGAAGUGUCCCGCGAGUCCGCCAAGGUUCGCUGGUUUAAGGAUGGGAGCGAGAUAAGAAAAGGAAAGAAGUACGAGAUCAUGGCCAAGGGGCUUCAGAGGAUCCUGAUUAUACACAAGUCUACAAUGGACGAUGAGGCAGAAUACGAGUGUGACGCCCGGACAUCCAAGAGCUCUGGCAUGCUGACCGUCAUUGAGGAGGCUGCCAGGUUCACCAAGAACCUGUCUAACGUGGAAGGUACAGAGACAGACAGCGUGAAGAUGAUCUGCGAGGUGUCAAAGGCUGGGGCAGAAGUGACCUGGUACCAAGGAGAGAGCGAGCUGCCAGAGGGUGGCCGUUACGAGCAGAUCACGGACGGACGCAAGAGGAUCUUGAUCAUCCAAGACUUGAGGAUGGAGGAUGCUGGGGAAUAUAACUGCAGACUCAGCUCCAGUGUCAAAACAUUCGCCAUCCUGAAACUAAACGAACUUGCAGCCGAGUUCAUCGCCAGACCUCAGAACCAGGAGGUUGUGGAAGGUGAGAAGGCCGAGUUUGUCUGCUCAGUCUCCAAAGAAACCUACGAGGUGAAAUGGUUCAGAGGGGACAAGGAAGUGGAAACUGGGGACAAGUACACAAUUGUCAGUGAUGGAAAGAGACGGGCUCUUACGGUGAAAAACUGCGGCCUGGAGGAUGAGGGAGGUUACGUGGCCCACAUCGGCAGCGUUAGAGCGUCCGCUGAUCUCUUCGUGAUUGAAAAACUGAAGAUUGUAACACCCAUCAGAGACACAGAGGUGAAAGAGGGAAGCGAGAUCAUUUUUAACUGUGAGACGAACGUGGAGGGAGCAAAGGCCAAAUGGCUUAAGAACCAGGAGACCAUAUUUGAGAGCAGCAAGUACCUAAUGGCUCAAAGGGACAAUGUCUUCUCCCUGAGGAUCCGGGAUGCUUGCAAGGCUGAUGAGGCCAACUACACCAUCGGCCUGACCAAUCAGAGAGGAGAGCAGGUCAAGUGCUCGGCCCAUGCUAGAGUUGCAGAGGAGAAGCUGAAGUUCCUGGAUCCCAUCGAGGACAUUGAGACUCAGGAAAAGCAGACCAUCAGUUUUGCAUGCAAGGUGAAUCGAGCCCAGGCGACCGUGAGGUGGAUGAAGGCUGGCCAGGAGGUGACCCUCAGCAAACGCGUGAUCUACAGAACUGAAGGCCUCACCCACACGCUGACCAUCAAAGACUGCAUCAUGGAGGAUGAGGGCGAGUAUAGCGCCUUGGUUGGAGAAGACAAGUGCGCUGCUGAACUGAUCAUCAGCGAGGCACCAACAGACUUCACCGCACAGGUCAAAGACCAGACUGUCACUGAGUUUGAGGAGGCGGAGUUCACCUGCAAAUUGUCCAAAGACAAGGCCGCUGUCAAGUGGUACAGGAACGGCCGAGAGAUCCGAGAAGGACCAAGGUAUUGCAUGGAGAGAGAAGGUAAGACAUGCAGACUGGUCAUCAAGGGGUGCAGACCAGAUGAUGAAUGUGAAUACGCCUGUGGCGUGGAAGACAGAAGGACCAGAGCAAGACUAUUUGUUGAAGAAAUCCCAGUGGAGAUCAUCAGACCACCUGAGGACACUUCUGAGCCUCCUGGCUCUGACGUGGUAUUCGAGGUGGAGCUCAACAAGGACAGAGUGGAGGUCAGGUGGAUGAGGAACAACAUGAUAAUUGUACAGGGAGACAAGUACCAGAUGAUCAGCGAGGGUAAAGUCCACAGACUACAAGUGUGUGAGAUCCGACCUCGAGACCAGGGCGAGUACAGGAUUGUUGCCAAGGACAAAGAUGCUCGAGCUAAGUUGGAGCUAGCAGCUCCUCCAAAGAUUAAAACCACAGACCAAAACCUGGUAACAGACGCUGGCAAGCCCUUCGUCAUUACAGUGCCCUACGACGCCUAUCCUCGUGCAGACGCCGAGUGGGUUUUCAAUGGCAUCAGUUUACCUGUCCAGAACAUUGACACCUCAGUCGACAAGACAGAGUACCGCCUUAAAAGCCCCAGUAAGGAGGACCAGGGCAAGUACAAGGUGGUCAUCAAGAACAAGCAUGGGGAGGGAGAGGCUUUCAUCAACCUGGAUGUGAUUGAUGUCCCCGGACCCGUCAAGAAUCUGAGGGUGACUGACACUGUUGAUGGUGAGGUUAGUUUGGCCUGGGAGGAACCAGAGAGUGAUGGUGGAAGCAAAAUCACAUCGUAUAUGGUAGAGAGACGUGAUGUGAAGCGUAAGACAUGGACGGUGGCAACAGACCGUGCCGACGCUCCUGAGUACUGUGUCAGUGGCCUCCAAAAGGACUCCAUGUACCUGUUCAGAGUCUGUGCCGCAAACCGUGUUGGGAGUGGACCAGCCGUUGUCACCGAUGACGCUGUUCAGGCCAAGAAUAAAUUUGAUGUCCCUGAUGCUCCGGAGAGUGUAGCCGUCAGUGUGGUGAACAGAUUUGGUGCCACCAUUAUCUGGGAGCCUCCCAAGUUUGAUGGUGGCUCAGAGAUCACCGCCUACGUGAUCGAGCUCCGUGACAGGACUUCUGUGAAGUGGGAGGCGGCCAUGGUCUGCGAUGCCAGCGACCGCUUAGCCAGUCUCAAUGACGUGGUAGAGAACAAGGAGUACAUUUUCAGAGUGCGGGCUGAGAACAAGGCUGGCAUUGGCAAACCAAGCGCUGCCACCAAACCAGUCAAGAUCAUGGACCCCAUUGAGAGGCCAAGCCCGCCCCUCAACCUGAAUUUCAAUGACCAAACCAAGGAGGCUGUCACACUCACCUGGGAGACGCCUGCCAGAAAUGGCGGCAGUAUGAUCACUGGUUACAUCAUUGAGAAAUGUGAUGAUGGUACAGACAAAUGGCUUCGCUGCAAUGCCAGACUGUGCCCAGACCUCUCCUAUCGGGUGUCUGCACUGAAACAUGGCCAUAAGUACCUUUAUAGAGUUUGUGCUGAGAAUGCUGCUGGCAUCUCCGAUCCAGCUGAGCAAGUCGGCCCACUGCUCGCUGACGAUCCUCAUGUGGGUCCAACCAUUGAUCUGAGUGCCUUUAGAAAUGGCUUGGAGGUCAUUGUCCCUCAGCCUGUCACCAUCAGAGUUCCCAUCACUGGAUAUCCUACCCCCACUGCCAAAUGGACCUUUGAAGAGAAGGAGCUGACCUCAGAACAGGAGCGUGUUUCCACAGUCACAAAGCCCAAGUACACUGAGCUAACAGUUAUGCCAAGUGUCCGUCCAGACAGAGGAACCUACACCCUACAUCUGGAAAACGAUGUGUCAUCUGUCUCUGGAGAGAUUGAAAUCAACGUUAUCGCAUGCCCCAGUGCUCCUAAAGACUUCAAGGUGGCAGAGGUGUCCAGACACCACGUCCACCUGAUGUGGGAGGCUCCUGAGCAUGAUGGAGGAAGUCCUGUCACACACUACCAAAUCGAGAAGAGAGAAGUGUCCCGUAAAACGUGGGCCAAGGUGGCUACAGGAGUCCUCGACCUGGAGCAUACAGUGACGGAUGUAAUGGAAGGGAAGGAGUAUCUCUUCAGUGUCACCGCCUGCAAUAAAUGCGGACCGGGAGAACCAACCUAUAUCGACGAGCCCGUCAACGUCUCUUCCCCUGCCACUGUACCUGAUCCACCCGAGAACUUGAAAUGGCGUGACAAGACCAGCAAAGGCAUCUUCUUGUCCUGGGAACCUCCAAAGUAUGAUGGCGGUGCCCAAAUUAAAGGUUACAUAGUGGAUAAGUGUCAACGUGGCAGCGACAAGUGGGAACCCUGUUCCGAUGCUGUCCCUGAGCUGAAGUUUCAAGUGACUGGUCUGAUUGAGGGACAGUGGUAUGCCUACAGAGUCAGAGCUGUCAACAAGCUGGGAGCCAGUCGACCUUGCAGGGCUACUGAUGAGAUCCAGGCUGUUGAUGCUAAAGAGCCUCCAGAGAUUCAGCUGGAUGUGAAGCUGCUAGCUGGUCUGACUGCCAGAGCUGGCAGCAAAAUCGAACUCCCAGCUGAUGUCAAAGGAAAGCCAGAUCCCCGUGUUAAGUGGACCAAGGCCGACCUGGUCCUGCGGGCUGAUGAUCGCAUCGGCAUUGACACACAGCCGGGAUACUCCAAGUUGUCAAUUGCAGACACAACCAGAGGUGACACCGCCACCUACAUCAUCGAAGCCGUCAACACCUGUGGACGUGCAACUGCUACCAUCGAUGUCAACAUUCUUGACAAACCUGGCCCACCUGCUGCCUUAGACAUCUCUGAAAUCACCAACGAGUCUUGCAUCCUGGCCUGGAACCCUCCAAGGGAUGACGGUGGCUCGCCUGUUACCAACUACAUCGUGGAGAGUCGGCAGACUGACAUAGCUGACUGGACAAAGCUGUCAGCCACAGUGAAACACACCACCUUCAAGGCGUGCAAGCUCACCGCUCUUAAGGAGUAUGUCUUCAGGAUCAGUGCUGAAAACCAGUAUGGUGUUGGAGAACCUGCUGAGCAUGUGCCAAUUAUUGCAAAGUAUUCAUUUGAUCCACCAGGCCCUCCAACCAGAGUCACUCCCUCAGACGUCGCCAAGGAUGCUGUGACUCUGAACUGGUUUGAGCCAGACGAGGAUGGUGGAAGUCCUAUUACUGGUUAUUGGGUUGAAAAGUUUGAUCCUGACAGCGAUAAAUGGAUCAGAUGCAACAAGCUACCCGUCAAAGACACAACAUUCAGGGUGAAAGGGUUACCCACCAAGAAAAAGUGCCAGUUCAGGGUUCUGGCUGAGAAUCUGGCUGGACCUGGAAAACCGAGCACAGAAACUGACCCAGUUCUGAUCAAAGACCCCAUUGAUCCUCCAUGGGCUCCUGGCAAACCUGUAAUCUGUGAUAUUGCCAAGACCUCUGCUCUGCUGGCAUGGACGAGGCCCGAGCACGAUGGUGGUGCUAAGAUUGAAGGCUACACCAUUGAGUUCCAGAAAACCGGAAGUGAUGAGUGGAUCCGCAUUGCUGAGGACAUUCCCCAAACUGAACAUCAGCUACAGGGCUUGAUGGAGAAGCAGGAGUACUUGUUCCGGAUUAAGGCUGUCAACAAGGCUGGCGAAAGUGAACCCAGCGAGCCCUGUGACCCUGUAGUCUGCAAGGAGAGGCUGUAUCCGCCAUCUGCACCACAAUGGCUGGAGGUGGCUAACAUCACCAAGGUCAGUGCUGAGCUCAAAUGGCAGGCUCCGAGCAGUGACGGAGGCUCGCCAAUCACCAACUAUGUGGUGGAGAAGAGGGAUGUGCGACGGAAGACUUGGCAGACAGUUGACACAACAGUCAAGGAGAUCAAGUAUACAGUGACACCUCUCAAUGAAGGCUCGCUGUAUGUGUUCCGUGUGGCUGCAGAAAAUGCGGUUGGCAUGGGCGAGUUCUGUGAGCUGGAAGACGCUGUGCUUGCCAAAGACACAUUUACCACUCCUGGACCUCCUUAUGCUCUGACCGUGGUGGAGGUCACCAAGAGACAUGUGGAGCUGAAAUGGGAAGCUCCAAAGAGCAAUGGUGGAAGACCCAUCAAUAAGUACGUGAUAGAGAAGAAGGAGAAACUGGGAACUCGUUGGUUGAAGUGCUGCAAGACUCCAGACAGGCAAACACUGUUCAAGGUGACUGAUGUGGACGAGGGCUCAGAGGUGCAGUUCCAAGUACGGGCGGAGAAUGAGGCGGGAGUAGGAGAUCCAAGUGAACCCACUGAGAUCCUUACCAUCGAGGAUUUAACGAGUGCACCGUCUCCUCCCUUGGAAGUGGCUGUCCCUGAUAGCAGCAGGGAGCACAUCAAUGUAUCGUGGAAGCUGCCAGCCAAGGACGGCGGCGCUCCAAUCAUUGGCUACCAUGUGGAGGUGGCUGAGGCUCGUCCGGAGCUGAAGUGGCUCAGGGUCAACAGCAGACCAAUCAAAGAGCUUAAGUUCAAGAUUGAAGACGGAAUCAAACCAGAGAAGAAGUAUGUCAUCAGGGUUCGUGCCAUUAACGCAAUUGGCGUCAGCGACCCCUCUGAGAUCUCUGACAAGGUGUCUACAAAGGAUCCAGACUGUGCUCCAACAAUGGAGCUGGACACACAGGAUGUGGUGGUCAUCGAGGGGCAGAAGCUGCACCUCAAUGUUCCCUAUAAGGGCAUCCCGACACCACAGAUGGUAUGGCAGAAGGACACGGUGGAAUGCAAGAAAGAUGAGCGGCUCUCCAUGACAGUGGAGAUGAACAGUGCUCACCUGGAGCUGCUCAGAUGCACACGUUCUGACACUGGCGUCUAUAAUGUAAUCUUGGAAAACAGUCUUGGCACUGCCAGUGGGCUCAUCAAUGUCAAAGUCAUUGGGCUCCCUGGUCAGUGCAAAGACAUCAGCUCCAGUGAUGUCACAAAGAACUCCUGCAAGAUCAGCUGGGAAGCCCCAGAGGAUGAUGGCGGGACACCUGUUCUUAGUUACACACUGGAGCGCCGUGAAGCCUCCAAGAAGACCUACAUGCCUGUCAUGUCGGGAGACAAUGUUCUAUGCUGUAUGGUCAAAGACUUGUAUGUCAACUGCGAGUACUACUUCCGGGUCAAGGCUGUCAACAAGGUGGGUGCUGGAGCAUAUCUGGAGCUGCAAAACCCCGUCAUCACAGAGGAGGUCAAGCAGAAACCAGACCCACCUAUCCAAGUGGAGGCUCAUGACCCAACAUCCAAAUCAAUCACCAUCACCUGGAAAGCUCCCGAUUGCGAUGGUGGCUGCCCCAUUCAAGGUUACAUCGUGGAGAAGAUGGAGAAGGACGGUGACCGAUAUGAGAGGGUUACCCCAAGCUUGGUCCCUGGUUUCUCCCAUGUGGUGACAGGUCUGAAGGAGGACACUGAAUACCAGUUCAGGGUUCGAGCUGAGAACGCUGCUGGAGUCAGUGAGCCAUCUCGAAGCACACAGCUCAUCAAGGCUGCCGACCCAGUUGAAAAACCUACAGUCACCCUGCAUGCCCACGUGCAGUCUGGUUUGUGCAUUAAGAAGGGGGAAGAGAUCCGCAUUGAUGCAAACAUCUCAGGUUCGCCUUACCCCAAAGUCACCUGGUUGAGGAACAAUGAGGAUGUCACCAAAGAGCCUACCAAGACUGUUGUCCCACUAGUUAAGAGGAAGAAGACCAAGAGCAAGGUUGGUUUUGUGAGAAUAAAAUUACUACAUUGCGACUUGUGCAGGUUAUUCAGGCUUUGUUUUUUUUUGUAUCUCCAGGUUCCUGAACCCAAGGAAGAGUUUGUGACGCCGCUGCGUGAGCGCCUCGGUUUGGACCAGACUAAGAAGGGUCACUCAGCACUAAUGAUCCGAGAGGCUGUCAGAGCAGACCACGGCAACUUCACCAUCCAGGUGGAGAACACUCAUGGCAUUGCCACCGCCACUUGUGUUGUUAAUGUCCUUGACAAACCUGGCCCGCCUACCAACUUCACCUUUGAUGAAAUCAGGAACAUCUCAGUGGUGUGUAACUGGGAGCCUCCUGAAGAUGAUGGUGGCAGUGAGAUCCUGAACUAUAUACUUGAGAAAAAAGAUAACAAGAGCGAUGACAUUGGCUGGAUCACCAUCACCUCCACCCUGAAGGGUACCAGCUUCCCCGUCACCAAGCUGAUUGAAGGGAAAGAAUACAUCUUCAGAGUUACAGCGGAGAACAAAUUUGGAUGUGGACCAUCAUUCAUCUCUGAACCCUUGGUUGCCAAGAACCAAUUUGAUCCUCCUGAUGCUCCAAACACCCCAAGAGUUCAUGAAGUGACAGCGAGCUCCGCCCACAUCUCCUGGCACGAGCCAAAGGACAACGGGAGUCCAAUUCUAGGCUACUGGAUUGAGAGGAAGGAGGUGAACAGCAAACACUGGACUCGUGUCAACCGUGCUCUCCUCAACUCUCUGGAGGUGAAGGCGACUGGCCUUAUGGAGGGACUCAGCUACAUCUUCAGGGUGUGUGCCGAGAACCUGGCAGGGCCCGGACCUUUCAGUGAGCCCACGGACCGCAUUGUUGCCAUGGACGCCAUCUUACCUCCUGGACCACCCACACCAUGGAUUGUGGACACUGGAAAAGACUCAGUCAUUGUGGCGUGGAAGCCACCUUUGUACAACGGAGGAGGGGACAUCCUGGGAUACCAUGUUGAGAAGGUGGUGGCUGGGGAAAAGAACUGGACUCGCAGCACAGAGUUCAGGUGUAAGGAGCUGACAUACACAGUCACAGCUCUGGCGGAAGGAACCGAUUACUACAUCCGAGUCAUUGCCGUCAACGAAGCAGGUCCCGGAGCUCCUGGAGUGACAGAACCCGUCACCGUCAAAGAGCCGCAAGAACCUCCUGCGGUUGAUUUUGACCUCUCUGUGAAGAAAGGUGUGAUCAUCAAGGCUGGAGAGUCCCUGCGGCUUCCCGCUGUGGUCAUUGGCCGGCCCCAGCCUGAGGUCAAAUGGGCCAAAGAUGAUGUUGAAAUAGACCAAGAGAGGAUGAUAGUGGAGACAGAUGGCAAGAACAGCAGUCUCUUCAUCAAGAAGGCAGUGAGGGCGGAUCAUGGAAAGUACCAGAUUUCUGGUACCAACAGCAGCGGGACUAAGACCGCCGAAACCAGAGUGGACGUCAUGGAUGUCCCAGGGCCUGUGAUUGACUUAAGGACUGUGACGGUGACCAAGAAGAACAUCACUCUCACUUGGUCCGAUCCUCUGGACAACGGUGGCAGUGACAUCUUUGGCUACGAGGUUCUGAGGAAGGAUGCCAAGAUGAAGCUCUUCCGCCAGCCCAUUGAGGUGGCGUCCUGCAAGUGUGACAUCCAGGGGCUGUUGGCUGGCGAGGAAUACGAUUUCAGGGUCAUUGCCCGAAACAAGUAUGGAGAUGGCACUCCAGCGGAUCUUGGGCCCAUCCUAGCUGAGGAUCCCAAAGGUACACCAUCAGCUCCUGAGAAGCUGCAUUACACUGACAGAAGCAAGAACACCAUCACACUGGCCUGGCAGCCACCACGCAGCGAUGGUGGUAGUCCUAUCAUAGGCUACUACGUCGAGAAGAUGAGAUCUGACAGCACUGAGUUUGACGUGGCUAACCGCAAGAUCUUUACCAAGUGCUGUGGUACAAUUGAGAACUUGUCAGAGAACCAGGAGUACCAGUUCCGCGUCAAAGCUGUAAAUGACGUUGGUGAUGGCGCUCCCUCCAAGCCAAUCACAGCCAAGAUUCAGGAUGAUGAAAUUCCACCAGUUAUUACAAUGCUGAAUUUCUUCAAGCGUAACGCUAUCAUUGUGAAGAAGGGCUCUGCCAUUGACAUUCCAGCUGAGGUAAAGGGACUACCUCUUCCAACGCUAACGUGGCUGAAGGAUGAUGAGGUGAUAGACAAACCCAAUGAAGAAAAGAUGACAAUGGAAACAGAGGAGGUGAAUCGUACCACACUGAAGACAAAGCUUUCCAUGCCAGAAGCCAUCAGACAGGACAAAGGCAAUUACAAGCUGCUAGCUGAAAACUGUUAUGGCAAAUCUCAGCACAUUAUCCACGUGGAGAUCCUGGACCGCCCUCUUCCACCGAGGAAUAUCGUUGUCUCUGACAUCAAGGUGGAUUCGUGCUACCUGACCUGGGAUGCCCCGGAAGACAAUGGCGGCAGUGAGCUCACUAACUAUGUAGUUGAACGCAGAGAUGCCAGCAAGAAGAAAUCCGACUUUGAGGCACUGACCUCCAACCUCAUUGAUCGGCGAUAUGGGGUCUACAAACUGGAUAUGAAUGGAUCCUACCAGUUCAGAAUCAAGGCAGAGAACAAGUAUGGUGUCAGUGAUGGUUGUGACUCGGAAAAAGUACAACUAAGUGAUCCAUUUGGUCUCCCUGGACCACCACGCAACCCCAAGAUCAUUGCUGCCACAUCAAACACGAUGACUCUCACCUGGGAUCCUCCGCUAGACAAUGGUGGCUCCACCAUUCAAGGCUACUGGCUGGAGAAAAGGGAACGUGGAGCAGUGUACUGGGGGCGUGUUAAUCGUUGCUCCGUGACCAAACCAGCGGUGAAGGGUCUGCAGUACACAGUUCUUAAGCUCAUUGAAGGAAAAGAGUACCAGUUCAGGGUGGCGGCAAGCAAUGCUGCAGGAGUUGGACCACCUAGCGAGUCUACAGAGUGCCGCUUUGCUGUGGAUCCAUGCAACCCUCCGAGCUCACCUGGAUCCCCAGAGAUUAAAGACAAGACCAAGAACAGCAUCACACUCGCCUGGAGUCCCCCAGAAAAGGAUGGUGGCAGUCCUGUCAAGGGUUAUAUCAUCGAGGUCCAUGAGGAAGGCUCUCCUGAUUGGAGAAGGGUGACUCCUGCAGACAAGCUCUACCAAUCUACUGAGAUGACCAUCCCUGACCUUAAGGAGGGCAAGAAUUGCAGGUUCAGGAUCUACGCUGUAAAUGCUGCUGGUAACUCUGAGCCUGCCAAGACUGCUGAUAUCCUGGUUCAGGACAUCUUGAUUGAGCCAACGGUGUCUCUGGAUGUGAGCGCUCAUGACCUGCUGAACUGCAGGGCUGGCACCACCAUCAAGAUCCCUGCCACCAUCACCGGGCGUCCGGUGCCUAAAGUCACCUGGAACUUUGACGGACCAGCCGAGACUGAGAAGAAAUAUGAACUUCACACACUUCCCAUUGACUCAGAGAUUCACUCCACUGACACGACAUCCCUGGUCGUCAUCCCCGAGAGCAAACUGAACCACAGCGGCCGCUAUAUCAUCAAUGUAGAGAACCCUGCUGGACACAAAGUGGUCAAAGUGAGAGUCAAUGUGCUUGACCUACCAGGACCUCCUCGAGACCUGAAGGUGAGCGACAUGACAAGAGGUACUUGCAGACUCACCUGGAAACCUCCGGAGAGUGACGGAGGAGAGAGGGUAAAGAGCUACUUUAUUGAGAAGAAGACAGUGGAAGGGAAAGCCUGGACAAAGGUGAAUCCAUCCUGUGCUUCGCAGUCUCUUGUGGUUCCAGACCUGAUUGAAGGUCAGGAUUACUUGUUCCGCAUCCGUGCCGAGAAUCGAUUUGGCUUUGGGGUAUACGUGGAGACCACUGAGGGAGCCAAAGCCAAAGAUCCCAUCCGUCCUCCAGAUCCUCCAACCAGACUAAAGAUCCAGAGCGUGAGAAAGGGCACAGUGAACCUCACAUGGAAGGCUCCCAAAAAUGACGGUGGCUCACCUGUCACACACUACAGUGUUGACUUACUCUGCUGGGAUCCCAGUGGCACUCAGAAGGAGUCUUGGAGGAGGUGUAACAGGAGAGACAUUGACAUUACAAGCUUUAAGGUGGAGGACCUGACCGAGGGAGAUGAGUACGAGUUCAGAGUGGUUGCAUACAAUGAGGCCGGACCCAGCCGACCAUCUUCCACUGCCGGGCCCAUUCUCAUUCAGGACCAAACCUGCGCUCCAUCCAUCCAACUGAAGGAGUUCAUGGAGGCCGAGCAGGGUACUGAUAUCAGUAUUGUGGCCAAGAUACGUGGCUGUCCAUUCCCCACACUCACCUGGUACAAGGCCCCACCCCACAAGUCCGAUAAUAAGGUGGAGGUCUGCUAUGAUGAACACGUCAACAAGAUUGUGUCGGACGACAGCUGCACACUACUGAUCCAGCAGGGGAAACGCCCCGACACUGGCCUCUACACACUGGUGGCCUCCAACAGCCUUGGCAAAGCAUCCAAGGAAAUGAGGCUCAACGUGCUUGGCCGACCCGGUCCUCCCUCUGCUCCUAUUAAGUUUGAAGAGAUUGGUGCUGAGAGGAUCACUCUAUCCUGGCUGCCACCAAAGGAUGAUGGCGGCUCCAAAGUCACCAAUUAUGUCAUCUGGAGGCGUGUGGCCAACAGAAAGACCUGGGUCCCUGUCACCAGCGAACCCAAAGAACGCGUGUGGACAGUUGAAAACCUGAUGGAGGGACACGAGUAUGUUUUCCGCAUUAUGGCCCAGAACAAGUAUGGAGUUGGCGAACCACUAGACAGCGAUCCAGAGGUUGCCAGAAACCUGUACACUGUUCCUGGGCAGUGUGAGAAACCAACCACAUCCAGUGUCACACUGGACUCUAUGACCGUGAAUUGGGAGGAGCCUGAGGACGAUGGCGGAACCCCAAUCACUGGUUACUGGUUGGAGCGCAAGGAGACCACGGGUAAACGCUGGACCCGUGUCACUCGUGACCCCAUCCGCCCCAUGGGUCUGGGUGAAUCGUUUACCGUGAGCGGACUCAUUGAGGGCUCUGAGUAUCUGUUCAGAGUUAUUGCUAUCAAUGCUGCGGGACCUGGACUCCCCAGUUCCCCGAGUGACCCCAUCUUUGCCAGAGACCCCAUUUCUCCCCCCUCUCCUCCAAUACCAAAGGUUUCAGAUUGGACAAGGUCCACUGUGGACCUGGAAUGGAUUCCCCCACUGAAGGAUGGAGGCUCCAAAAUUAUCGGCUACUGGGUGGAGUAUAAGGAGGAGGGCACUGAGGCCUGGAUUAAGGCAAAAGACACUGAACUCCGCGGUACCCGCUUUGUGAUUGUCGGUCUGAAAACUGGUGCUCAGUACAGGUUCAAAGUCACGGCUUUCAACCUUGCGGGUAAUAGUGAGCCAGGCGAAGUGCCUGAGGCACUCGAGGUCAACGACAGAAUAAUUGCUCCUGAGGUUGAUUUGGAUGCCUCAGUGAAGGAAAGAAUGGUGGUCCAUGCUGGCGGGGUGAUCCGGAUCAUCGCUUAUGUGUCAGGUCAGCCAUCACCAGAAGUCACAUGGAGCAGGGAUGCAGCAGCAUUGCCCCCAGAGGCCAAGGUGGAGACGACCGCCAUUAGCUCAUCUUUGGUCAUUAAAGCAUGUGCCAGAAGGCAUCUUGGCAUCUACACACUGACUGCCAAGAAUGCUGGAGGGGAGAAGAAGAAAAACGUUUCAGUGGAAGUGCUCGACGUUCCUGGACCUGUUGGCAUCCCCUUGACGACCGAGAACCUGAGCAGUGAUUCCUGCAAACUCAACUGGUACUUCCCAGAGAAUGAUGGCGGUUCGCCCAUCAGCAACUAUGUGAUAGAAAAGCGUGAAGCAGAGCGAAAGGCCUGGACGUCGCUCUCAUUCUCCGCCAGCAGACAGAAUGCCGUGGCUACUGGCCUCAUUUCAGGCAAGGCCUACUUCUUCAGAGUUGCCGCUGAGAAUGUCAUUGGCAUCGGACCCUUCAUGGAGACGGCGGCCGAGAUCGUUAUCAGGGAACCGUUAAGUGUGCCCGACCGACCUGAAGAGAUUGAGGUCACCAAAGUAACCAAAGAUUUGAUUAACAUUACCUGGAAAGCUCCUAAGUUUGACGGUGGCUCUGAGAUAAUUAUGUACAUCCUGGAGGCUCGUAUGAUUGGCAAAGACAAGUUCACUCGACUGACAAAGGAGAAGCUGAUGGAGAGAAAGUAUACCUUUGACGGGCUGAGGGAGGGUGACACCUACGAGUUCCGGGUUAUUGCUGUCAACGAGGUCGGACCGAGCAAGCCGUCUUUCUGCACCAAACCAAUCACCUGCAGAGAUGAACUAGAGCCACCAACCAUUGAGCUGGACUUCCGUGACAAGAUCAUAGUACGUGUUGGUGAGAGCUUCCAGCUGCAAGGUCGAUACACUGGCAAACCCUCCCCUUCCAUUGUGUGGUACCGAGACGAUGAGGAGCUUAAAGCCGACAAACACGUCAUGUUCAAGAACACGCUGACAUCCAUGUCACUGGGAGUGAUGAAGGCGCAGCGCCAACACAGUGGCCGUUACAUGGUGGUGGUGGAGAAUAGUACCGGGUCCAGGAAGGGAGUCUGCAACGUCACAGUUGUCGACCGACCAACUCCUCCUGUGGGUCCAGUUGUCUUUGAGGAGGUACACCGUGAAUACAUGGUCAUCUCUUGGAAACCUCCUCUGGACAGCGGCGGAGUUGAGGUCUCCAAUUACAUUAUUGAGAAGAGAGACACAAAUCGAGACAUGUGGACCACUGUCACCUCAGCCACCACCAAGACGACAUGCAAGAUACCCAAACUGACAGAGGGCAGGGAGUAUAUUUUACGGAUCUCUGCUGAGAACAUGUACGGUAUCAGCGACCCACUGGAGUCUGAUGAGAUGAGAGCCAAAGAUCUCUUCAGAGUCCCAGAGGCCCCUGAGAUGCCAACUGUCAGAGAGGUGUAUGCCACCAACGCUCUGGUGCUGUGGAACCGGCCCCGUGAUGGAGGCAAGCCCAUCACCAACUAUAUCUUGGAGAAGAAAGAGACGACUGCCAAGAGGUGGUCAAGGGCCACAAGAGAGCCCUUAUAUCCUGCUACUCAGUUUAGAGUCCAAGACUUGGUCGAGGGCUGCGAGUACGAAUUCCGUGUGAUGGCUGAAAAUGAGCUGGGGACCGGAGAUCCUAGUGUCCCUUCAAAGCCCAUCCUUGCCAAAGACCCCAUCGUGCGGCCCAGUCCUCCAGUGACCCCCGAGGCCUAUGACAAGACAAAAGACUCAGUCAGUCUCAAGUGGAAGAUGCCCCGCCAUGAUGGAAAAGGACGGAUAUUUGGCUAUCUUGUGGAGUACCAGAAGCCGGGCUCGGUGGAGUGGUUCCAGGCUAAUGAGCGCCCAGAGCAGUGCCCUGACCUGCACUACGUAGUGACAGGCCUGACUGACGGCCAGGAGUAUGCUUUUCGGAUCUACACUGUUAAUGCAGCAGGAAAAUCUGAUCCAGCCUAUGUUAAAGAGACCAUCAAGGUCCAUGAUAGACUGGAGGUGCCAGAGUUGCUGUUGGAUGCCAACAUGGCGCGUGACCAUCUGGCCAUGCUGGGUUCUGACAUCACCUUGAGUGCUACCAUCAAGGGUGUGCCGACACCCACCGUCAGCUGGAAAAAAAAUGAUGGCGAAAUGCCACCUCACAUUACUGUCGCCGUCACCUCCACUGGCAGUAAAGUCUUCAUCCCUAAGUGUGUCCGCCCCGACUCCGGCAAAUACACUCUCAUGGUGGAAAAUGCUGCUGGGAAAAAAAUGGCGACUGUUGACGUUCUGGUUCUGAACAAGCCAACGCCUCCAAGAGAUCUGGUCAUCUCUGAGGUGACCAGCGAGUCUGCCUACCUGACAUGGAAAGCUCCAGAGGACAACGGUGGUGCCAUUAUCUCCCAUUAUGUUGUGGAGAAAAAGGAUGUGGCUGCUGAGCAGUGGGUCCCAGUCUCUGCAGCCAAUAAGAAGCUUAGUUUGAUGGCCAUGUAUCUGAUGGAAGGAAUCCAAUACCUGUUCAGAGUAGCAGCGGAAAACCAGUUUGGCAGGAGCGACUAUGUGACAACAAAGACGCCCAUCAAGGCUGUUGAUCCUCUCUAUCCACCUGGCCCACCGAAGAACCUACACCACACUGAUGCAGACAAGACAGAGGUGUGGUUAGAGUGGGAGUGGCCUGAUCGCACUGGUGGAAGUGAAAUUACUGGAUUCAUCAUUGAGCACCAGGAAGAAAAUCAAGCGGACUGGGUCACCUUUAAGACUGUCUGUGGUGACCGUGCACAUGUCACAGCUCUGGAGGAAGGCAAGACCUACCGCUUCCGGGUAAUGGCUCAGAAUGCCAUUGGUGUGAGCCGUCCUGACACCAGCGUCCCUGUCACCUGUCAGGAGAAGACAUUACCACCCACUAUUGAAGUUGAUGUGAAGCUUAUUGAGGGUAUUGUUGUGAAGGCGGGAAGCAGUAUUGUCCUGCCUGCCAAGAUGACUGGAAUUCCCAUGCCCACCGCUAAGUGGAUGACAGAUGGCAAGGAAAUCACAUCUGAAGGCCACUAUAACAUUGAGUCCUCUGGAGCCACCACCAUCCUCAGCAUCCCAGACUGCAAGAGAGGAGACACUGGGGAGUACAUCCUCACUGUGUCCAACCCUGCAGGCAGCAAGACUGUCGCUCUGCAUGUCACUGUGCUUGACCUUCCAGGUGCACCCGUUGGUCCCAUCAACAUCUUAGAGGUUACCCCUGACCACAUGAUGAUACAAUGGAGGCCACCCAAAGAUGAUGGCGGUACACCCAUCUCCAACUAUGUGGUUGAAAAGAAAGAUGUGAAGAAGCCAUGGGAGCCCUGGUCAGUAGUGAGCUCUAGCGGUAUCAGCACCAAAGCUAAGGUGUCACGCCUCGAGCAGGGUCGUGAGUACAUUGUUUGUAUCCGCGCAGAGAACAAGAUAGGCAUUGGUGCUGGGCUCGAGAGCCCUCCCACUAUAGCCAAACAUCUGUUCAACCCUCCUGGUCCACCAGGCCUCCCAGUGUGCUCCGAUAUCACAGAGAAUGCUGUGACAGUGGAGUGGUCCCUGCCUGACUAUGAUGGAGGUAGUCCCAUCAGCGGCUACGUGGUUGAACGCAGAGAAAUGACAGGGAAGUGGAUCCGUGUCAACAAAACCCCUGUACUGGACCUCAGAUACAGAGUUUCGGGUCUAUUUGAAGGCAACAGUUAUGAGUUCAGAGUUUUUGCUGAGAACAUUGCUGGUAUCAGUGAGCCAUCCCUCACCUCUGACCCCAUCAGGGCCACCCGAGCUAUCACUAAGCCAGGACCUCCGGGAAAUCCUAAACUGAAGGACUGGAGUAAGUCCUAUGCUGAUAUCUGCUGGACCAAGCCGACAAGAGAUGGAGGCAGUCCUAUCUUGGGCUAUGUCGUUGAGAUUCAAAAGUCCGGAUCUGCUCAGUGGGACAGGAUUAACAAAGAACUCAUCAAGAUGUGUGCCUACAGAGUUCCAGGCCUCAUUGAAGGUAUGGAAUACAGGGUCCGCAUCAGAGCUACAAACAAAGUUGGAGAUAGUGAACCCCGGGAGUUGAGCGAAACCAUCUUGGCAAAGGACAUUCUGGUACCUCCAGAGGUUGUUGUUGAUGUAUCGUGCCGCGACUCUCUGACUGUCAGGGCGGGUCAGAUCAUCAAUUUGAUCACCAGAGUUAAGGGCAGACCUGACCCAGAGAUCACAUGGACCAAAGAUGCUAGAGCCUUGUCUCGGGACAAGCGUACUGAGCUGAAUAACAACUAUCCUUUGUGUGAAUUGGUCAUCAACGAUUCAGUCAGAUCUGACUAUGGCAAAUACUCCAUUCUUGCUAAGAACAGCAGCGGACAGGCACAAGCCACUAUUAUUGUCAAUGUCCUUGACACACCUGGAGCUUGCCAGAAUAUAAAGGUGGCUUAUGUUACCAAGAACUCUUGCAUGGUUUCAUGGGAGAACCCAGAGGACAAUGGAGGCACAGAAAUCACACAGUAUAUUAUUGAGUGUCGUCAGCCAAGCCAGAGGGGAUGGACAGUUGUGUCCAGUGAUUGUACAAAGCGCCUGAUGAAGGCCCCUCUUUCAGAGAGCUGUGAGUACUUUUUCCGUGUUAGUGCCGAAAACAAGAUCGGUGUUGGUCCACCCAUUGAGACCAAGACGGCUGUGCUGGCAGUUGACCCAAUUGAGAAACCUGGUGAACCAAUCGACUUCCAUAUUUCUGAGAUUGGCAAAACCUUCUGCUUCCUCAAGUGGAAGAAACCUGACUACGAUGGAGGCAGCCGGAACCUGGGUUACCAUGUGGAGAAGAAGCCAAAAGAGGCUGAGGAGUGGGAGAGACUUCAUAAGGGUGCAAUCAAGGAGACUUACUUUAUGGCUGACCGGUGCAUUGAAAACCAGGUCUACCAGUUCAGAGUUCAGACGAAGAAUGAUGGAGGCGAAAGCAACUGGGUGACCACAGCUGAAGUUUUGGUUAAAGAGCAGGUUGUAGAACCAGAGAUCAAAAUCAAAUUGGAUGGAACCCUUGUUGUGAAAGCAGGAGACUCAAUUCCUAUUGAGUCAAUAGUCAAGGGCAAACCUCAACCUGAUGUCAAAUGGACUAGGGAUGAUAGCACUGAGGAAAUAAAAAAGAGCCCCAGGCUUCAGAUCGAAACUGGUGCUGACUUCUCAAAGUUGCUGCUGACCUCUGCUCGGCGUACAGACAGUGGCAAAUAUGUGGUCAGUGCCUCGAACAGUGCAGGAACGUGCUCUGCACACGCUAAAGUCAAUGUAUUGGACAGACCUGGCCCUAUUAGUGAGCUCAAAGUGUCUGGCAUCACCAUUGACAGGUGCCAUUUGGCUUGGAACAUACCAGAGGACGAUGGCGGCUGUGAGAUCUACAACUACAUAAUAGAGAAAUGUGACACCAAGAGGGGUGUCUGGUCUGUUCACUCGAAUGCUGUCAUCACAAACAAGGCCAAUGUCACUCGUCUUAUUGAGGGAAAUGAAUAUAUCUUCAGAGUUCGUGCCGAGAAUAAGAUGGGUCCUGGCCCUGCAGUAGAGAGUGAGGCCAUUCUAGCUGGCACCAAGUUUAAUGUCCCAGGAGCCCCUGAAACACCAGAGGUCACCAAGAGUUCCAAGGAGGAGAUGACAGUGCAAUGGUCAGAGCCUGAGAAAGAUGGUGGAAAGCCAAUCACUGGUUACCUCUUAGAAAAGAAGGAGGAGCAUGCUGUUAGGUGGUCCCCUGUUAACAAGGAGGCCAUCCCUGGAACUCGCUUGACAGUAACAGGACUUCUACCUCUCCAUGAAUACCAGUACAGAGUGAAAGCUGUUAAUGAAAUUGGCAUCGGCAGUGCAAGCAAACCCUCACGUGCUGUCCCUGCUAAGGAUGCAAUUGAACCUCCUGCGCCACCCACCCACAUGAAGGUCCUGGACAGCACCAAGUCAACUGUAACUCUUGGCUGGACCAAACCUUUAUCAGAUGGCGGAGCUCCCAUCAUUGGUUAUGUUGUUGAGAUGAGGGUGAAAGGAAGUGGCAAGAAGGGAGAUGACAGUUGGAAACGCUGCAAUGUGGCUGCUCAGCUUGUUGUUUGUGAGUUCACCGUCACAAGUCUGGAUGAAAAACUUCUGUAUGAAUUUAGAGUGUCAGCUCAGAACCAGGUGGGAAUGAGCCUGCCCUGUGACCUGGAGGCAGCUGUGAAUCCCAAGGAAAUACUUGAGGCACCAGAGAUUGACUUGGAUGCCAACCUGAAACAGGGACUAACCGUGAGAGCUGGUUGUCCCAUCAGACUGUGUGCUACUAUCAGAGGAAGACCACCUCCCAAAGUCACUUGGAGGAGGAUGGGCAUUGAUAACGUAGUCAGGAAGGGCCAUGUCGACAUCAUCGACACCAUGACUUUCUUGGUCAUUCCUGAUAGCACACGUGAUGACUCUGGAAAAUACUGUCUGACUGUGCAGAGUCCUGCUGGAGAAAAGGCUGUGUUUGUCACUGUUAAAGUUCUUGACACUCCAGGAUCUGUGAUUAAUCUGGAGGCUAGUGACAUCAAACAGACAUCAGCAAUGCUUUCUUGGAGCCCUCCAGAGAAUGAUGGUGGCAGGGAAAUUACUCACUACGUCGUUGAGAAGCGUGAAAUUGAUCGGAAGACUUGGGCAGUGGUCAAGGCUGAAGUUGAGAAGGAUAAGAUUCCCUUCAAGGUCAGCGGCCUCAUGCCAGGCACAGAGUACUACUUCAGAGUGACUGCUGUCAAUGAGUAUGGCUCAGGAGUUCCCAGGGUGUCACCCACUUCCUACCUUGCCUCUGAUCCUGUCAGCAAACCUGAUCCUUGUGAGAAAAUUGAAAUUCUGGAGAUCACCAAAAAUAGCGCCACAGUUGGCUGGGUGAAGCCUACAAGGGAUGGCGGAGCCAAGAUUGAUGGUUAUGUAAUUGAGUACAUAGAAGUUAAGCCUCCUCCUGAGCCGCAAGCACUCACAGAGGUUGUAGAUGGAGAAGAUGCUCCUCCACCACUUCCACGGCCUCCCGUAGUGGAAGAAGAUGGUGAGGAGCCAGAGAAGGAGGUGUGGAAUGCCUACACGACUGUAAAGGGGUUGAGCAUCAGCAUCAGUGGCCUGAGAGAGGGCAAGAGGUACAGGUUCAGAGUGGCUGCCAAGAAUAUGAUGGGCUUGAGCUUGUUCACGGAGACUCGGGAGCCGGUCGAGAUCAAGGAACAGAUGUUGGAGCCAAAGAUUGUUAUGCCAGAGACGGUCAGUGCCAGAGCCGGAGCAAAGCUAAGGGUAGAAGCACUUGUUUCUGGAAAACCUUCUCCAGCCUGCAAGUGGAUGUGCGGUGAAGUCCCACUGGUCUCUUCAAGUCGUCUGGCAGUGCACCAGUCUGGCAACUUGUGUGUCUUGAUCAUAAAGGAUGUCUCAAGGACAGACAGCGGAGAGUAUAGCCUCAUGGCUGAAAAUAGCUCUGCAAAGGUGGUUCAGGCCCUGAAAAUGAUUAUCAGAGAUAUUCCCGGGCCUCCUGUGGGUCCUGUGGCAAUCAGUGACAUUGACUCGGAUGCUUGCUCCCUGUCCUGGAACAAACCACUGGAGGACGGAGGCAGCAAAAUCACAAAUUACGUGGUGGAGAAAUGUGAUGUCAGUAGAGGUGACUGGGUGACUGCUGUUUCCUCCUGCCAGAAGACAAACUGUAGGCUGGGGAAACUCAUUCCCGGGAAGGAGUAUGUAUUCCGCAUCCGUGCUGAAAACCGCUACGGAGUGUCGGAUCCCAUGCAGUCUGACAGAAUGAUUGCCAAGUUCCCAUUUGAUGUUCCCAGUGAACCUCUUAACUGCCGCAUCAACAAGACCAAUAAGGACUGCAUGUUUGUGGCCUGGGACAAGCCAGAGAGUGAUGGCGGAAGCCCCAUUACAGGUUACUACAUUGAGCGCAAAGAAAGAAACAGCCUACUAUGGGUGAAGGCCAACGACACUGUGGUCCGGACCACUGAGUACCCCUGCGCCGGCCUAAUUGAAGGCCUGGAGUACACAUUUAGGGUGUCUGCCAUUAACCGUGCUGGUCAGGGAAAGCCAAGCAAGAAGACAGACUUUGUAACUGCUAGAACACCUAUUGAUACACCUGGGAAACCAGAAGUCCUGGAUGUGACCAAGAACUCUGUAACUCUUGUUUGGGCCCGCCCCAAGAACGACGGUGGUAGCAAGAUCAUUGGAUACUAUGUAGAGGUCAUGCGGGUGCCUGGGGACAUCUGGGUGCGCUGCAACACCAGCAGCCAGAACGUCCCAAGAGAGGAGCACACUGUGACUGGUCUAGAACGAGACCUGCAGUACCAGUUCAGAGUCAUUGCCAAAACAGCUGUCAACAUUAGCAAACCCUCAGAGCCCACAGAUGCUAUCCUGGUCUGUGCUGAGAAUGUGCCUCCGAGGAUAGAACUUAAUUCUAGGAUGCAGAAGGGUUUGAAGGUGAAGGCCGGAGCUACAAUUCUCCUGGAGGCUGAUGUGUUUGGUAAACCAAUGCCUAGAGUCUCCUGGAAAAGAGGCGAUGACAGCCUGAGAUCAAGUGAAGGUCAGGUCAUCACCCAGCAGAGACAUCAGUUCCAGCUGGAGAUUACAGCAGUCACCAAAGAGCACACUGGAAUCUUCACCAUCCAUACAGAGAAUGCCAGUGGAUCCAAGACUGCUGACAUUCAGGUUACAGUUUUGGAUGUGCCUGGUCCACCUGCGAGCGCCAAGUAUCUUGAAGUCUUUGGCACCAACAUUAAGUUAUCAUGGGAGCCACCACUGAAUGAUGGUGGCGCCCCUGUUCAUAACUAUAUUUUGGACAAGCGUGAAACCAGCCGAGCGAACUGGGCACAGGUCUCCGCGAAGAUCAAGGGUGAAAGUCUUGAAUUUAAUGUGGAGAAGCUAAUUGAAGGCCACGAAUACCAGUUCAGAAUUCGGGCAGAGAAUGCUUGGGGAGUUGGAGACAGUCUCAUCACUAAUCCUGUCAUUGCCAAGAACCCAUUCACGGUCCCUGGCCCAUGUGAGGCACCCGUGAUCACCAACGUCACCAAGGACGCUAUGACAGUGAGCUGGAAGGAGCCCACUGAUGAUGGAAAGUCAGUCAUUCUGGGUUACAUGCUUGAGAAGAAGGAAACCAAGGAGAUGAACUGGACUAAGAUGAACAGGAAGCCCACAAUGGAAAGGGUCUUCAAUGUCUCAGGCCUCACUGAGGGGUCAGAGUACGAGUUCAGAGUUAUUGCUGUCAAUGUGGCAGGACUUGGCAAACCUAGUGAUCCCUCGGCUAGUACAACUGCACAAAAUCCUAUCACUCCUCCUGGACCUGUGGUGAAACCCAAUGUCAGUGACACCACGCACAGCACGCUAAGCCUCACCUGGAAUGCCCCUGCCCACAAUGGUGGAAGCCCGAUCUUGGGAUACCUGGUGGAGUGCAGGAGGGCAGACACCACAGACUGGAUCCGCUGCAAUGUUCCCAGGAACUUACAGGAUACCAACUACACCAUACAAAACCUCAUACACAAGGCUGAGUACCAGUGCCGUGUCACUGCUGUCAACAAGGUUGGCUUCAGCGAGCCAGUCGAAGUACCCGGCAAGCACAUUGUAAAGGACAUCAUUGUACCCCCGGAGGCGGAGCUGAAUGCUGAGCUGAAAGAGGGCCUGGAGCUGCGUGCUGGUGCCACCAUGAAACUUCAAGCUGCCAUCAAGGGUCACCCCUCUCCCAAGAUUACCUGGGCAAAAAUGAACACCAAUAUCAAGGACCGCCAAGGCAUUGUCAUAAAGUCCACUAAAAGUGACACCACUGUGAUGGUGGAGAAUGUCAACAGAUAUGAUGCAGGCAAAUACGUUCUCAACCUGGAGAGUGUGGCAGGCAUGAAGAUGUACACUGUCAUUGUGAAGGUUCUUGACACUCCUGGCCCACCAGUCAAUCUGAUGGUGAAAGAGACCACUAAGGACAGCGCCUCCAUCUACUGGGAUGCUCCUCUCCUAGACGGUGGCUAUAAUGUCACCCACUAUAUUGUAGAGAAGCGUGACACUGAGAGGAAGGCCUGGUCUAUUGUAUCCAACAAUUGCACCAAGACAUCUUUGAAGGUGCCAGACCUGAAUGCUGGACGGUCCUACUGCUUCAGAGUGUCAGCUGUCAACCAGCUUGGUGCUGGAGAGUUCUGCGAGACCGCCGACUCAGUCAAAGCAUCCGAGGAACCUGGUCCUGUAAUGGAUUUUAAGGCCUUGCUGGUUACCAAGGACUCUUGUACACUCAGCUGGAAGAAACCCCUAACUGAUGGUGGCAGCCGCAUUAUUUGUUAUGUGCUUGAGGUCCUCAACGGUGACGACAAGUACAAGGAGUUAAUGAGGUCCAAGAACAUGCAGUACAGCACCAAGGAUCUGGUGGAGGGCAGAGAGUACAAGUACAGUGUCAAGGCUGUGAAUGACACUGGAGAGAGUGCUGCCAAGGAGCUGACAGUAGUUGCCAAGGAUCAAAUCAUUCAUCCAACCUGUGACUUGAGGGAGCUGCCCAACAUGUGUUAUGUUGCGAAAGAGGGCAGCACAGUGCGUCUGAAAAUUCCAGUCGUUGGCAAACCAUCGCCCAAGGUGUCCUGGAAGAAGGGGGAUGAUGAAGAAUUGACAGACUCUGGACGUGUGUGUGCAGAGUCCUCUCCAGUUAACACCACCCUCCUGAUUAGGGACUGCCAGAGGAGUGAUGCUUCCAAGUACACCAUCAUUCUGAGGAACAGCGCUGGAAGCAAAGAAUCCACCAUUUUCAUCAGGGUGGUAGGUAAGCCUAGCAUUCCCAGUGGAUCAAUCAAGUUCAAGGAUGUAACUGCUGAUGGUGCCACACUAAAAUGGGGAGCACCGAAAGAUGACGGUGGCUCAGAGAUCACAAACUACAUUCUAGAAAAGAGAGACUCUAUCACUAACAUGUGGGUGACCGUUUCUUCGACUGUGGACACAAAUACCAUGAGGGUAACUGGUCUCCACGAGGGCACAGAAUAUAUUUUCAGAGUCAGUGCUGAGAACAAGUAUGGUGUUGGAGAGGGACUCAAGUCAGAGCCUAUCGUUGCAAAACAUCCAUUCAACGUUCCAGAUGCUCCUCCUCCACCUCAGAUCAUCAGUAUGCGCCAUGACUCUGCUUACCUGGCCUGGUCAGACCCCAGGAAGACAGGAGGCUCUCCUAUCACAGGGUAUCACAUUGAGUUCAAGGAGAGAAAUAGUAUGUUGUGGAAGCGAUCAAGUCUGACUGCCCUGAGAAUGAAGGAACACAAGGUGACAGGGCUGACUGAAGGUCUUGAGUAUGAGUUCAGGGUUAUGGCUAUUAACCUGGCUGGCAUUGGCAGACCAAGUUCUCCCACUGAUCCACAAGUUGCACUCGAUCCCAUUGAUGCUCCAGGUAAACCAGAUGUAAUUAGCAUCACCAGAAGCACUGUGACCCUUCAGUGGACUGAGCCACAGUUUGAUGGUGGCCACAGGCUGACUGGCUACAUAAUUGAGAGACGUGACCUUCCGUCUAAGAUCUGGAUGAAAGCCAACAGUGUCAAUGUUGUGGACCCGGCAUACACUGUCACUGAUCUCCAGGAGGGCUGCAAAUACGAGUUCAGAAUAAGAGCAAAGAAUGCAGCCGGUGCCCUGAGCCCACCAUCUGACCAGACAGACACUAUUAUCUGCAGAGAUGAAUAUGCUUCACCAACCAUUAUCAUCGAUGCUCAGGUGAUGGAGGGUGUGACUGUCCGAGCUGGGGAAACGAUUGUUGUGACUGCAACAAGUAUUCUUGGCAAACCAGCCCCGACAUCUUGCUGGUCUAAGGGAGGAAAAUACUUGAAGCCUUCAGACAUUGUUACUAUUGAGAAAACUGCGAGCUCAUCCACGUUAUCAAUAAAAUACGCCGGCAGGAAGGACACUGGGGAUUAUGUCAUUACUGCGAGCAACCCCUUUGGUGUAAAGGAGGAAACCGUUAAAGUGAAAGUUCUGGAUGUUCCUGCAGUUCCUGGUCCCAUUGAAUGCAGCGGUGUGUCAUCUGAGAAGGUCACCCUGACCUGGGCAGCUCCUACUGAGGAUGGAGGCUCUCCUAUUAAGUACUACACUCUGGAGAAGAGGGAGACCAGUCGCCUUCUAUGGACAAUUCUGGAAGAGAAGGUUGUCGACUGUCACUAUGUAGCCAACAAACUCAUCCAGGCCAACGAGUACAUCUUUAGAGUCUCUGCUGUGAACCAGUAUGGCGCCGGAGAGCCAGCUCAUUCUGAGCCUGUCAAGAUGGUUGAUAGAUUUGUACCUCCUGGCCCACCAUCAAAACCAGAAGUUGAAAAAGUUGAUGGACACUCAGCUACUGUGACAUGGAGAAGACCAACUGAGGAUGGUGGAAGUGAUAUUGUCGGUUACUGUGUUGAGAAGAAAGAGAAAAAGGCCAUGAGAUGGAUCAGGGCCUCAAAGAAAUCUAUUGUUGAGCUAAGCUAUGAAGUGACUGGACUUACUGAAGGCAUAGAGUAUGAGUUCCGUGUUCUUGCUGAGAACAGAGCUGGCUUUGGAGAGCCAAGUGAACCGUCUAUGCCUGUCAGAACAAUAGUUGCUGCCUAUGUUCCUGGACCUCCAGUAAACCCAAGGGUUACAGACACUACCAAAACCACUGCUACUCUUUGUUGGGGAAAACCACUUGAUAAUGGUGGGCUUGAAGUCACUGGCUAUGUGAUUGAGCACAGAAAGGAAGGAACCGAGGAUUGGAUUAAGGACACAACAUCAUCUCCACUGAGAAUCACAGAGUUUGUCAUUCCUGAACUGGAAAAUGCUACCAAAUACUUUUUUAGAAUUAGCGCAGUAAAUGCUAAGGGCACCGGUGAGCCAGCUGAAACUCUGGAACUGGUUGAAAUAGUGGAGCGUGCGGCUGAACCUGAUUUGGAGUUGGACAUUGAGCUGAGGAGAACGCUUGUGGUCAGGGCUGGUUGUUCCAUCCGCCUCUUUGUGCCCAUCAAGGGACGUCCUACACCUGCAAUAACCUGGACGAAGGAGGGCAGUCCUGUGCCACGUGCGGUCAUUGACAGUACUGAGUCAUUUACAAUGCUAAUCAUUCCUGAAAGCUCAAGGAUUGAUGCAGGUCAAUAUGAGCUUGCCCUCGAAAAUGCAGCUGGAAAGAAGACCGCAAACAUUAAUGUGAGAGUUCUUGAUUCACCUGGACCUCCACUUAACCUAAAACCAGUUAAUAUAAAUAAAGAAUCAAUUACCCUUCAGUGGGAGAUGCCUCUCAUUGAUGGUGGAGCCAAGAUCACAAAUUAUAUUAUUGAGAAGAGAGAAUCAACACGAAAGGCCUUUGCCACAGUUGUUACAAACUGUCCAGCAACUACAGUCAAGAUUACUGACCUGGGCGAAGGCUGCGAGUACUACUUCAGAGUGUCUGCUGAGAAUGAGCUUGGUGUUGGUGAAGCAGUUGAAACUUCUGAUCCAAUUCGUGCGUCCCAGGCACCAACUCCUCCAGAAAGCAUAAUACCAACUGAUAUCACUAAGAACUCUGUGAGCCUGGCUUGGACCAAGCCCAAGCACGAUGGCGGAAGUAGGCUUACAGGAUAUGUCCUUGAAGCCAAGAAGAGAGGAACUGAUCAGUGGGCCCAUGUAACAACUCUCAAGACCAUGGAUUUCACUGUCAAGAAUCUCAAUGAGAAUGAAGAAUACAUUUUUCGUGUAAUGGCGGUCAACCAAUCUGGAAGAAGUGGAGCACGCGAGAGCAAGACCAUUGUUGUGAAGGAUUCUACUUCUCUGCCAGAGUUUGAUCUGCGUGGCAUAUGUCAGUCAACAGUUAUUGCUAAGGCUGGAGAUGACAUCAAGGUUGAAAUUCCUGUAAUGGGGCGUCCUAGGCCCGUGGUCUCUUGGCAGAAGGAUGGAGCUGCCUUAAAGCUCACACAGAGGACUAAUGUGGAGGCAGCCUCUGCGACUGUUAUCCUCACAAUCAAUGAAUGUACCAGAGCAGACAGUGGUGUAUACACCAUGACGGGAAAGAACAUUGUUGGUUCUGUGAGCGAUAGCAUCAUUGUCAAAGUGCACGAUGUUCCUGGACCACCCAAAGGACCAAUCAAAAUUACAGAAAUCUCUCGCACCUACUGUAUUUUUGCAUGGGACACUCCCGAGAACGAUGGUGGCGUUCCCAUCAACAAUUAUGUGAUUGAGAUUAGAGACACCACCUCUCAGACUUGGACAGAGCUUACUUCCACUGCCAUUCGCACCAUGUUUAAAGCCACACGUUUAAUGACUGGAUCAGAAUACCAGUUCAGAGUUAAAGCUAAGAACCGACAUGGUGUAGGACCUCCCAUAACAUCAGAAGCAGUAGUGGCUGCCUAUCCAUUCAAAGUUCCUGGACCGCCAGGCACACCCCAUGUUGUUGCAUUUACCAAAGACUCUAUAACAAUUGGCUGGAAUGAACCUGUGUCUGACGGUGGAAAUGAAGUCAUUGGCUACCAUGUUGAGAGAAAAGAACGAAGCAGCAUCAUGUGGCAUAAAAUAAGCAAGGGUCUAGUGAUAGGAAACGUGCUGAAAUCUACAGGGCUUGAAGAUGGAGUCGCUUAUGAGUUCCGUGUUAUGGCAGAAAACAUGGCUGGAAUUGGCAAGCCCAGCAAAGCCUCUGAAGCAAUACUAGCCUUGGACCCUGUGGACCCCCCUGGUCAGCCUGUGUCAACUUUUGUUAAUAAAAAUGUCAUCACCAUUCAGUGGACAAAACCUGAGUAUGAUGGCGGAUUUAAAAUUACGGGCUACACUGUGGAGAAGAAAGAACUUCCAACUGGCCGCUGGAUCAGAGCCAACUUUACCAACAUAAUUGAGACAACAUUCACCGUCAGUGGAUUGACUCAGGAUGUAUCUUAUGAGUUCCGUGUCAUAGCUCGAAAUUCAGCAGGAGCAGUUAGUGUGCCAUCUGAACCCUCUGAGCCAAUUACAUGCAAAGAUAACAUCAUUGAGCCACGCAUCAUGGUAGACGCCAUCUUUAAGGAUGUUGUUCUACUGAAGGCAGGGGAGUCCUUCAAGCUUGAUGCUGACAUUGCUGGCCAGCCACCCCCAUCCAUGGUUUGGACCAAGGAUGGAAAAGAGGUUGAGAACACAAUGAAAAUGGAAGUUAAGUGCUCUGAACUGACAACUACACUGAGCAACAAAGACUCUGUCAGAUCAGAUGGAGGAACCUUUGUUUUGACCGCCACUAAUGUUGGUGGCUUUUCCAAACACAUUUUCAGAGUGAAAGUACUUGACAGACCUGGACCACCAGUUGGACCUCUUAUGGUUUUAAAUGUCACAGCUGACAACUGUUUACUGACGUGGGCCCCACCUACAGAUGAUGGUGGUGCGAAGAUUGAAGGAUACACCAUUGAGAAGCGUGAAUCAAGCAGGCUUGUUUGGACCAAUGUGGCUUUAGACCUGCAGGUUACAGAAUAUAUGGUGACCAAGCUUCUCAAAGGAAAUGAAUAUAUUUUCAGAGUUAUGGCAGUGAACAAAUAUGGGAAUGGCGACCCUCUUGAUUCAGAGCCCAUUAUUGCAGACAAUCCAUACAUGGUUCCGGAUGCGCCAGAGAAUCCUGAGGUCACAGCUGUCACCAAAGAUGCAAUGGUCAUUAUGUGGCAGACACCAAAGAGUGACGGUGGAACACCUAUCACAAACUACAACAUUGAAAGGAAGGACAGGAUAGGCCUCCGCUGGGUCAAAUGCAACAAGAGGAAGGUCAAGGAUUUGCAAUUCAAGGCAAUAGGUCUUGUUGUUGGACACGAAUAUGAAUUCAGAAUUAUUGCAGAGAAUGCUGCCGGUAUUAGUGUGCCCAGUGUCUCCAGUGCAUUCUACAAGGCCAGUGAUGCUUUGUACAAGCCAGGGCCUCCAUGCAACCCCAGAAUCCUGGACACAUCCAAGUCAUCCAUUACUAUUGCCUGGAACAAACCGGCCUAUGAUGGUGGUUCUGACAUCACUGGUUACAUUGUUGAGACCUGCAUCCCCUCUGGCAAGGAAGAGGAGGAAGAGUGGACAAUCGUGACCCCCAAAGAAGGACUACUUGCCACCUCAUUUACCAUUAUCAAUCUGACAGAGAGCCAGGAGUAUAAAAUCAACAUCUCUGCUCUUAACAGCGAAGGAAUUGGGGAGGCUGUUUCUGUGCCUGGCAAUCCUAAGGCUGAGGACAGACUCCUGCCUCCUGAACUAGAUUUGGAUGCAGAACUCUGCAAAGUUGUCACUCUUCGAGCUUGCUGCACACUAAGACUGUUUGUUCCCAUCAGAGGCAGACCCGCUCCCGAGGCUAAAUGGACCAAAGAGGAUGCUGACCCCAUUGAGAGGGCCACUAUUGACACCACAGCAUCAUACACAUCUCUUGUCAUUGAAAAUCUCAACAGAUUUGACACUGGAAAGUAUAACCUCACCAUUGAGAACAGCUCUGGCUCUAAGACGGUCACAGUCCAAGUUAGGGUACUUGAUACGCCAAGUGCUCCAUUGAAUUUGAAGAUUACCAGUGUAACACAUGAGUCUGUCACUCUGACUUGGGAUCCACCAGCAAACGAUGGAGGAGUUAAGAUUAAGAACUAUAUUGUUGAAAAGCGAGAGUCCACAAGAAAAGCUUAUGCCACAGUGAGUGCUACAUGCCAUUACAACACCUUCACUGUUGAGCAGCUCCUUGAGGGAUGCAACUAUUACUUCAGAGUUUUGGCGGAGAAUGAAUAUGGCAUUGGUCUGCCCAUUGAGACCAACGAAUCAGUUAAAGUAUCUGAGAAACCACAACCUCCAGGGAAAAUCAGUCUUAAGGACGUUACAAAGAAUAGUGUCACACUCUCAUGGGAAAAGCCAGAGCAUGACGGCGGAAGCAGAGUAGGCUGUUAUGUUGUUGAAAUCCAACCCAAAGGUGUUGAAAAGUGGACACAGGCUAUGAUUGUGAAAGAAACAGAGGCUACUAUUGGUGGCCUUAACGCAGGCGAAGAAUACAUGUUCCGUGUGUCAGCCAGAAACGAGAAGGGAACAAGUGACCCUCGUCAAAUUGGUGUACCUGUCAUCGUAAAAGAUCUUGUUAUUUCACCAGUUGUCAAAAUGUUGUUCAACACAUUCAGUGUGUUGGCAGGUGAAGACCUGACAGUUGAGCUGCCUUAUGUUGCCCGUCCCAAAGCAGCCAUCUCCUGGGUCAAAGACGGUCAGGCACUUAAGAGAACAACCAGAGUAAACUUUGGCGCAACAGAAACAGUGUUGAACCUCUGCAUAAAAGAGGCUUCUAAAGAUGAUUUUGGACACUAUCGUGUUACCAUUAGUAAUACAGCAGGAGAGGCAACAGCAGAUAUCACCAUUGUUGUACUAGACAAACCUGGUCAGCCAGGUGGUCCAGUUCAGGUGGAGGAGGUCACUUCUGAGAGUGUAACCAUUUCUUGGAGUCCACCGGAGUACGAUGGCGGGUGCACGAUCAAAAACUACAUUGUGGAGAAGAGAGACACUUCCACAACUAAUUGGAUAACUGUGUCUCCAAAUCUUGCAAGGACCAAAGUAAAAGCAGGCAGACUGAAAACUGGUUCAGAAUACCAGUUUAAAAUCACAGCAGAAAACAGAUAUGGGAAAGGUCCAGUUCUUCUGUCAGAGUGUAUUGUGGCUCAAUAUCCAUACAAGCUCCCAGGACCACCAGGAACUCCCUCAAUUGCAAUGUGCACAAAGGAUAGCAUGGUGGUAGUAUGGAAUGAACCUGUAAAUGAUGGCGGUAGCGCUAUUUUGGGCUACCAUCUUGAGCGCAAGGAAAGAACUAGCAUCCUCUGGGUGAAACUGAAUAAGUCCCUUAUUACAGACCAAACCUUUAAGACCACUGGCCUGGAACCAGGAAUGGAAUAUGAGUAUAGAGUCUAUGCUGAAAACAUUGUGGGCAUUGGCAAAGUCAGCAAAGUGUCAGAAGGUCAUGUUGCUAGAGAUCCUUGUGAUCCUCCAGGUACACCAGAGGCAACCAAGAUUACAAAGGAUUCCGUUACCAUCGUUUGGACAAAGCCUGAGUAUGAUGGUGGAGCCAAAAUUACAGGCUACAUUGUGGAAAAGAAGGAGCUUCCUGAAGGCCGUUGGCUGAAGGCUAAUUUCACUAAUGUCAUCGAGACAGAGUAUGUUGCAACUGGACUACUGCAAGAAAAUCAGUACGAGUUCCGUGUCAUUGCCAGAAAUGCUUCUGGUGUUUUCAGCUUACCCUCUUACAGCACUGGCCCUAUUAUUGCCAGGGAUGAGAUUGAGCCACCGCGCAUCAGUAUCGACCCAGAGUACACACAGACCAUUAUAGUAAAUGCAGGAGACAAUUUUAAGAUUGAUGCAGAUGUCCAUGGCAAACCAUUGCCCUCUAUCCACUGGCUGAAAGGUGAGCAGGAAAUAGGGAACACAAUCCAUAGAGAGAUUAAAAACACAGCAACCCACACCUGUGUCACUGUAAAGGAAGCUAAACUCUCAGAUGGAGGUGUUUAUAAUCUGCUGCUGAAAAAUCCAGGAGGGGAAAAGGCUGUACAGGUGAAUGUUGUAAUUUUGGAUAAGCCCGGUGAACCACAAGGACCUCUUACUGUAACAGGAAUAACUAAAGACCAGUGCUCUCUUGCAUGGAGAGCACCAAUUCAAGAUGGAGGGAGCAAAAUAUCUCACUAUAUUGUGGAGCGGAGAGAAACAAGUAGAUUAGUCUGGACUGUUGUGGAUCCAAAAGUGCAGAACAUCUUCCAUAAGAUUACGAAGCUCCUGGAAGGCAAUGAGUACAUUUUCCGAGUCUGUGCUGUAAAUGAGUUUGGAAUUGGUGCAACCAUUGAGUCAGAGCCAGUGAUUAUCAAAGAUCCCUAUGUAGCCCCUGGAUCCCCCAAGGGCUUAGAGAUUUCAGAUAUUAAAAAAGAUUCAAUGGUGCUCAUAUGGGAGGCUCCCAGCGAGGAUGGAGGCACUCCUAUCACAUCAUAUAUUAUUGAAAGACAUGACAAAGAAGGUGUAAGGUGGACUAGAUGCAACAGGCAGACUGUGUUGGAUUUGACAUUCAAAGUCACCGGACUCUUGGAAAGCCAUAAUUAUGAAUUCCGCGUUGCAGCAGAGAAUGUUGUGGGUGUUGGUGAGCCUAGUUCUCCAACAGUAUACUACAAAGCUCUUGACCCUGUCUUCAGGCCUGGUCCACCACAGAAUCCCAGGAUUACAGACACCAGCAAAACCUCAGUAUUCUUGUCAUGGAGCAAGCCAAUUUGUGAUGGUGGCUCUGAGAUUCAGGGAUACAUCAUUGAGUGCUGCACUACCACAGAGCAAGUUACACCUGGCGAGGCACAGACUGAAACCUCAUCACCUGAGCUACCUCCCACAGAUGGACUUGCUGAGGACUGGAUAAUGUGCACGCCAGCAACAGGUGUGAAGAAGACCAAGUUUGAGGUUACCAACCUGAAGGAAAAUCAGGCUUACAGGUUUAGAGUGUGUGCAAUCAACAAAGUUGGGGUUGGCGAUAAUGCCACUAUUCUUGGAGCUGUGGUUGCCCAGGACAGAGCAGAAGAAGCCGACCUUGACAUUGACCCAGAAUUGAGAAAGAUUGUGACUAUUAAGGCUGGACUUCCGCUUAGACUGUUCAUUCCAAUCAAGGGAAGACCUGCUCCAAGCAUCAAGUGGGAGAAAGAUGAUACUGCGCUUAAGGAGAAAGCUCAAGUUGAAGUGACCAGCAGUUACACUGCCCUCUUGAUUGACAAGAUGGGCAGAACAGAUAGUGGGAAAUACACUAUCACUGCAGAGAACUCUAGUGGAUCCAAAUCGGCAUUUGUGGUCGUUCGUGUUCUUGAUACACCGAGUGCUCCCAUGAGUCUGGCAGUGAAGGAAAUUACUAACCAGUCAGUGACACUUGCUUGGGAAGCCCCUCUGUUAGAUGGUGGGUCCAAAAUCAGAAAUUAUAUAGUGGAAAAGAGAGAGAGUACGCGCAAAACGUAUGCAGCUGUGGUAACCAAUUGCCAUGCUCUUUCAUGGAAGAUUGAGCCACUUCAAGAGGGCUGCAGUUAUUACUUCAGAGUCCUUGCUGAGAAUGCACAUGGUGUUGGUAUACCUGCAAUAACUGUUGACCCACUUAAGGUUUCAGAGGUGCCGCAGGCUCCCAAGAACUUGAUUGUUACAGAUCAAACAAAGACAAGCAUCUCUUUGGCCUGGGAAAAGCCAGAAUAUGAUGGCGGCAGCAGAGUCAUCCAGUACUUGGUGGAAGUACAGCUUAAGGGCCAAGAAAAGUGGUCUGGCGUUAACACGUAUAAGACAAUGGAGACGACCGUUUCCAAUUUGAAUCCUGGGGAAGAGUACCUGUUUAGAGUUACAGCAAUCAAUGAUAAAGGGAAAAGUGAUCCCAAAGUACUUUCUGGCCAUGUCAUGACCAAGAACUUAGUGUUUGAGCCUGAUGUGAGACCUACUUUUAGCAGCUACAGUGUCCAUGUAGGUAAAGAUCUAAACAUUGACGUGCCAAUCUUUGGACGGCCCAAACCAACAAUAGUUUGGACCAAGGAUGGUGCACCUCUGAAGUUCACUUCCAGAGUAAACAUUCACAACACCCUGACUUAUACAAGCCUGAGCAUAAAGGAGGCAGCGGGUGACGAUGGUGGCAUGUACAGCAUAAAUGCAGCUAACUCUGCUGGAAAGAAAGACGCCACAGUUGAAUUAAUAGUACUUGACAAGCCUGGGCCCCCAUCUGGCCCUGUGAGAUUUGAUGAAAUCACAACGCAGAGUGUGACUAUUUCAUGGGACCCACCAAAACAAAAUGGUGGUUGCCCGAUUUCAAACUACAUUGUGCAGAAAAGAGAUACAACAGCAACAACAUGGGAAAAUGUCAGUAUUAACUGUGCCAGAACCAGAAUCAAAGUGCCCAGACUGAAAACCGGAGCGGAGUACCAAUUCAGGAUCAUUGCCCAGAACCGGUACGGAAAGAGUCAUGGCCUGGAUUCAUCUGCUGUGGUUGCUCAGUACCCAUAUAGAGAACCUGGCCCACCGGGCACGCCAUUCAUCUCGUCACUCUCCAGAGACCACCAGAUUGUCGAGUGGCACGAGCCCGUUUCGGACGGAGGCAGUCCUGUUCUUGGAUACCACAUAGAAAGAAAAGAAAGGAAUAGUAUUUUGUGGCUCAAAAUAAACAAGACACUCAUUCACGAGACAAAGUACAAGAGCCACCCGUUGGAGGAGGGUAUUGAAUAUGAAUACCGGGUAUAUGCUGAAAAUAUUGUAGGUAUAGGAAGAUGCAGUAAAGUCUCAGAGGGUUGUGUUGCUCGUGACCCAUGCGAUCCUCCUGGUCAGCCAGAAGCUAUCCAUGUGACCAAAGAUUCCAUCGUCAUUCAGUGGACAAAACCAGAGUAUGAUGGCGGCAGUAGUAUAACCGGCUACCUUGUAGAAAAGCGUGAUUUGCCAGAAGGCCGGUGGGUAAGGGCAAAUUUCACUAAUGUUAUUGAGACCCAGUUCACAGCCACUGGGCUGACGGAAAAUUCACAGUAUGACUUUAGAGUCAUAGCAAAAAAUGCUGUAGGCACCAUCAGCAAGCCAUCAUACAACAGUGGCUCAAUCACUGCAAGCGACAGGGUCGAAGCACCUAACUUCUCCAUUGAUCCUGCAUUCACCAAGACCAUUGUCAUAAACGCUGGAGAAACGUUCAAGUUGGAUGCAGAUGUUCGUGGCAAGCCGCUGCCUGCAAUGCAGUGGUUCAAAGAUGACAUCCCAAUAGAAAAUACACUCAGGCUGGAUGUAAAAAAUGCAGAAAAUCAUGCAAUGAUCGUCAUUAAGGACUCUGCUAGAAUUGACAGUGGACUGUACUUGCUCCAGCUAACAAAUGAGGCAGGGAGUGAAACUGUGCCAUUCAAAGUGGUUGUCCUGGACCGGCCGAGCCCUUGUGAUGGACCCCUUCUUGUAACUGGGGUAGCUGAGGAUAGAUGCACAUUGGUGUGGCAUUCUCCUUUACACGAUGGAGGAAAUCCCAUCACGCAUUACAUUAUUGAAAGAAGGGAAACUAGCCGUCUAGCUUGGACUGUUGUUUCUACUGACUGUAACACCACAUGCUACAAAGUCACCAACUUGUUGGAAGGAAAUGAGUAUAUGUUCCGUGUCAUGGCAGUCAAUAAUUACGGCACCAGCGACCCACUGGAGUCUGGUGGAGUAAUCAUGAAGACUCCAUUUGUUCCUCCUGGUCCACCUCACAUUGAGGAUAUAGCCAACAUUACUCAUGAUAGCAUGACUGUCACUUGGUCUGCCCCAGAGACUGAUGGUGGCAGUAAAAUUUCAAAUUACAUUGUUGAAAAAAAAGAUAGAGCAGGAAUUAAAUGGACCAAAUGCAACAGGCAGAAAGUCACUGACCUCUCUUUCAGAGUAACUGGCCUCACCACUGGCCAUGAGUAUGAGUUCCGAGUAGCUGCUGAAAAUGUUGUUGGAUUCGGAGAGCCCAGUCUACCAAGCUCUUACUACAAGGCCUGUGAUCCUAAGUACAAACCCGGGUCCCCAGCAUAUGUACACCUCAUUGACUCUACACAAAGCUCAAUUACAGUGUCAUGGGGCAAGCCUUUGUCUGACGGUGGCAGUGCAAUUCAGGGAUACAUUGUUGAAGUGUGCAAGGCUGAGGAGGAAGAAUGGACUAUGGUUACUCCGCCCACUGGCUUGCGUGUUAACAAAUAUGAAAUCCCGAAACUGAUAGAGGGUCAGGAGUAUAAGAUCCAGGUGUGUGCUCUCAACAAACUUGGAGUUGGUGAGCCAGCCAUCCUCUCAGGAACAGCUAAACCAGAAGAAAGGCUUGAUCCACCACAGAUCCACUUGGAUUCUGAGCUGAGGAAGGGCAUAUGUGUGAAGGCUGGUGGAUCUGUUAGGAUCCACAUUCCAUUCAAGGGCAGACCAACUCCUGAGAUUAAGUGGUUUAAAGAUGAGGCAGACCUAACUGAAAAGGCGGUUGUUGAAAAGACUCCUACCUUCACACAACUGUCCAUUGACUCCUGUGACAGAUGUGACUCUGGAAAAUAUACCCUGAGCCUGACAAAUCGCAGUGGGUCUGUGUCCGAGUUAGUUACUGUUAAAGUUCUUGACACACCCGGAGCCCCACAGAACCUGGUAGUCAAAGAUGUUAAGAAGGACUCGGUCACUCUUGUUUGGGAUGCACCACUGAUUGAUGGAGGCUCCAAAAUUAAGAACUAUGUUAUUGACAAGCGUGAAUCAACCAGGAAGGCUUAUGCAAAUGUGUCAACCAAGUGCACAAAGACCACUUUUAUAGUUGACAACCUGAUAGAGGGUGCUAUGUACUACUUCAGAGUCAUGGCUGAGAAUGAAUAUGGUAUUGGCCAGGCGAUUGAAACAAAGACAGCUUCAAAGGCUUCUGAGGUACCACUUCCAGUUGGAAACGUUUCCCUUGUAGAUGUCACCAAGGUCAGCGUGUCACUGGCCUGGGAGAAACCUGAGCAUGAUGGAGGCAGCAGGAUUGGUGGCUACCUCAUUGAGAUGCAGCCCAAGGGGACAGAUAAGUGGGGGGUUGCCACAAAUACAAAGACAUGUCAGGGCACUGUCACAGGUCUAACAAGUGGAACGGAAUAUCUAUUCCGUAUUAUUGCCUAUAACGAAAAGGGAAAGAGUGAGCCAAAGGCACUUGCUGCACCCGUUGUUGCUAGUGACAUGACCUUGGAGCCAAGCAUUAAGACACAGUUUAACACUUACAGUGUCUUAGCUGGAAAAGAUUUGACAUUAACAUUUCCUGUACUUGGCAGGCCCAAACCUCGAGUCACCUGGACCAAGGAUGGUCAGCCCCUGAAGGUGACCUCCAGAGUCAAUGUGAUAAACACUCUUACAACAACUGCAAUUCAGAUAACCGAAGCAUGCAAGGAGGACUUUGGAAAGUACUUGAUUACAGCAAUCAAUACUGCAGGCACAUUUACUGAUAAUGUGGCUAUUAUUAUUCUUGACAAACCAGGUCCACCAAGUGGUCCACUUAAAGUUGUUGAGGUGAGUAACACCUUUGUCCACCUUUCAUGGGAACCUCCAGAGUACACAGGUGGAUGUCAGGUGAAGCAUUAUAUAGUAGAAAAGCGAGAGACCACAAGCAAUACAUGGCAGUCCGUCACCACACAGCUUGCUAGAACAGCUUUCAAAGUGACCAAGCUGAAGACUGGUGUAGAAUACCAGUUCAGGGUAAUUGCUGAAAACAGAUAUGGAAAAGGUGUUCCUCUGGAGUCAAAGGCUAUUGUUGUGCAGUACCCAUACAAACCACCGGGCCCCCCUGGAACACCAUAUGUCAAAUCUGCAACAAAGGAGAUGAUGAUCAUUGAAUGGAAUGAACCAGUCAACGAUGGUGGAAGUGCUGUCAUUGGUUACCAUCUAGAGAGCAAAGAGAGAAACAGUAUCCUGUGGAGCAAACUUAACAAGACUUUAAUUGCCGAUACUCAGUUCAAGAUCUGUAAUCUUGAAGAAGGAAUUGGAUAUGAGUUCAGAGUGUUUGCUGAAAAUAUUGUUGGCGUUGGCAGAUGCAGUAAAGUCUCUGAGUCCUUUGUUGCUCGUGAUCCAUGUGAUCCUCCUGGUGCUCCAGAGGCUGUAAAAAUUUCUAAAGACCUCAUCAAGAUUAGCUGGACCAAGCCUCAGUAUGAUGGUGGCAGCAAAGUAAAUGGCUAUAUUGUUGAAAGGAAAGACCUCUCUUCCCCUGAUGGCCGCUGGGUCAGAGUGAACUUCACUAAUAUAAUGGAGACUGAAUAUAAUGUCAGCGGUUUAACAGAAAAUGAACAGUAUGAAUUUAGGGUUAUAGCCAGAAAUGCAGCUGGUGUCUUCAGCGAGCCUUCUGAAAGCUCUGGACCUAUAACUGCUACUGAUGAAAUUGAGCCGCCGCGAGCAUCCAUGGACCCCAAGUACAAGGAUGUUAUUGUUGUUACUGCUGGGGAACAUUUAACUCUUCAUGCUGACAUCCACGGAAAACCACUUCCUGACAUUGUCUGGCUAAAGGAAGGCAAAGAAAUUGAUACAUCUCUGCGCACUGAAGUGAAAAACACUCAUAAAUGUGCUGUGGUGACUAUCAAGGAUGUAACAAAAACGGACACAGGGCACUAUGAACUUGUUCUCAAAAACCUGGGUGGUAUGAAGACCUUCCCAAUUUCUGUCAAAGUCCUUGACAAACCAAGUAAACCAAUGGGACCCUUGAGAGUAACAGAAAUCAUGGCUGACAGGUGUAUCCUUGCCUGGUCUGAGCCAGCCCUGGACGGUGGUGCUAAUAUCACUCAUUACACCUUGGAGAAGAGAGAGACCAGCAGCUUAUCAUGGACAGUGGCUGCUGCCAAUAUCCAGAGUCUGUACUACAAACUAACAAACAUGCUUGCCGGGAAUGAAUAUAUUUUCAGAGUAAGGGCUGUUAACAAAUAUGGAGUUGGUGAUUAUCUUCAAAGUGAACCCAUCAUGGCACGGAAUCCAUACAAGCCCCCGAGUGCUCCUGGAACACCAGAAGCAAGUCAGAUCACAAAAGAUUCCAUGGUUCUGUCAUGGACAGUUCCAGAACAGACUGGGGGAGCCGAUAUUGCUGGCUAUCACCUUGAAAAACGUGACAAAGAUAGUGUCAGGUGGACAAAGUGUAACAGACAAAAAUUGGCAGACACUCAUUUCAAAGUGACAGGAUUGAUGACAGAUCACUUUUAUGAAUUCCGAGUUGCGGCUGAGAAUGAGGCUGGAAUUGGAGACCUCAGUGAACUAUCUCUAUUUUAUAGAGCAUGUGAUGCUACAACACCACCAGGACCCCCUCACCAUCCCAAGGUGACAGACUACACAAAGUCAUCUGUAUCUCUUUCCUGGAACAAACCUGACUGGGACGGUGGUGCCUAUAUCAAGGGCUACAUUGUUGAAAUGCGGGAGUAUAUACCAGUGCCAGAAUCAACAGAGGAGGUAGAAGUAGCCCCAGCAGUAGACGAACCAGUCGAAAAAGACUGGCUCAUGUGCACGCCCCCAGCUGGCAUUCAGGCUACUAAAAUCGUGAUCUCCAACUUAAAACAAGGUGAAGAAUAUCAGUUCCGUGUCUGUGCCAUCAACUCGGAAGGAGUGGGAGAGGCUGCUUAUGUCCACGGCACUGUGGUUGCUCAUGACAGGAUUGAAGCACCGGAAAUAGAGCUUGACGCUGACCUCAGAAAGGUGGUAUCUGUCCGCGCUGGUGGUACACUGCGUUUGUUUGUCACCAUUAGAGGAAAGCCCGAACCUGCUGUAAAAUGGGAAAAGAUUGAUGGUGCUGUCACAGAUCGUGCUGUGAUUGACACCACCACCUCAUACACUAUGCUUGUAAUUGACAAUGUUAACCGCUGGGACAGUGGCAAAUACUCACUUACUCUGGAGAACAACAGUGGUUCAAAGUCUGCUAUUGUAGCAGUUAGAAUUUUGGAUACACCGAGUGCUCCGCAGAACUUCACUAUGCAGGAGCUCAGAAAAGAUUCAGUGACACUUGUCUGGGAUACGCCCCUCACUGAUGGUGGGUCUAAAAUCACAAACUACAUUGUGGAGAAGAGGGAGUCUGUCCGGAAGGCCUACACUACUGUAACCAACAACUGUACAGCCAACACAUUCAAAAUUGAGGAGCUUCCCGAAGGUGGCAUUUUCUACUUCAGAGUUUGCGCUGUUAACGAGUAUGGCCAAGGCCAGAUGGUUGAAACCAAAGAAAUUAAAGUGUCGGAAGUACCCCUGCAACCGAGUAAAGUAACUGUUGUGGAUGUGACCAAAACCAGCGUUUCACUUUCAUGGGACAAACCUGCUCAUGACGGUGGUAGUAAAGUAAUCUGUUACAAUGUGGAAUUUAAGCCCAAGAGUGGUGAAAAAUGGGGCACUGCUUGCACAGUCAAGGUGCCGGAGGCAACUAUUCCUAACUUGACUCCCAAUGAAACCUAUCUAUUUAGAGUUGUAGCAAUCAACGAGAAGGGAAAAAGCGAUCCCAAGGAUCUUGGGCUGCCUGUGGUAGCAAAGGAUAUUGCAGUAGAGCCGUCUGUCAAAUUACUUUUCACAACAUACAGCGUGAAGGCCAGAGAUGACCUGACUGUUGAGGUCCCAGUGAGAGGCAGACCUAAGCCUGUCGUCUCAUGGAAGAAGGACAAUCUUCCUCUGAAGCAAACUUCUUCGGUUACAAUUUUAAACACAGCAACCUCAUCCAAGAUCCUCAUUAAAGAGGCUAGCAGGGAGCAUGUUGGAAAGUAUGAGAUCACCCUGGCCAACACAGCAGGAACAGUAACAACACAUCUAGAUGUAGUUGUCCUAGAUAGACCAAGUUCACCUAAAAGCAUUAAGGUGGAUUCUGUGACUUCUGAUAGCAUCACACUUUCCUGGUCUCCCCCAGAUUAUAAUGGUGGCUGCUGCAUAAGUAACUAUAUUGUUGAGAAGAGAGAUACCAACACACAAGAGUGGCAAAUGGUUGCAAGCAACGUGGCAAGAACGUCUUACAAGGCCGGCCGCCUAAUGCAUGGGGCAGAAUACCAAUUCCGCAUCUAUGCAGUCAACCGUUAUGGAAAAAGCACAUAUCUAGAUUCUCCUGCAAUUACCGCUCAGUACAACUUUAAGCAACCUGGACCACCCUCUACACCAACUGUAAAGGUAGCUACUAAGUCUUAUAUGGUGGUGACCUGGAAUGAGCCUGUCAAUGAUGGGGGAAGUCCUGUUCUAGGCUAUCAUCUAGAGCAGAAAGAGCGUGCUAGCAUUCUCUGGACCAAGAUCAACAGAGGAAUGAUCAAGGACUCUGAAUACAAAGUCAGUGGAGUCGAAGAGGGAAUGAUGUAUGAAUAUCGUGUCUACGCUGAAAAUAUUGCUGGAAUCGGUAAAUGCAGCAAGUCCUCUGAAGCUGUUGCCGCAAGAGAUCCAUGUGAUCCUCCAGGUACCCCCAUUGUCACCUCCAUUAGCAGGUCAUCUGUGUCCUUGUCUUGGGCUAAACCAGAAUAUGAUGGUGGUGCCAAGGUUUCUGGCUACAUUGUUGAACGCAGAGAUCUCCCAGAAGGACGUUGGACAAGGUGCAACUUCACCAAUGUGCCUGAGACUCACUAUCAUGUGACUGGUCUUACAGAGGACAGCCAGUAUGACUUCCGUGUCACUGCUAAGAAUGCAGUGGGAUUGUUCAGUGAACCAUCUGAUAACACUGGGCCCAUCACUGUAAAAGAUGAUGUAGAACCGCCACGCAUCAUGAUGGAUGUCAAAUUCAGGGAGACAAUGUUUGUGAAAGCAGGUGAAACUUUAAAGAUUAAUGCUGACCUUGCCGGCCGCCCUGCACCUGUCAUUUCCUGGAGCAAAGACGGCAAAGAAAUUGAGCUCAGAGCAAGAAUCCAGAUUGUUUCAACAGACACCAACACAUUGGUAAUUGUGAAAGAUUGCAUCAGACGUGAUUCUGGACAAUAUGUACUCACUCUACAGAAUAUUGCUGGUACAGUUAGUCUACCAAUAAACUGUGUGGUCAUGGAUAAAUGUGGACCUCCUGCAGGACCUUUGCAGAUUUCAGGUCUCACUUCUGAGGAAUGCACUCUGUCGUGGGGUCCACCUCAAGAGACCGGCGGUGCUGAGAUCACACACUAUGUUAUUGAGAAGCGCGAGACCAGCCGUUUGGCCUGGACACUAGUAAAGGAAAUCACUAAGACUUACUUUAAAGUUACAGGACUCCUGAAGGGCAAUGAAUAUAUCUUCAGGGUUUUGGCUGUUAACAAGCAUGGAAGUGGUGAGGCUUUGGAGAGUGAUGCUGUAAAGAUUACAGAUCCAUACACUUUUGCCUCUGCCCCACUUGGAAUUGAUGUCACUGACAUUACUGGAGAUUCAAUGACCCUCAUAUGGUGCAAACCAAUGAGUGAUGGAGGCAGUCCAAUCACUGGAUAUGUGAUUGAGCGGCGGGAAAAGACAGGCAUGCGUUGGCUCCGUGUAAAUAAAGAUCCAGUGGUUGAAUGUACCACAAAGGCAACCAAACUGCGCAAAGGUUGUGAGUACGACUUCAGGGUCUAUGCUGAAAAUGCUGCUGGACUGAGCCCUCCAAGUGAACCAUCCGCUUCAUUUAGGGCAGUAGAUCCUCUGGCAGUUCCUAGUCCUCCAGCCAAGCCAAAGAUUGUCAGUUCAACCAAAGACAGUGUUUCCAUUGUCUGGAAACCACCUACAGAUAAUGGAGGUGCUCCUAUCCUUGGAUACAGUGUAGAAUACAGAGACUACAAUCGCAAACCGGAAGCAGGGGUCGACAAAGAUGAGGAGGAAUAUGAAGAAGAUGAGGAAGAACCAGAGUCACUUGAAGAACUACAAAGAUGGGCUGAGGCUGUCUCUCUUACCAAAAGUUUGGAGUUCACGAUCACUGAACUAAAAACCGACACUGAGUAUGAAUUCUGUGUCAGGGCAAUUAACAAAGUUGGAAGCAGUGAGCGCAGCCGCUAUUCCGAUGUCGCUGUGGCAGUAGAAAGAACUGCAGAGCCAUCAUUUGAUGUGGACAUAGAGAUGCGCAAAGUCCUUGUUGUUAAGCACGGCAUAGCAUUUACCCUCAAUAUUCCAUUUAAAGGUAAACCUGUUCCGGUAGUGGAAUGGGCCAAGGAGGGCACUGAUCUAAAGGUGAGAGGAACAAUUGAUUCAACAAGCUCCAGCACUUCACUGACCAUUGAGAAGUCAACAAGAAAUGACUCUGGAGAGUAUAGCGUCACUAUUGAAUCAUCAUUAGGAAAAGCAACAUUAGCCAUGGUUGUCAAGGUGCUUGACUCUCCUGGGCCUCCCAUCAAUGUCAGUGUUUCAGCAGUAACCAGGGACUCUGCAACCCUUACUUGGGAAGCCCCUGAAAAUGACGGUGGCGAUGCAGUGAAAGCUUACCAUGUUGAAAAACGUGAGGCCAGCAAAAAGGCCUGGGUUUCUGUGACAACAAACUGUCAUGCAUUGACAUACAAAGUGGAAGAUCUGCAGGAGGGAGCCAUGUAUUACUUCAGAGUUAUUGGGGAAAAUGAAUAUGGAGUGGGCGUCCCCCAGGAGGCAAAGGCUGGAACAAAGAUUACAGAGGUACCAAGUGCCCCUACAAAACUAGGAAUAGCGAAUGUCACAAAAGACACCGUAACAAUUGUUUGGACACGACCUGACUAUGAUGGAGGUAGCAGAGUCACUGGUUACCUCAUUGAUGCUCUGGAGAAGGGGCAGACAAAAUGGGUUAAAUGUGCCACAGUGAGGCUCAUGAGCCAUAGCAUUAAAGGCUUAAGGGAAGGGACAGAGUAUUUCUUCAGAGUGCGAGCUGAGAACCAUGCUGGACUAAGUGAACCUAAAGAGAUGAUUGUUCCGGUUAUUGUCAAGGAGCUUCAAGAGGCUCCAGAGUUUGAUUUGAAGAACUACCCCAAGAAUACAGUUUAUGUGAGAGCUGGAUCCAACCUGACUUUUGAUAUCCCACUUACUGGCAAGCCAAUGCCUAAAGUGAAUGUGUCCAAGAACAAUGUUGUCAUCAAGGGAUCCAAGCGACUAUUGACAGAAGUCACUCCAGACAGCUUAACCAUCACCCUGAAUGAAAGCAUGGCUAGUGAUGCUGGCAAAUAUGAGAUAACAGCCUCAAACCCCGGUGGUGCCACCAAGAUCUUCAUGAACAUUGUUGUAUUGGAUAGACCUGGACCCCCUAUUGGACCUGUGGAGACAGGAGAAGUCGGAGAGACUACAGUGUACCUAAAAUGGGCUCCUCCAGAGUAUGAUGGUGGAAGUCCUGUUACCAACUACAUUGUCCUGAAACGGGAAACUAGCACUCCUACCUGGACAGAGGUGUCAACUAGCAUAGCAAGAAACCAAAUUAAGGCAACAAAGCUGACCAAGGGGGAGGAGUAUCAGUUCAGGAUUAAGGCUCAAAAUCGCUAUGGUGUUAGCGACCACAUUGACAGCAAGCCGGUUAUGAUCAAGCUUCCAUACACUUUCCCUGGACCUCCAUCCACCCCAUGGAUUAGUUACGUAUCUAGAGACAGCCUGACUGUCUGCUGGAAUGAGCCAGUCAAUGACGGUGGAAAUCCUGUGAUUGGAUAUCAUCUUCAAAUGAAGGAGAGAGGCAGUAUCCUCUGGCAAAAAAUCAAUAAAACAGCAAUACCAGGAAACCAGUGGAGGGUCACCAACAUCUGCCCAGGUCUCAUCUAUGAGUUCAAGGUGGCUGCUGAAAAUGCUGCUGGUAUUGGAAAGAUGAGUAAGACAUCUGAAGAGGUGCUGGCUAUUGACGCUUGCGACCCUCCAGCAAACGUUCAUGUCACUGAAGUGACCAAGAACUCUGUCAGCUUGUCCUGGCAGAGGCCACCGUAUGAUGGCGGCAGUAAGAUUACUGGCUACAGUGUGGAGAGGAGGGAAGCUGCCAGUGGCAGAUGGGUGAAGGCUAACUUCACAAACAUUCUUGAGAUGGGCUUCACAGUUUCUGGGUUGAACCAGGAUGAGUCUUACGAGUUCAGGGUGUAUGCAAAGAAUGCUGUCGGCUCUGUCAGCAAUCCUUCUCUUAUUGCUGGCCCAGUCACGUGCAUUGAUGCAUGUGGCACUCCAGCCAUUGACCUGCCUCCUGAGUAUUUGGAUGUGGUUCAGUACAAGGCUGGAACUUCAAUUAAACUCAGAGUUGGAAUUUUUGGCCAACCUCAGCCAAGCAUAGAGUGGCUGAAGAAUGAAAAGGAGCUUGUAGCGUCUUCAUCACUGUGUGUGGAAAACACAACUGACUCGUGUGCCAUCCUGAUCAAGGAUGCAACUCGCUUCCACACUGGCUCAUAUGAUAUCAAGAUCAAGAAUAUUUUGGGCUCAGCAUCUGCAACGAUCAGGAUUGAAAUCCUCGAUAAACCAGGACCCCCGGCUGGCAGCAUUCAUUUUAACUCCAUUACAGCAGACAAAAUCACCUUCAGCUGGGAGCCUGUAUGUGCAGCCGACCAUGGAGGUUCCAAGGUGACCCACUACAUUGUCGAAAGGCGUGAGACCAGCAGGGUAGUCUGGUCAACCGUUUCAGAGCGACAUGAGAAGACCUACAUCACUGUCGGCAAACUGGUGCAAGGAAAUGAAUAUGUGUUUCGUGUAAUGGCUGUUAACAAGUAUGGCGUUGGAGAACCACUGGAGUCGGAAGCUGUCUUUGCGAAGAAUGCCUUUGUAACUCCAGGGCAGCCACAUACUCCUGAGGUGAACACCAUCACCAAAACUACAAUGGUGGUGGAAUGGGACAAACCAGGUGUGGACGGGGGGAGCACGGUUACUGGCUACUACCUGGAGAGACGUGACAAGAAGAGUUUGCGCUGGAUUCGAGUUUACAAAGAUCCUGUUGCUAACAUCAAACAAACUGUCUACCAUCUAACUGAAGGAAAUGAAUACCAAUAUCGUGUCUGUGCCAUUAACAAGGCUGGAGAAGGACCAUUUUCAGAUGUAUCCGACUACUACAAGGCUGCAGAUCCAGUUGAUCCACCAGAUGAGCCUAGUAAGCUGAAGGUGAUCGAUUCCACAAAGACCUCUAUCACAUUGGGGUGGUCUAAGCCAGAGUGGGAUGGAGGCAGUGAAGUGACCAGCUACAUGGUGGAGAAACUUACUGAGGGAGAGGAAGACUGGGAAAUGGUUACUUUGAAGGGGGAGGUCAAGAUGUCGGAAUACACUGUACACGACCUAAAACCAAAUGUUAACUAUUGCUUCAGAGUUUCUGCUGUCAACAGCGCAGGCCGUGGGGAGCCAUUGGAGAUGACUGAGCCUGUACAGGCUAAGGAUAUUCUCGAGGAAGCCCAGAUUGACUCAGAUGUGGCCAUGAGAACUCACUACAUUGUGAAGGCUGGCAAGGAUGUGGAGCUCUCUGUUCCUCUGAAGGGUCGGCCGGCUCCCUCAGCAUCUUGGAGCAAAGGAGACAAAUGCAUUGACAGCGACCCCUCAUAUGAAUUCCACCACUCAGAUAUGACCACAGUCCUUGUUAUGCGUGAAGUGACCAAGCAUGACACUGCAAAGUACACAGUGAAAAUUGAGAAUGGUGUGGGAGAUCCCAAAACACUGACUUUGUCCGUGAAGGUCCAGGACUCUCCAGCUCCAUGCAGAAACCUGACAUUGAAAGAAGUAACUCGUGGAAAAAUCACUCUUUGCUGGGAACCUCCACUCCUUGAUGGUGGCGCUGAAGUCACCAACUACAUUGUUGAGAAGAGGGACUCUUCCAAGAGAUCCUACUCUGCAGUGACAAGCAAAUGCACUGACACAUCCUACACCAUUGAAGAUCUCUCUGAAAAGGCAUCCUUCUUUUUCCGUGUUCUAGCAGAGAAUGAAAAUGGUGUUGGUGAACCAUGCGAAACGCUUGAACCAGUAAAGGCUACAGAGACCCCUGGACCGGUUAAAGAAGUUUCUAUGAAGGAUUCGUCCAAGACCUCUGUCACGCUUCAGUGGCUAAAGCCUGAUUAUGAUGGCGGCAGCAUCAUAUCUGACUACAUAAUUGAAAAGAAAGCCCUAGAUGAGGAAUGGACUCUGGGAGGCACCAGCCGACAGUGUGAAUUUGAGGUCAAGAAGCUAAAAGAGCACUCAAAUAUGUUCUUCAGAGUUGCUGCUCGAAAUGAGAAGGGUCAGAGUGACUUUGUGGAGAUAGGGCCUAUUAAGGUGAUUGACUAUGUUAUUGCACCUGAAGCAAGCCUUACAGACUACCCAAAUGGAAGAAUCUGUGUCCGCUUAGGUCAUAAUGUCCAUAUUGAGCUGCCAUACAGAGGUAAACCUAAGCCAUCGGUCAUGUGGCUAAAGGACAACCUUCCUUUGAAGGAGAGCGAGCAAAUUCGCUUUAGAAAGACAGACAACAAAGCCACUCUAAUGAUAAAGAAUGUGAAGAAGGAGAAUGAGGGUAAAUUUACACUAACUCUUGACAACAAAAUCAACAGGAAGUCCUUCCAUAUCUACGUCAUUACACUUGGACCCCCAUCAAAGCCUGUUGGACCCAUCCGUCUAGAUGAAGUAAGAGCAGAAAGCAUCAUGAUGUCCUGGGAUGAGCCCAAUGACGAUGGUGGUGGAGACAUCAACUGUUACACUGUCGAGAAGCGUGACACCUCUCAGCCUACUUGGAAGAUGGCUUGUUCCAAUGUGGUGGGAACUCAGUUCAAAGUACCCAACCUGAUCAAGGGUGUCCAGUAUCAGUUCAGAGUCUGUGCUGAGAACAGAUAUGGUGUCAGUGAGCCUCUGGUUUCACAGAUGGUAAUUGCCAAGCAUCAGUUCAGACCUCCAGGGCCACCAGGCAAGCCUGUUGUGUAUAAUAUUACCAAUGAUGGCAUGACAAUCCAGUGGGAACAGCCUAUCUACGAUGGUGGUACACCCAUCCAGGGUUUCCAUGUGGAGAAGAGGGAAAAGAACAGCAUCAUGUGGCAAAAAGUGAACGCUGUGCUGAUCAAAGAAACAGAAUACAGAAUUCUGGGAUUGAUUGAAGGCCUAGAGUAUUCGUUCAGAGUGUAUGCACAGAAUGAUGCUGGCUGCAGCCGACUGAGUGAUAAUAGCAAGCCAGCAAUGGCCGUCAGUCCUGUUGAUCCUCCCGGCCAGCCGGACUACACUGAUGUGACAAGUGAUUCAAUAACGCUAAAGUGGGAUGCACCCAAACGUGAUGGAGGUAGCAAGAUUACUGGCUACAACAUUGAGAAACGACAAGGACAGGGACGCUGGUUCAAGGCUAACUUGACUGAUGUCCAUGACUGCCAAUACACUGUGACUGGUUUGGCUAUGAAUGAGCGUUAUGAGUUCAGAGUGAUCGCCAGAAAUGCUAUUGGUGUUGUCAGCCCACCGUCCAACUCAUCGGGUUUGAUUGUGGUCAGGAGUGAGAAUGCUGCUCCUCAGAUUGAAUUUGGCGCAGAGUAUUUUGAGGGUUUGACUGUUAAAGCGGGAGACAACAUCAGAGUGAAGGUGGCCAUAACUGGACGACCUGUUCCUAAGGUAGUCUGGUACAAAGAUGGUGUGAAAAUCACCAAAAAGAUGAUGGAUACUGUCACCGUAGCCGGAUACAGCACUCUUUUUGUCAGAGAUGCUGACCGCACUCACCGCGGCCUCUACACUGUUGAAGCUAUCAAUGGAUCUGGCAGCAAAAAGCAGGAUCUCCUGGUUCAAGUUCAAGACACACCUGGGGAGCCAGUAGGACCCAUCACUUUCAGCAACAUCUCAGAGGGCCGAUGCACACUGUCCUGGAAGCCACCAGAGAAUGAUGGCUGCUCCGAAAUUUCACAUUAUAUCAUUGAGAAACGUGAAACAUCCAAGAUCUCCUGGGCAUUAGUCUCUGAUGAAUGUCAGGAGUGCAGUUACACAACAACCAAACUCAUCAAAACAAAUGAGUACCAGUUCAGGGUCUCAGCUGUGAACAAAUUUGGUGUUGGCAGACCCUUGGAAUCCUGCCCUAUUAUUGCACAGUUACAAUACACUACCCCCGAUUCCCCGGGCACUCCUGACUCCACUGAGAUAACAGGAGAGAGCAUAACCCUGGCCUGGACUCCUCCAACAUCUGAUGGAGGAAACCCCAUUCAGUACUACAUUCUGGAAAAACGAGAGAAGAAGACUGUCCGGUUCUACAAGGUGCUUUCAAAGAAACCCAUCGUUGAAUGUGCUCACAAGGUUCUCCAUCUCACUGAGGACAUGGAAUAUGAGUUCCGGGUCAUGGCUGUCAAUGAUGCUGGUGUUGGAGCUCCCAGCAAUAUCUCCAUGCCCAUUAAAGCUGUUGACCCAAAGGAUAUCCCCUGUGCUCCAUCUGUGAUCUGCGUGUCAGACUCCACUAAUACAUCCAUCAGUCUGGAAUGGACAAAGCCUGUAGAUGACGGAGGUUCUGAGAUCCUAGGCUACAUCAUUGAAAUGGUUAGGUGCAAUGAAAUUGACUGGAAUAGAGUAAAUGAAGAGCUGGUAGCAGAAACAAAGUAUAUGGUGACCGGUUUACAUACUGAGGCUGAGUAUAAGUUCCGUGUUGCAGCUGUAAAUCUUGUCGGAAGAGGUGAGGACAUGGAAACUCUGGAACCUGCUCAGGCUGUUGAUAGACUAGCACCACCUGAGGUGGAUAUUGAUGCCACCUUCAAGCAGACGCACAUUGUAAAGGCAGGAGGUUCAGUGAUACUAGGUGUCCAAUUCAGGGGGAAGCCAGUUCCCACCGCCACUUGGGUGAAAGAAGAGGGACAACUAGGUGUCAUGUCAGAGGUUACAACUGCAGAGGGCAGCAGUACUUUACUUAUAGAAAACUGCACCAGGAAUGAUACAGGUAAAUACACCGUUAACCUGGAGAACAGCAGUGGUAGCAAAGCCAUUACUUUUACUGUAAAAGUCAUGGAUACACCUGGAGCUCCUCAGGCUGUAGCCUUCCAGGAGGUGUCCAGAGGCUCAGUCACACUUAUAUGGGAUCCGCCACUUAAUGAUGGAGGAGCACGAAUCCACCACUAUGUUGUUGAGAGGCGCGAGGCAAGCCGUCGUACCUGGCAGCAGUCGGGGGGCAAGUGCACUCAGAAUGUCAUGAAGAUUCAGGACCUCCUGGAGGGAGUACCAUACUUCUUCAGGGUCUCUGCAGAGAACCAGCAUGGUGUUGGUGAGGCUUUUGAGAUAACAGAGCCUGUCAUUGCCACUGCUGAGCCAGCAUCUCCAAAGAGAAUAGACAUUGUAGACACCACAGACAGUUCUGUGUCACUCAGCUGGCUAAAACCAGAGCACGAUGGUGGUAGCCGUAUCCAGUGUUAUAUCAUUGAGGCCAAGCCGAAGGGGACAGAUAAAUGGGUGGUAGUUGGCAACACCAUGAAUAUCUCCUAUGUGAUUGAAAAACUUAACAAGGGAGAUGAGUAUCACUUCCGUGUGAAGGCCAAGAAUGAGUCCGGCCUCAGCACACCUAGGGAAACUCUGACACCAGUCUUGGUCAAAGAGCCUCAUAUUGAUCCCGCAGCUGAUAUCAGUGAGAUUCCAAACCAGCUGAUCACAUGCAGAUCUGGCAGCACUUUUACCAUUAAUGUUCCAAUUAGUGGGAGACCUGCUCCCAAAGUAGCCUGGAGGCUGGAGGAGAUGAGACUGAAGAACUCAGAAAGAGUUUCUAUUCAAGUAACUAAAGGAAGAACAAGCAUAUCAGUCAAGGAUGCCAUGAGGGGUGAUGGUGGUAAAUACUACUUGACACUGGAAAAUGUCGUUGGAAGGAAGACCUUCGCUAUUGAAGUAAAUGUUACAGGUAGACCGAGUCCUCCAAUGGGGCCUGUUGAAAUCUCAAAUAUUACCUCUGAGUCCUGUGUUGUUAACUGGGAAGCCCCGGAGGACGAUGGUGGCACUGACAUUACCAACUAUAUUGUGGAGAAGCGUGAAUCUGGUUCGUCUGCCUGGGUCCUUAUCAACUCCAGUGUGAAACGCACAUCUCUCCAUGUUAGUCAUCUGACCAAGUACAUGCAGUACACCUUCAGGGUCUCUGCUGAAAAUAGAUUCGGCGUGAGCAAACCUACUGAAUCUGAAACCAUCGUUGCAGAGCAUCCUUACACACCUCCUGGACCCCCAACAAGGCCAUCUGUCAUUAAUGUCUCUGCCAACACAAUGACCUUGAAGUGGGAGGAGCCUUACCAUGAUGGUGGCAGCAAGGUGACAGGUUAUUGGAUUGAGAAGAAGGAGAGAAAUAAUAUUCUCUGGGUGAGGGAGAACAAGAUCCCAUGCUUUGAGUGUUUUUACAAGGUAGAGGGCCUUGUUGAAAGUCUCGAGUACCAGUUCCGAGUUUAUGCCAUGAACAGUGCUGGUCUGAGCAAAGCCAGUGAAGCAUCUAAAGGAGCUGUUGCUCAAAACCCUGUUGAUCCACCAUGUAAGCCGGAAGUGACAAAAGUAACAAGAACUACUGUGUCACUCAAAUGGUUGGCUCCACUGAAUGACGGUGGCAGUCCGAUUGUAGGAUACAUUAUUGAACGUAAACCAUACACUUCAACUGGCGAGGGCCGCUGGCUGAAGUGUAACUACACUAAUGUGAUAGACACUUCCUACACUGUUACUGCCCUGGGAGAAGGAGAACCCUACGAGUUCCGAAUCAUUGCAAAGAAUGCCAACCAGGUCUUCAGUACCCCAUCAGAGUCCACCGGCUCUGUGCAGUGCAAGACAGACUUUGAACCUCCAAAGGCUCAGUUGGACAGCAAACUCCUGUCUGAAGUUGUUGUGGUGAGAGCUGGGUCAGAUCUGGUUCUGGAUGCUGCAGUGGGGGGUAGGCCUGAUCCCAAGGCUUCCUGGUCCAAGGGAAACAGGGAUCUGGAGUUGUGUGAAAAGUACCAUCUGCAAUACACAUCUAACCGGGCAAUGGCCAUCAUCAAGUUCUGUGACAGAGAUGAUACCGGAAAGUACACUCUUACUGUCAAGAAUGUGAGUGGAACCAAGACUGCUGAGGUCAAUGUGAAAGUGCUUGACACUCCAGGAAAAUGUGAAGGCAGUGUUGAGAUCAGCAAAAUAACUGAAGAGUCGUGUACUCUUAGCUGGAAAUCUCCUAUGGAGGAUGGUGGUGAUGAAGUCUCUCAUUACCUGGUGGAGAGGAGAGAUACCAACAGACUCAACUGGGUUAUCAUGCAUGCCGAGUGCAAGCAACUGACCUGCAACAUCACUGGACUGUUCAAGAACACAGAAUACCUAUUCAGAGUCCGAGGAGUCAACAAGUACGGUGAUGGAGUCCCCCUCCAGUCAGCGCCCAUGGUCGCCAAGAACACUUUCACUGUUCCAACUCCACCGGGUGCACCUGAGAUACUGGUGUCCGGAAAAGAUUUUGCAACCAUUGAGUGGCUGAAGCCUGAGAGUGAUGGCGGCAGUCCAUUGAUCCACUAUCUUGUUGAGAGGCGAGAGAGGAAGAGUGCCCGCUGGGUGAAGGUGAACAGGAGUGGAGCACACCUCAACACAACAUUGAAGGUGUCUGGUUUGACCGAAGGCAACAUAUACCAAUUCAGGGUGAUAGCCAUCAAUAAGGCUGGAGAGAGUGAACCCAGUGAGGUUUCACUGUAUGUUGUCUGCAGAGUGCCAACAUGUACCCCUACACCCCCUUCUGCACCUCGCAUCACUGACACCCAUGCUGACAGCAUUAGCCUGGCCUGGUCUCGACCUGUGGAGGAUGGGGGAGCUGAUGUUAUUGGCUACUUACUGGAAAUGCAGGAAGCUGGAACAGAGGAGUGGAAGAAGGCCCACGAGAAGACACUGCGUGCUACGGAAUAUGUGGUGGUAGGACUAUACUCAAGCAAGAAGUACCGCUUCAGAGUGGCCGGCAUCAACUUCAAUGGUACUGGAGACUUUAGUGAGCCUUGUGCUGAGACUGAGCCCGUGGAGAGAAUUGAAACACCUGACUUUGAGGUCCACGAUGACCUUAAGAAGACCAUAUGCCUACGUGCUGGCGGUUCUCUGCGCCUUUUUGUAAAUGUUAGUGGCCGUCCUGCUCCGGCAAUCACUUGGAGCAAACCAGGUGUUGACCUCAACAACCGAGGCUUUAUAGAGGUCACCCACAAGUCAACUACACUCAUCAUUGAUAAGGUUCAUCGCUAUGAUGCUGGAAAAUACACGCUGGUCGCUGAAAACUCUGCUGGAAAACAAGAAGUCCAAAUUCUGGUCAAAAUCUAUGACACACCAGGACCAACAGGACCCAUCAAGAUUAAGGAACUCACCAAAGAAUCGGCCAUCAUCUCUUGGGAUGCUCCAAUCGUGGAUGGUGGUGCUCCUGUCAACAAUUAUAUUAUUGAGAGGCGUGAAGCCUCCAUGAGAGCAUACAAAACGGUCACUUCCAAGUGCAGCAAGACAUCCUUCAAGAUUGAUGGCCUGAUAGAGGGCAUGCUGUACUACUUCAGAGUCCUUCCUGAGAACAUUUACGGUGUUGGUGAGCCUCGUGAAACUCCAGAUGUCAUCCUGGCUUGUGAGGUGCCUCAGCCACCGCACAAACUGGAGGUGAUAGACGUCACCAGGAGUACAGUCUCGUUAGGCUGGGAGAAGCCAGAGCAUGAUGGGGGUAGUAGACUGACAGGCUACAUUGUAGAGGCCUGCAAAUUUGGUACUGACAAAUGGCUGAAGGUGGCCUCGUUGAAGCUAACUGACUUUGAGCACACGGUUGAAAAGCUGAAUGAGAAUGAGCAGUACUUGUUCCGAAUCAAAGCCAUCAACAGUCGUGGUGCCAGUGAAGCAAAGGAGCUUGUCACACCCGUAACUGUGCAAGAACAAAGAGUGAUGCCUGCAGUGGAUUUCUCCAGUCUUCCCCAGAAAGCUGUUAACGUUCUGGCUGGUAGAACCCUGGAGCUAGACCUGCCGAUCAUUGGCAGGCCACCUCCUGCCUGCUUUUGGUACUUUGGUGACAACAGGUUAAAAAUCACUGACCGUGUCAAGAUCCAGAGCACUGGCAAAUUUUCUAAACUGACCGUGUCAGACACAACUAUUGAUGACACUGGCAGCUACACCAUGGAGGUGAAGAACACUGUUGGAGUAGUCACUGAGGUUAUCAAGGUCAUCGUUCUAUCCAAACCUGACGAACCAAAGGGACCGAUCAGAUUCGAUGAGAUUGAUGCCACCACAGUCACCUGCAGCUGGGAUCCUCCACCCAGAGAUGGUGGAGCUCCCAUCAGUGGAUAUGUGGUGGAGCAACGAGAUGCCCACAGACCAGGUUGGGUGCCGGUCUGUGACUCCAUCAGCCGACCCACAUUUAAAUUUGCGAACCUGAUUGAGGGAGAUGAAUAUGUCUUCCGUGCGGCUGCUGUGAAUCGUUAUGGCACCGGAGAAUUUUUGCAGUCGGAGAUUGUCACCUGCAGGAGCUUGAAAAAUGUGUCUGGACCUCCUGGCCGACCAACCAUUUUUGAUGUUUCACGUGAUGGUAUGACAAUAGCCUGGAAUCCACCAGAAGAGGAUGGUGGCCUUGAGGUUUCUGGUUACAUCAUUGAGCGCAAAGAAGUUAGGUCUGACAGAUGGGUGCGUGCCAACAAGAACCCCGUCACCAUGACUAGAUACAGGUCAACAGAGCUGAUUGAAGGUCUGGAGUACGAGCACAGAAUCAUCAGCAUCAAUUCCCGUGGAAUGAGCAAACCAAGUCUGCCUUCUAAACCAGCUGUGGCAUCAGAUCCCAUUGAUCCACCUGGUUGCCCUCAGAACCCACGGAUCACGGAAACCACCAAGUCAUCGGUGUCACUGGCUUGGAGUCCCCCAGAUGAUGAAGGAGAUGCCAGGGUAGAUGGGUACCUAAUUGAGAUGCAGAAGGUGGGCACCAUGGCUUGGCUUAAGUGUAACACCACACCCUCUCUGAUCUGUGAGUACACACUGACCAACAUGCCACAAGGAGAGGAUUUCAAAUUCAGAAUAAUGGCCUGCAAUGCUGGUGGCUCUGGCGAGCCUGCUGAAGUUCCUCAAACUGUCACUAUCACAGAGAUGUUUGAAUCUCCCGAUUAUGAACUUGAUCUGAAAUACAAAGAUGUGUAUGUGGUCCGUCAUGGUGGAGUUGUCCGACUCUCUGUCCCAAUUAAGGGUAAACCUUACCCGACUUGUUUGUGGUCGAAGGACAAUGGAACAGUGUCAACUAAGGCCAUGGUUGCCUCCACUGAAGACACCAGUGAACUGGUGAUCAAAGGAGCAGAGAGGAGUGACUCUGGUCUGUAUGAGCUCCUUCUAGAAAACAAAGUUGGCAAGAAGAAGGCGCAAAUCAAGGUGAAUGUUGUCGGCCGUCCAAGUGCUCCAAAAGGACCAUUAAUGUUUGAGGAAAUCCAGGCCAACUCUGUUAAGGUGUUCUGGGGCAUUCCCACUGAUGAUGGUGGUGCAGAAAUCCUUGGUUACAUCAUCGAAAGAAGAGAAGUUACCAGAAAUGCGUGGUACACCGUGGACAGCAGAGUGACUGAUAACCACUUGGUCGUUAAGGGCCUAAAUGAAGGAACGGAAUACCAUUUUAAGGUUACUGCUGAGAACUCUUUUGGUAUCGGCCCAUCUCUGAAGUCAGAGCAGCCAUUGGUGCCCAAGACUGUGCUUAGACCACCUGAGCCUUCAACCAUGCCACCAGAAAUCAUGGACAUUACAAAAAAUUCUGUCGCACUGGCCUGGUCCAGACCAAAAGACGAUGGGGGUUCUUUCAUCACUGGCUAUUUCAUUGAGUACAAAGAAGUGUCCUCGGAGCAAUGGUGCCGCCACCCCACUAAGAUUCCCUCCACCAUGUUUACUCUAUCUGGACUCACGGCAGAUGCAGAAUAUCUCUUCUGUGUUGUUGCUGUCAACGACAUUGGCGAGAGUGAGGCUGGACCUGUGUCAGACCCAGUCACCUGCAAAGAUCCAUUUGAUAAACCUAGUCAGCCAGGCGAAAUUGAUACGACAAAUGUGACGAAUACCUUGAUCACCAUUCGCUGGCAAGCCCCAGAGUGUGAUGGUGGAAAAGAGGUCCUGGGCUACUGGGUGGAAUACAGGAAGUCCACUGAGAGCAGCUGGAAGAAAUGCAACAAGCAGAGGAUGAAAGAGAGGGAGUUCACCAUGCAUGGACUGGCUGAAGCUACCGAAUAUGAGUUCAGAGUAUUUGCUGAGAACGAGACUGGAACGAGCAGACCUAGUCGGACUGCCACUUGUAUAAAAACUAAACUCAGCGCUGAAACAAAACCAAGCCUGAGAAAGGAAAUGGAUGAAGUGACAGCCAAGCUGGGACAGCCUGCUGUCAUGAAAUGCCAGAUUAUUGGCAGGCCCGUUCCUGACAUCAAGUGGUACCACGCAGGCAAAGAGAUAGUUGAGUCCCGUAAAUACGAGAUGAGCUCUGACGGGCGUAACCACUCCCUGUCCAUCAUGACUGACCAACAAGAAGAUGAGGGAGAGUACACCUGUAAGGCUACCAAUGAUGCCGGAGAUGCAGAAACUAAAGGUAUCCUUGUAUUGGAAGCUUCUCCAUCCUUCCACUCCGAUUACCCGUUGAAGAGCACAUAUUACGCUGGCCUGGGAACAACCCUGCGCAUCCAUGCGGUGUAUAUUGGACGUCCUAUGCCAAAGAUCUUGUGGCUCCAUGAAGCAAAGACCCUGGAGAACGCAGAUGAUAUUUGUAUAGAAACCACAGAGCAUUAUACCCACCUCAUUAUCAAAAAUGUGCAACGUAGAAUCCACGGAGGCAAAUACAGGAUCAGACUGCACAACCACUUUGGCAGGGCGGACAUUGCAUUCAAUGUUGAAAUCUAUGACAAACCUGACAUGCCUCAGGGUCCCAUUGUUCUGGAGGCCCUUCUGAAGAACUCUGUCAUCAUCACCUGGAAACCCCCCAAGGACGAUGGAGGCUGCAUGAUUACCAACUACAUUGUGGAGAAGCGAGAGGACAAGGAAGGGAAUGAGUGGGAACUGGUAUCAUCAUCCAUCAAUGGUACAUCUUGUCGUGUUCCCAACCUCACUGACAGCGCUGGUUACUACUUCCGUGUGUACGCUCAGAAUCGCUAUGGCAACAGCGAGCCACUUGAGCUCACCUCACCUAUCCUCAUUAAGAGUCAACUGGAGAAACCAUCACCCCCUCAGGCAAUAGUUGUUUCUGGAAUCACCAAGGACUCCUGUGUGGUUUCUUGGAAGCCUCCACUCAGUGAUGGUGGCUCCAAAAUCAAGGGCUAUUGCCUUGAGAAAAAGCAAAAGCAUAAGAAGGAGUGGGGCGAAUGGAGUCCUGUGACAAUGGAUGAGAUCAAACAGACAGUCUUCUCGGUCAAGCGUUUGUCUGAGGGUAUAGAAUAUGUCUUCCGGGUGAAGUGCGAGAACCUUGGGGGACAAAGUGACUACAGUGAGGAAAGUGCUUGUAUUGUUCCAGUCACAGCUGUUGACGUUCGGGCUCCUGCCUUCAAGGAAGAGCUGAGGAACUUGAGUGUUAAAUACAAGAGCAAUGCUACACUUGUCUGCAAGAUCACAGGUCAGCCCAAACCAGUAAUUAAAUGGUUCAGACGAGGAAAGGAGAUCCAUUCGGAUGGAAAGAAGAUAAAGAUUCAAGAAUUCAAAGGAGGUUACCAUCAACUAGUGAUCACAGAGGCAGAUGAGGAAGACUCCACCGUGUACCAGAUCAGGGCCACCAAUCAAGGAGGUUCCAUCUGUGCUACAGUCUCUCUGGAUGUUGAAAUUCCUGCAAAGAUCCAUCUUCCCAAGAACCUGAAGGACAAAGAAGCAAUUCCUGCCCUUCGUGGAGAAAUGGUCAAUAUUAAGAUCCCGUUUGGCGGAAAACCAGAUCCUGUCAUCACAUGGCAGAAGGGACAAGAUCUUAUUGACAGCAAUGGCCACUACCAGGUCAUUGUCACCAGAUCAUUCACUUCUUUGGUUUUCCCCAACGGGGUGGAGAAGAAGGAUGCUGGCUUCUACAUUGUCUGUGCUAAAAACCGAUUUGGCAUUGAUCAGCAGACGGUUGAGCUGGAUGUGGCUGAUGUGCCUGAUCCUCCACGCGGUGUUAAAGCUAACGAUGUCUCUCGAGACUCUGUCACCCUUAACUGGGUUGCUCCUGCAAAUGAUGGUGGCAGCAAGGUUAUCAGUUACAUUAUUGAAAAGUGUCCCACCACCGCUGAGAGAUGGGAGCGUGUUGCUCAGUCUCGUGACACUCACUACACUGUUAUCAAUCUCUUUGGGGGGACUAGUUAUCAGUUUAGAGUCAUAGCUGAGAAUAAGUUUGGAAAGAGUGCCCCAUCUGAGACCAGUGGACCUGUCAUGACAAAGGAGGACAAAUCCAGAAUCCUUCUCUAUGACAUCGAGGUAGAUGAUACAGGGCGCAUCCCUAAAGGAAAAUGUCAACACUCAGAUGCAAAGAAUAUGCAUAACAAAUUUGCUAUUGCAGAGGAGCUGGGAAGAGGUCAGUUUGGUAUUGUCCACCGCUGUGUAGACAUCAGCUCUGACAAGACCUACAUGGCUAAAUUUGUCAAAGUGAGAGGUGCAGAUCAGAUAAUCGUCAAGAAGGAAAUUGCCACGCUGAACCUGGCUAAACACACAAACUUCCUCCUCCUCCACGAGUCAUUUGACAGCCAAGAGGAGCUGGUGCUCAUAUAUGACUUUAUCUCAGGUGUCGACAUUUUUGAGCGUCUCAAUACAGCAGAAUUUGAGCUCAAUGAACGUGAGAUUGUAAAUUACAUUCGGCAGAUCUGCUCAGCUCUUGAGUUCUUGCACAAUCAGAGCUAUGGACAUUUUGAUAUCAGGCCUGAGAACAUAGUGUACACAACAAGAACUGGCACAAACAUUAAGAUUAUCGAGUUGGGACAGUCCCGGCACCUGACACCUGGGGAGCAAGUUAAGAUCCAGUAUAGCACUGCAGAGUAUGCUGCCCCUGAGAUCCACCAGUGUGACAUGAUUAGCACUGUGACUGACAUGUGGUCAGUGGGUGUCCUCACUUACGUCCUCCUCUGUGGACUCAACCCAUUUUCAGCAGAAACCAACCAACAGAUGAUUGACAACAUUUCAAAUGCAGCCUAUAGCUAUGAUGAUGACUCCUUCAAGGAUGUCAGUGUUGAAGCAUUAGACUUCACGGACCGCUUGAUGACAAAGGAACGUAAACAUCGUAUGACUGCUGCUGAAGCACUGGUGCAUCCAUGGCUUUCCAAGCCUGCAGAGGAUCUGAACACCAGAACGAUCCAGACCAGCAGACACAAGAGAUACUACCAGACAAUGGUGAAGAAGGAAUGGAAUACUGUGGUGUCUGCAGCACGCGUGGCCAGUGGUGGCUCAAUCAGGUCGCAGCGUGGUGUUUUCAUUGCCAAGGUUAAGAUUGCUCCUUUUGAACAUGGACCAAUCGGUGGUCAGAUUGGCCACUCAGUGGCCAACGAGGGUGAGAGUGUGAAGUUUAUCUGCAACAUUGACAACUAUGACAGCACCACUGAAGUGACUUGGUAUUGUGGUGUCAGGCAACUGGAAGCUUGCGACAAGUAUGAAGUAGAUUAUGAGGACGGCCUGGCUGUGAUCACAAUCACCAAGGUGACAAGAGCUGACGAUGGCACUUAUAGAUGCAAGGUUGUCAAUGAGUAUGGUGAGGACAGUGCCUAUGCAGAGUUGUUUGUUAAUGGUGUCAGGUCCUACCGUGACUUCUUCACUACUCGUGUGGUCAAGAGGACAAAACGUAGAAUUGACACUGCCAGAAUGCUUCAGAAGCCUCCAGAGUUCACUCUUCCUCUAGUGAACCAUACAGCAUACAUUGGAGAGAAUGUUCGCUUUGGGGUCACCAUCACAGUCCACCCCGAGCCCCGUGUCAUGUGGCACAAAUCUGGACAAAAGCUCAUUCCUGGACAGGAUGACAAAAAAUACACCUUCCUCAGUGACAAAGGCUUGUACCAACUGAUUAUCCACAACGCUGAGGACAAGGAUGAUGCUGAAUACAGCGUUGUGGCUCGCAACAGGUAUGGUGACGACAGCUGCAAGGCUCGUCUUACUGUGAUUCCUCGACCAAAGCCAGCAGAUCUCACCCUGAGGCCCAUGUUCAAACGUCUUCUUGCCAACGUUGAGUGCAGGGAGGGCCAGAACGUUCGCUUUGAGAUCCGAGUUUCAGGCCAUCCUACACUGAAGUGGGAAAAGGAUGGUAUGCCAAUAGCCUUUGGGCCAUCAAUUGAACUUGUCCACGAAGGCUUGGAUUAUUUCAUUCUUCAUGUGAGAGAGACAUUGUCAGAAGACUCGGGCGUCUACAGAGUGACUGCUACGAACUCUGCUGGGUCAGCCAGUUGCCAGGCAACGCUGAAAGUGGAACGUGUCGCCCAUGUAAAGAAAGAUUAUGAGAGCAUCCAAAAGGAUAAGAAAAGUGUGUCUCAAAAGGAGGAAUUAGACAAAAAGGUGAGGCUGUCUCAAAUUUUGUCAGACACGGUUGUCAUGCCAUUACCACCUGCUGCAAUCCAGGCGGUUAGGGAAGCAGCCACCAUGUUUAAACCUGCGGUGACAACUAAAAAGGCUGAAAAGCCUGAGGCUGAAAUACAGAAAGAACAAGAAGAGAGGAAAAAGCGUGCAGAUGAGAAGAGGCUGCGUAUGCCAUACGUUGUCCCACCCCCUCGGGUCACGAACCCGGCUGUGCUUGAAGAAGACAUGGAAAUUAAAUACUUUAAGCCACUCUCGGACAUGAAGUGGUACAAGAAGCUUAGAGAUCAGUAUGAAUUCCCAGAGCCCAUGGAGAAAAUUAAGCAGAAGAGAAUGAAACGUAUUCGUCUCUCCAGGUGGGAGCAGUUUUAUGAGGUGCCUAUCAGGAUCAAAGACCAGUACAAACCAAAGUGGCAUAUCCCAUCCAUGACUCAAGAUGAUUUGGAGAUAGUGAGGCCUGCAAGGUACCGCACUACUUCCCCAGAAAUGGAGGCCUACCACAGGAUUAGGAGAAGGUCUCUGGGUGACUUGGCAGAUGAGGAACUGCUGCUGCCAGUCAAUGAGUAUUUGUCCAUGAAAAGAACUGAGGAGGAGCGGCUGCACUUGGAGCAAGAGUUGGAGCUUGGUUACUCUGCUUCUCCACCCAGCCUCAGCCCUGUUCGCUUUGAGCUUUCAGCAUUGCGCCCCUCAUCACCCAGAAGAGUCUACAGUGAUGAUGAUGAUGAGGCAGAAGCCAUGCAAAGAUAUGAUUCGUACCGAAUUCCAUCCAAGUAUGAAGCCGGCCCAAGUUUUGUUGAGUUACGGCAGCGUCACGACAAAGCCACAUAUAAACCUCCCAGACAGAAGCAAAGAGUGUACGAAGAGAGAGAAGAUCAAGAGUUGCUGCGGCCACACACAACAACUCAGAGAAUCUCCUCCUACAAGAGUGAAAUCAAACGUAUGGAGUUUGAAGAGAAGACUCGAAGUACGAAAAAGGAAACGGCGGUCACCGUUGUAAAAGUCUCAGAGGGAAUUGAAUCAGAGCAUCUGACAGCUUUUGCUUCUGAAUAUAUUCCAAAACCCAUCAUGAAGCUCCCAAUGCCUGAACUGGAGAGGAAAGCCCCUUCCCCAGAAAAGGUUGACAAGACAGAGACAGUUUUGCCCAAAGUAGAUUUUCUGUCUAGGUAUGAGGAAAGGAAGACAACUCUAAGAUCAGAGAGGAGAUCUGUGGAAAGGAAACCAGAGGCGAUGAUGCAGACUCCUUUUAGCCUCGACCACAUCCCUCGCAUUACAAUCCGCAUGCGAUCUCAUCGUGUUCCCUAUGGUUCCAACACAAGGUUCACCCUGAAUGUACAGGCCAAACCUGAGCCCAAAGUAAAAUGGUUCCACAAUGGAAAAGAGAUUUAUGCAAGUAGCAAACAUCACAUGACCAACAUUAGUGGCCUUCUUACACUGCAGAUCAACAACUGUGUGACUGAAGAUGCAGGAGCAUAUUCUGUGGUCUGCAAGAACGUCAAAGGAGAGAUUUCAGAUAGUGCUACGUUAGACAUAGCAGCAGAAUACGCUGCCUUCUCUUCCAUCCGGAGGGAUGAGGAACCUCCAUCCUCCCAUCCUCCAGACAUGACUGAAAUAGAGAUAUAUCACAUCUCAUCAGCAGCGGUGAAGGAAACUGUGACUGAAACAAAAACCGUCACUGUUGUUGCAGAGGAAAAGGCAAAGCCUACUGUUCCAGCAAAGAUCCUGACCAAACCACAUUCUUUGACUGUUGAAGUGGGAGAGCUCGCCAGAUUCUCAUGUGAUGUGGAUGGUGACCCAUCACCUACGAUAUUGUGGCUUCAGGAGGGAGAACCUCUGGCUUCCUCUGCCCGUCACCACAUUGUGUCUACACAGUUCAGCUCCUCUUUGGAGAUUUCUGCUGUUCAGGCAUCUGAUGAAGGAAACUAUACGCUAUUUGUGGAAAAUGCUGGUGGCAAACAAGAAGCUUAUUUUACUCUGACCAUUCGCAAGUCAGAGCCCAAGCAGAAAGUCGUGGCCCCUCCAAGAGUAACCUCUCCAGAAGCCAAGUCCCCUGAACCUGUCAAAUCCCCACAAAGAAUCAAGUCCCCUGAGCCAGUCAAGUCGCCUCUGAGAGUCAAGUCACCAGCCUCAUCGAAGGAAGUUGGCAAUCAAAUCAAAUCACAGAAGAGAGUGACGUCACCAGCUGUUGUAAAGAAGUCAACUUCUUCUGUGGACUUAAAGCAGCUCGGCUGUGGAGCGACACCUCACUUCCUGUUGCAACCCCGAUCCCAAAAUGUGGACGAGGGACAAACUGUCAUAUUUACCUGUGAGAUUGCAGGUGAGCCUUUCCCAGAUGUGGAGUGGUUGAAAGACAACUUGGCUCUCUCGGCCACAUCUAACAUGAGAAUGAGCUGCACCAAUGGUGUGUACACUCUGGAGAUAUGUGAUGCCAGACCUACAGACAGUGGCAAAUACACCAUCAAUGCAAAAAACAAGUUUGGGCAGUGCUCAGCCACAUCCUCUCUCAACAUCCUCAGCACCCAGCCAAAGAUCAUAGCUCUCCUAGAGAACACUGACAUUGACAAAUCGCUGAUGGAAACAGGGGCCCUUUUUGGAGACCCUGUGCAGUGGCUCCACUCAGGUCGGACUCUUCCCAGCAGUGAUGAGCAUUACCACAUUGACAACACAGCCAGUGUUUCCACACUUGUGAUUGCUGCGGUGAAGAAGAAGGAAGCCAGAGCGUACACCCUCUGCCUUUCCAAUGAACUUGGUUCUGACACAUCGACCGUCAACAUUCACGUCCGAUCCAUGUAAAAAAAAAAAAAUGUUGCUUUAAAAAUUGAAAAUGAUAUUCCAUCCUCCCCCAUGUUUCCCUCAUUGAUGAUCUUUGGUUUAGUGAAUCAGCAACAAAUGACAGAUUUUUCUUCUUGUAAAUAUGAAAUAUUUUUGUACCAAACAUGACAUUCAUUGAUGCCAAACUCAAGUCUCAACUUGUUAUAAGAUGUGAUGACACUUUUGCAGUGACAUGUACAUAAUGUAUAUAGCCGGAUUUCACGGUUAUGAGAAAUGUAUGCAUUGUUAUUUAUGACAAAAAUAUGAAGUUAAAGAAGCAAAGCAAAUAUGGUUUAAUAGGAGAAAGUUCUACGUGGAACGAUUACCCUGCGGAGAAAAUGGAGAAACUAAACUUGUGCCUCAACGCAAUGUUGAAGUCUAAGAUUGCCUCAGCAGGUAGAGCUGCUCCCUGCUGAUGUUUACUCAACACGAAAACGAAACUUGUUUACUGCGAGCGUAAGGCCCUAACUGCUGUUUGUGUCACCCUCACAUAAGCAGCACGAUGCAGCCUUGUGCUUCAACUGACUGAGUCAUACCAACACUUUUUUUUGAUGACAAGAGUGCGAGUGGCCUGCACUCUCAGCUUUGAUCAAGGAGCGCUGCUUCUGGCACAGAACGGUCCCUUUGGCUUUCUGUACUUAACAUCUCCUGGCCGGAAGAAGGUAAAGUCUGGGCUGACUCUGCUGUGCAGAAGCAGCGCCAUCUCUUGGAGGAAUGUGCAUUAGUGUGUUUGUGUUUAUUGUAGCGUAUAGUGGGUUCACUCUGUUCAUUGUUGACUUCUGUGCCACAGUGACUCCAUCUGCUGUGUGAAAUGUUUUCUUUCAUUCACCCUCCUUGAGUUUUCUGUUUUAAUAAAGCAUGAUUUCAGCACCAAACCCUUGUCAUUUUUCUCAGUCAUCUGUAUGAAGACAUCCCGCAAGACUGGAUUGAACACAGAUUUAAUGUCUACAUCAGGGGUUGGCAACCUUUACGGGCCAAAGAGCCAAUUUGCAGAUCCUUCCACUAAAGAAAAAUAGUCUGAAGACGCAAAACAUAACACAGCCAACAAAUGAAUGCGGCAACGGCAGAAUAC